AUGCACGUCUUCCAGGCUAUGCUCUUGUGUGAGUCAUGUGACCUGCAUGAAAGCACAGCCCCCGCCCCCUGUUGGGAAUGUCCUGGACUGUUGAGGGGUAUGUGCCACAGACCCUCUGGUAGGCAAGGCCUACCCCACAACUGUCUUUCAUUUAUAUAUUUAUUUAUUUAUUUUGAAAUACAUUUUUGAUUUUCCAAAAUAUAAACAUACAACAAAAACAAUUCCAAAUCUAAUUCUCAAGAUUACUCUGAAUCUCCUGACCUCCCCUCGCCACCCCUUCUAUGGGUCCUAUUGAUUCUAUUUUCAACUGCAUAUCAAUACUUCUCCAAUUUUUCAUCUUCCCAGAUUAUCUAUACAUUUUUUUACAUUACAAGUGUGUUUAAAAUCCUGCUAAUGUUUUGACCUGCUUACAAUGAUUUUGUAUAUGCAUUAUAAACAUUUCCCAUUCUUUUUUUUUUAAAAAAAUAUUGUCUUAUUGAUUCCUGAGCUUCCCAGUUAGUUUUGCCAUUUCAGCAUAGUCCAUCAACUUGAUUUACCAUUCUUCUCUGGUCGAGGUUGUUUCUUCCUUCCAUCUUGACAACUGUCCUAUUUUAAGUGGGACAUCCUUGAAACACAGAAGCUCAUCCUGGCUUCAGUUUGCAUCAUGGAAUGUCCCUUUUUUGGCCUGGCACUCUGGCGUGAGUCCUUGCACCAGAGAGCCAGACCAAAAGAUGCUCACUCUGGUGCAAGUCAAGAGGGUUGCACCAGAGCACCUUCCGACCCCUUUUGACUCAUGCCAGAGCGACAGACUGGAAGGUGCUUUGGCGCAACCCUUCUGAUGUCCCAGUUUUGGUGACAAAAACGUUGGAGGGUAUGCCAUGGAGGUCCCAAAGUACAAGGAAGAGUGGGAUGGGGGAAAACCCUCUGCAGAUACUUGAAUGGUGUGAUGGGAGAAGCUGAAUCCCUGUCCCCGGCUCUCCCCCAAGCUGAGCUUCAGAGAUGAGAUGGCAUUUGUUAUGCUAAUGGCCUCUGAACUGCCUAACAGCCUGCUGAGCACUGCUUAAAGUCAGAAGCAGCUAUGUGUUAAAUGAUUCGAAGAGGCGGAACUCGAAAUUAAAUGGCUUAAAUCCAGGUGGAGAUAGGAGUGUCAAGGCAAUAAAAGCUGAAGGGAAGCAGCUAGCGAGUUUCCAGGCAAGUUGUAAAUAGUUAUCAUGGUCUAUUUGGCUACGAUUCAAGUGGCAAUAAUAUUGAUAAGGUGGGACUCUCUCUGUGUGUGUAUGUGUGUGUGUGUGUGUGUGUGUGAGUGAGAGAGAGAGAGAGAGAGAGAGAGAGAGAGAGAGAGAGAGAGAGAGAGAGAGAGAGAGAGAGAGAGAUCUACAUGGAGGCCUCCAAAAAUCCAGAUGGGCUGGAUGUUUGAGCCCUUUCUGCAAAAGCUACAAAUUAAAUUAUAGCUGCCAUAAAAGACAUUGCUAUAAUUUCAUAAACACCUAAUCUUCCAAUUUUGGGCUGUAAGGGAGAGACUGAUAUUAAUAGGAUGCAUUUAUAAGUGAUUAUACUCAAAAUCAUUUUCAGAACAUAAAAAGGAGACCCGAUUUGUUCAUAUGAUAGCAUCUAUCACCAUCUUGCUUUGCUUUACAUCUGUUUUAUUGGUUGUUUUUAUUCUAGGUUUUUUUCCUUCUAUGGUGAUUUUGCAUGACAAUUUCUGGCCCCAUUGUGAUUGAUAAUACAGACUUAGGAUAAUGGUGUUGUUAAUAAUGGCUUUGCCACAAAGGGGGUGGGGGGGGGAGCCAUCUGUUCUGGAUUCCAAAAUUACCUUCUUCCAUUGCCUUCAUCUUCCUGUAAGCCACCCCUUCCUGUCAGCCAUGCUUCAACUGCUGUGCAGUUGCAGAUUUCUAAGGACUCAAUAGACUGAAGUCACAUUCGCACUGUACAUUUAAACCACUAUUAUACUACAGUGGUACCUCUGGAUGUGAACGGGAUCCAUUCCAGAGCCCCAUUUGCAUCCUGAAGUGAAUGCAACCCGCGUCCGCAGGUCGCGAUUCACCGCUUCCGCGCAUGCGCGUGAUGUCAUUUUGAGCUUCUGCGCAUGCGUGAGCAGCGAAACCCGGAAGUAACGCGCUCCACUACUUCUGGGUUGCUGCGGAGCGCAACCUGAAAAUAUUCAUCCCGAAGCUACUUCAACCCGAGGUAUGACUGUACUUCAAACAGUAUUGGUUUCCCACACAGAAUCCUGGGAACUAUAGUUUAAUAAGAGUGCUGAGAGUUUUUUGGAGACCCUUAUUCCCCUUGCACAGCUGCAACUUGCAGAGUGGUUUAAAAAGCCCUUUUUACAGGGAACUCUGGGAGUUGUUCUCUGGUUGUAAUUUACUUGCAACAGAAGUGGGACUAGUGCAUCAUUUCCAAAAAGAGAGAAGAGCUGUUGAGGCUCUGUCUACGCUCUCUCUCUCUCUCUCUCUCUCUCUCUCUCUCUGUGUGUGUGUGAACUCUGUGGUAGCUUAGUGGUUGGAGAAAAAUCCUCUGCAUAUGCUCCAAGGUGCUGUCUUUGUGAUUGUUAUUUCUGCUUAAGUAUUCUGUGCCCUGGCUUCACUAACUGAUCUCAGGCUAGACAUUUUUGCUGUCAUCUUGGUGUUCCUCAAGUAAAAAAAUGGACCAAUAUCUUCUAUGUUCUAUAAAUGAGGGGUGGGGAAUCUCUGGCCCUCCAGAUGUUGUUUUGACAAAUGUAGACAUUUCUGCAAGCAAUUCCCCCUAAUAUAAUGCAUUUUUGUAUGUUAUUUUCACAAAUAUAAUGCAUUUCGAUGCACACUUCCCACUUAAUAUAUGCAUUUUUGUACAUAUUUUUUGGCUGCAUCCCAAAAUUUGGAGGAACACGCAUUUCUUAGGAUAACGUUUUGGUUUGUGAAUCGGUUCGAGAAGUGAGAAUUAAGUAGUUUCUCACUGAAACUUAAACAGAUUCAAAUUUCUCCUCCAACCCUAUUCCUGUAAAAAACUAACCUUGACUCAUGAGACAAGGCAAAGGUGUUUAUCAGACGGGCAAUGUACUGGGUGGUGUUUGAAGUGGGGCGAGCAGGCAAAGUGAUGGGGAACCCGCAUGAACCACUUGUUAUCACAAACCUGGUCUCUGAUGCAUGUGCUGCUGAAGGAACACUCAAUUUUCUCCUUCUCUCUUUUUGUUGCAGGGUCCUACCUGAUGGUCAACUCCUCUCAACAUGUGCAGGGUCAGAAAGCUCACAUCCUCUUCCAGACGCUCAGUGAGAAUGACACCCACUGCCUCCAGUUCAGCUACUUCAUGUACAGCCGGGACGGCCACAGCCCAGGGACCCUGAACGUCUACGUGAAGGUGAAUGGAGGUCCACUGGGCAGUGUGGUGUGGAAUGUCUCUGGCUCCCAUGGGCGGCAGUGGCACCAAGUGGAACUAUCCGUCAGCAUGUUUUGGCCCAAUGAGUACCAGGUGAGUGGAGAAAUACUUUUCAGGAGAAAGCUUGGGUUCGGAUUUCUCUGCUACGCAGGCAGGAGGAGGCUAAGAACAAAACAAAUCAUGCACUCUGUAAUUAAUCUUUUAAAAAUUGUACUUGAUCGCCACCGCCAUCAUUUAUUUAUUGAAUGUAUGAAUCUCUUCCAGUGAGACACCCUGAAAUGAUUUACAGUGUUUUAACAUAUGUAAAACAGCUUUCUGCUUUUCUUUGUGGACUGUGUAGAAUAUCCUCAUAGGCCCCCAACAUUUUAUUCCUUUAGACCGGGAAUAGGGAGACAGUGGUCCUUCAGAUGUUGCAGAAUACCACCUCCCAUCAUCCCAUCAGUAUAGUCAUUGGUCAGGGAUGAUGAGCAUUGGAGUUCAGCAAUAUCUGGAGGGUCACAGGUUUCCUGUCCCUCCUUCAGGCAAUUGGCCACAGACCUUCUUUCAGAAAGCCUUUGGUUGGCUUUUGUUCUGCUUUUAGAUUUUUAACCUGAUAUUUUGCUGCUGGAUAUGGUAAUCUGCUGCAGGUUUUUGCUGCUAUGAUAAGGAAUUUUCUAUUCCAAUUGUUCUAUUCCGAUUGUUAUUCCUGGUUUUUUUUUUGUUUUUUUUACUUUUUUCUUUUUACUGGUGUGUAUUAAUUCUAUGGUGACCUUCAAUUGAUUUUAACCUGUGGACUUUAGAUAUGGACUAAGUAGGUUAUAGAUAGGCAAAUCAAUCAAUCAAUUAAAUAAUGGAUGAUAGCUCAAGUUCCUUGGAGGAAGCAUGGGAUAAAAUGGUAUUAUUACAGUGGUACUUCAGGUUAUGAACUUAAUUCAUUCCGGAGGUCCGUUCUUAACCUGAACCGUUCUUAACCUGAGGUACCACUUUAGCUAAUGGGGCCUCCCGCUGCCGCCGCGCCGCCGCCAUGUGAUUUCUGUUCUCAUCCUGAGGUAAAAUUCUUAAUCCGAGGUACUACUUCCGGGUUAGCGAAGUCUGUAACCCAAAGUGUUUGUAACCCGAGAUAACGCUGUAUUAUUAUUAUUAUUAUUAUUAGUAGAAGUAAAAUAGAUUGCUUGAUACAAACCCAUAGAUGAUGCUUGUGGAGUUUUGAAAUGUUCUGUUUUUUUUUUAAGAAUAUUUAUUCAAGUUUUAAAAUUACAAAAAAAAAAGAAAAAACAAAACAAGAAAACCAGUCACAUACAUCUUACAAAAGAUACACACCAUACAAGAAAAAAAAAAGGAAAAAGGAAAAAAUGCACAAAAUCAAAAAUCACAAUAAAAAAUAACAAGAAAAAAAGAAUUCAAAUUUAACAAACCGUUUUCCCAUUUACUUAUUUCCGUGACUUCCUCUCACUUCUCUGCUUUGUAUUCUAAUUCAAAUUGUAUCUCCAGCAAAUCCUUCUAACCUUCUUUUCAUUCACUUAUUUUAACAUUUUAACAUUCAAAAAUAUUUAAUUCUCCUCUAUCCUUUAGUUUACACUUUAUAUUUACUUAAUUCCAUUAUACUCUGUCUGCCAAUACGGUCUAAUAUUUCUUCUCCAACCUUUCCUAACAUUCUUUUAUGUUACAGUGAUUCUGUAAAUAUAUUUUAAACUUUUUCCAAUCUUGUUCCAUCAACCCUUCUUCUUGAUCUCGAAUUCUUCCAGUCAUCUCAGCCAGUUCCAUAUAGUCUAUCACUUUUCUCUGCCAUUCUUCUCGGGUAGGCAAUUCUUGUGUCUUCCAAUAUUUCCCGAUGAGUAUUCUUGCUGCUGCUGUCGCAUACAUAAAAAAAGUUCUAUCUUCCCUUCGCACCAAUUGGCCGACCAUGCCCAAGAGGAAGGCCUCUGGUUUCUUUAAGAAAGUAUAUUUCAAUACCUUUUUUAAUUCAUUGUAUAUCAUUUCCCAGAAUGCCUUGAUCUUUGGGCACGUCCACCAAAGGUGAAAGAAAGUACCUUCGUUUUCUUUACAUUUCCAACACUUAUUAUCAGGCAAGUGAUAAAUUUUUGCUAGCUUGACUGGGGUUAAGUACCACCUGUAAAUCAUUUUCAUUAUGUUUUCUCUUAAAGCAUUACAAGCCGUAAAUUUCAUACCUGUGGUCCAUAACCGUUCCCAGUCAGCAAACAUAAUGUUAUGCCCAACAUCCUGCGCCCAUUUAAUCAUAACAGAUUUAACCAUUUCAUCCUGUGUAUUCCAUUUCAGCAGCAAAUUAUACAUUUUUGACAAAUUUUUAGUUUUAGGUUCUAACAAUUCCGUUUCCAGUUUAGAUUUUUCCUCCUGGAAGCCAAUCUUUUUAUCUAAGUUAAAAACCUCCCUUAUUUGAUAAUAGUGCAACCAAUCUCUGACUUUGGUUUUUAAUUUGUCAAAAUUCUGCAAUUUUAAUUUAUCUCCAACUUGUUCUAAAAUUUCACAAUAUUUUGGCCAGUUUGUCUCCAUAUUGGUUUUUUUCAAUGCCUUUGCCUCCAUUGGUUGAAAUGUUCUGUUUUAACUUAAAAAUAAAAUUACAAUCAACCCUAUUUCCACCUCCAUGGAAGUAAGCCAUGUUGAAUUCAGUGGAAGCGGACAUAUAUUGGAUUUUGCUGUCCCAGGGCUAUAGCAUUUCCAUGAAGAGUGCAGAAUGUAUGGUCCACCCGUUGUUUCCAGAUUCCAUCUCCCACCAUUCCUGAUCGUUGGUCAUGCUGAACUGGAGCUGAUGGAAAUUGGAGUACAACACUCCCCAGAGGGCCCUAGGUUUCCCAGUCCUACUCCAUUAGAAUUCUCUGGGAGGGACUGUGGCUCAGAAGUAGAGUACCUACUUUGCAGGUUCAAUUCCUGGCAUUUUCAGGUAGGUCUGGAAGAGAACCUUGUCUUAGACACUGGAGAACCAUUGCCAGUCAGUGUAGACAGUACUGAUGGACUAAUGGUCUGGCUCAGAAUAAAGCAGCUUCCAGUAUUCCUGACAGGGUUUAUCUAUAUGUGCCUGAUUCCUUCUCAGGUCCUGUUUGAGGCAGUGGUCUCCAGUGAACACAGAGGAUACCUAGGAUUGGAUGACAUCCUGCUCUUGAACUAUCCCUGCUGUAAGUAUUGCUAUAGCCUAGGCCUGGAGAUAGGAUUCGUCUGCUUAAUUUAUACAUCCAAACUCUCUGGUUAGUUUGUGAGCUACUCCUUUCUUUCUUUUCUUUCUCACAUUGAGUCCUUUUGUAUUCUUAUGUGUUGUUCUUCCUUUUUCCUCUCCUCUUGACUGAAUUUCUGUUUCGAAACCAAAUAGAAUUCCAUGUGAUAGUAAUGCUCGCUGUUUCUUCGGUAAUGCCUUUCAUAAGUGCUUGAAGCGCUUUAUAUUAUAUUAUCUCGGGGCUAAACAGUUGGAACAAAAUUAUAACACUCACGGUUUUCUCUGGCUAAGUGCUUCUCAGAAUAGACCCACUGACAUUCAGUUAGUCAUGUCCAUCCAUUUCAGCGGUCUAUGCUGAGUAGGACUAAAGCUGGAUACAACCUUGGAUAAUUCCAUCAUGCUUUUUUGUAAGUGCUUUAUAUUUUCUGUCUUAGGGAUAAACAUGUGAACUUUGGCUCAAAAUUGGGGCUAGGUCUGGGUGAUAUAUCAAUAUGUUGCCCAAAACUGGUUUGAAGUCCAUAUAGUGAUAUUAGUUUCAUAAUUUUUGACCUGGCAAUAUACCACAAAUCAUGAUGUGCGUUAGGGCUAGUUGAUAUAUCAUCCAAAACUGGUUUGAAGUCCAUAUUGUGAUGUUGGUUUCAUAAUUUCUGACCUGGCAAUAUAUUGUGUGUGUGUGUGUGUGUGUGUGUGUGUGUGUGCGUGUUAUGCAGAAAUCGCAGCAUGGGGAAAACUGUGAAACCAGCCAAUGCCUCUAACAGAGCCCCAUCCUUAUUUCCGACAUCAUGAUAUAUCAUUUGGUGAGGCAAUUUUAUCUCAGCUCUACCAGUGCUCUCCACAUUCCUCACCACAGCCCUGUAAAUUUGGCCAGGAUAGCUAUGCCCAUAUUACAGAGGAAGACUGAGAAGGCCCACCUCAAGACAUUUUGCUGCCUGAGCUGAAGGGCAAGAUAGGAUCCUCUCCAAAUUCCAUGCACUGUAGCUGACUGGACUGCAGCUGGAUCUAAGGAACAUAGGAAGGCGGCUUAUACUGAGUCACAUUAUUGGUCCAUUUAGCUCAGCACUGUCCACACCGACUGGCAGCAACUCCCCAGAUUUCAGGCAGGAGUCUCCCCCCAGUGCUGCUUUGUAAUUCUGUGGGUUCAACUUGGGACCUUCUGCAUAGCAUGCAGCUAUAUAAUGUGUGUAUGAGAGGAGGAGAGGGGAGGAAGGGAGAAGGACAUUCAGUUCCAGGGAUUUCUAUGGGUUUAUUUCUCAUUGCAUAUUUUGGCAGCUAAAGCACCUCAUUUUUCCCGCCUGGGUGAUGUGGAGGUGAAUGCCGGUCAGAAUGCCACCUUCCAGUGUGUUGCUUCCGGCAAGGCUUCUGAAGCAGAGAGGUUCCUUAUGCAGGUAAGUGGGGUUGGAGGUUAUCAAGAUUACUGCCCAAGAACAACCUGGGAUUUCUCUGUCCUGUUAGUUCCUGGUGCCGUAUGGUUGAUGAAACCACAGAGCCUAGGACUUGCCGAUCAGAAGGUCGGCGGUUCGAAUCCCCGCGGCGGGGUGAGCUCCCGUUGCUUGGUUCCAGCUCCUGCCAACCUAGCAGUUCGAAAGCACGUCAAAGUGCAAGUAGAUAAAUAGGUACCGCUCCGGCGGGAAGGUAAACGGCAUUUCCGUGUGCUGCUCUGGUUCGCCAGAAGCGGCUUAGUCAUGCUGGCCACAUGACCUGGAAGCUGUAUACCGGCUCCCUCGGCCAAUAAAGCGAGAUGAGCGCCGCAACCCCAGAGUCGGUCACGACUGGACCUAAUGGUCAGGGGUCCCUUUACCUAUAGCAUGUGCCCAUUAAUCCUGGGAGAGAAUUAGGUAAGAAUUUGGCUUGCCAUCCAGUUGUACUUCAAUGGCAAACUUCUUCCUAUCAUCUGUGAGCUGACCAUCUUUCAGCUUGGACAGAAGGAUGGCUGUUAGGUAAACAAUUUCUCGAAGCCCAAACAACCAGUUUUAGGCAUGCAGGAAAUGUUAUUUGCUUGAGAGGAAGAGAGAUGCUUCUUUUUACCUCGCCCAGACACCCUUUGCCUCCAUGUUUAGCUUGUACCAUUCCACAAAGAAAUAAGCAUUCUAGUGCAAUGAACAAUAUGUCAUAAAGUGAGGGUCUGUGAAAGACUAGGAUUGCGAUAGGACUGAAGUGAAAGGAGUGUGUGAAAUCUGCUCCACUUCCGGGUGGGGAGGAGUUGAUGGCAUACAUCUUUCUGACUGGGGAAACAAUGUUUGGUUGGCUGAUAUUACAGAGGGCGUAAAAGAUUGGUUGCAUGUAUGUGAGGGUAUUGGCGGCGAGCCUUUGGCUCAAGUGGCAGUUAGGCAUUGGUAGAACUUGGUUUGGGGGAGGGGAGGUGUGGCCAUCACCUGUCUCUAAUCUUAAGGGUAUUCCAUUAAAGGAAUCCAGGGUGUGGAUCUUGUCCAAAGCCCGGGGAGGGGCUAGGGCCAUGCCAUGACCCCAUUGGAAACCCUGGGGGAGCUCGAGUUGGUUUGCAUCGACGGUGCUCCCCCUAUUGGUGGUUGAGCCUUACAGGACUCCCUGCAUGGCAGGCAGGAGUCAGAUAUAGUCGGGUCAAUUCCAGUGCCUAAGCCAAUACAGCUCACAUUCUGUAACCAAUAAGGUUGUGGCCUAAAUUUGCCCAAUAACCAUUAACCUAAUAUACUGUGUCCUUGUGGCUUAUUCAUCAAGGGGGGUGGGUAGCCUUGGGGUCUUGACAUGCAAAUAUAUCUCUCUGUUUGGGUGAUAGUUUGGUGGAGUUUGAGAAUGAAGAGCCUAUUUAGAGUGAGAGGAGAAAGUAUUGCCCCCAUUCUGGUUUGGCUUUGUGACAAAUUUGAUUGGCAAUGUUGAGAUCUGUAUAUUCCCUGCAUGAUCCCCAACUGGUUAACAUGCAUCCACCAAGAAUAGCUCUCUUUUAAAGGGUGGGGAAAUGAGAGAAAUUGCACAAACGGGGAAAAUGAAAAACCUUGCGGGGGAGAUUGGAGAAGACUUUGAUACCACCCUCCAAAACUCCCCUUUUCAUGCUGAAAGUGAUCACCCAUGAAAAUGUUGUUGCAUCCUAAAUUAAGAUGUACUUCUCAUGUGUGACCUUGUAGGCAAGUAAGAGAAACCACAGCAUUGGGCACAUAAUAGGAAGGCAUGGGAGGCACAUGGAGUAAAAGGAACUGUGUGCGAGAGCCAAUGAGAUCUUAGCUCCGCAAGAAACGUAAGAGAAUCCAAUGACUUCUUCCUGAUGAAGCCAUUUAUUCUUGUUUUUUGGAUGGCAGAGGCAGAAUGGAGCAAUUGUCCCGGCAGCUUCCGUGAAACACAUCAGCCACCGGAGAUUCCUGGCUUCCUUUCAACUGGAUAAAGUUUCCAACGGAGACCAGGACUUUUACCGUUGUGUUACCCAGUCUGGCAGGGGCUCUGGCGUCUCCAACUUUGCAGAACUGAUUGUGAAAGGUAUGCAGCAGUGAGUGUCAGGAGGGUUGACUUUGGCUUAGGGCUAUACCAGUAGAAGACAGACCUGGAAAGCAAAGAACUAGGGGAGGAUUUGACUCCAAUUCAGCAGCGGAUGCUGGUUUUGCCAAGCCCUGCAACUCAUGUCUUGUGUCACUGAACCAAAGCUCUGAGAAAAGUGCUUUGAAGCUGGGAACAGACAGGCGUGACACUGCAGAGUCUUGGCUGCUGUGCACACGUAGCAAAGAAACCCUCCCAAACUCUCGGUGAUGGGUGGAUUUUGCAAGCCAGUGAACACAAACUAUUAGAGGAGGGGGAGGGAAAGCAAAUAAUCUGCCUUUGCCGCAUGUCCUUUGUUCAUUUAUUUUGACAGGUGCAGCUGAGUGUCAAUUAUUUUAGAUGGAACACUGCGGCACCUUAAGUGUACCCAUUUGCUUUGACAUUACUGAACUUUUUUUGGAGGGUUGGGGGGGGCACGCGUAGAGGGCAACAGAAGAGGUAUACAAUGAGUUCCAUGCCACCUUGAUUCUGCUUAGACUGAGCCAUUAUGGGGAGCAUAGAAUCUUCGAUUGUAAUAGACCUUGAAAGCCAUCUUGUCCAACCACUGGUACAUUAUUGAUACAGAAUCAUAGAAGGCCAGGGAUCAAUGGCUCAAGUGUAGAACCACACAAACCUUGAGGUUUCACCUCCAUUGCUGCUUUUGAGAAGAUAAGGAACACUGGGAACCUCUUUCCAACCACCAGAGGCGAUUCCUGCUGUUUCUUACCACAUGCAAAGUUGUGGUCCCUUGUCUUUAUUGUUAUUUAUUAAUUAAAUUUUUAUACUGCCCUUUACAUGUGGAUCACGAGGCAGUUUAGAAUAUCAAAACACAAACACACAUUCCAUAGUAGCAAACAGAAAGAAUACCCCAUCUCCCUGGUUCAAAAGGCCGUAGAUUGUUUAAUUAUCCAAAGACCUGGGAGAGGAGGAAUGCUUUUGUCUGGUGCCUAAAUAUAUGUAACAAAAGCGCCAGGCGAGUCUCCCUGGGGACAGCAUUCCACAAGUGAGGACCCACUGCAGAAAAGGCCCUGUUCUCCUUUUGCCACCCUCCAAGCCCUUCAUGGAGGAGGCACACAAAGAAGUGUCUCAGAUAAUGAUUGUAGUGUCUGGGUCAGUUCAUAUGGGGACAGGCGGUCCUAGUAAGCCACUUUCUUAUUGAUAACCGUCUGAAGCUGGUGUGAUGGUCUCUUCUAGUAACAACUUCUCUCUCCUUUUGGACAGAGCCCCCUACGCCCAUUGCACCCCCGCAGCUGCUGAGAGCAGGCUCGACGUACCUGAUCAUCCAGCUCAACACCAAUUCCAUCAUCGGAGAUGGCCCCAUUGUAAGGAAGGAAAUUGAGUACCGAAUGACCUCUGGGCCGUGGUCGGAGGUUCAUGCUGUGAACAUGCAGACCUACAAGUUGUGGCACUUGGAUCCAGACACGGAAUAUGAGAUCAAUGUCCUGCUUACCCGGCCAGGGGAUGGAGGGACUGGCAAACCUGGGCCUCCCCUCAUCAGCAGGACAAAGUGUGCAGGUAGGAGCUUUCAUUAUUUUCAUUGAGCUUCCUUGUACCAUGAAAACCAGUUGCCAUACCACCCCAAAUGCAUCUUCUACAACAGAGCAGUGAUGAGUUCCCUACAGGGUAGUAUGCAUUCUUGCCCAUGGGAUUAGAACAUAGGAAGCUACUACAUACAGAGUUGGGCUAUUGUUCUGUGUCACUUGCUAUAGUCUACCGCAACUGGCAGCGUAAUCUACACAGACCAGGAGCCUUCCCCAGAUCUACCUGGAAAUGCUGUGGCUUGAAAUCUGGACCUUCCUCAUGCAAAUCAGAUGCCCUGUCACUGAACUAUGGCCCUUCCCUCAAAACACAGACACAUUAGAAGCUGCCUUAUACUGAGUCAGACAACUGGUUCAUCUUAUCUACCUGAUUAGUGCCAAUCUGACUGGCAGCAUCUCUCCAGGGUUUCAGAUAGAGGAUGUUCUCCAUCCUACCUGAAGAUGCUGUGGGUUGAACCUGAGACUUCCUGAAUACAAGGUAGAUGCUCUACUGCUGAGCUACAGUCCUUCACCUGCACACAAUAUUGUAAUUCCAAACCUCAUGCCUGCUAGUUGAUUUCUUUUUUCUGUGCGGCUCUGCUUCCUGCGCUCUUAGCUGCUAAAAUCAGCAACUUGCAAAGCUGCCAGCCAGAUGCAGCCUGAAGAAAAGGAGGGGCAGGACUGCAGCUUUGUUUUAGGUGUUUGUGGCUGAGACCAUAGCAAAAGCAAAAGGCUCGAGGCAAUAGCAGUUUGUACAUUGAUCUAGCAAUGCUAUGCAUAAGCGUCAAGCGUUAUCCAUCCAAAAGCCCGUGUCCAUGGGAAAUUUCCAAAAUGGCUUUGGUGAUGUGGACUUAACAAGUGAUCACUGGAAAGCCCAAGGCAUGUUGCCAACACCUGCAUAGUUUAAUUUAAUGAAGAUGGUCAAUGGACCUUCAGACUGAGGGAGUGGGGACAGUAAUUCAGUGGUAGUGCACCCGAGUUUGAUCCCCCACAUCUCCAGUUAAAAGGGUCAGGUAAUAGGUAAAGAUACUUGCUCUGCUCUGCUCUGCUCUGGGCAGGCUGCUGCCAGUCAGAGUAGACAGUAAUAUGCUAGAUGAGCAAAUAGUUUCACCUGUUAUGAGGCAACUGCCUUUGUAACUAAAUUGGAAUUCUAAGAUCUUUAAACUCAGCAUAGCUACCUGCAUUUGGAUUGUUCCAAAUAAUGGCCAAAGAAAUGCUUCUUGCCAAGGUCUACCAGAGUAUGGCAUCAAGAGAGGUGGGGCAGGCAGAGAGAAGACUGGAAGAGUAAAAGGGUCAGGAUGAGAAAGUCCAUCAUAUCUUAUGGCUCAUUCACAGAUAAAAUCAUAGAAUUGUAGAGUUGGAAGGGAUCCUGAUGGGCGUCUAGCCCAACCUCCUGCAAUGCAGGAAUCUCAAUACAUGGUCCCCCAUCCAAUUUGAAACCUUACCGGACACUGCUUAGCUUUGCAAAUGUGCUAGCAGGUUUUUUUAAAUUGCUGCAGUCCCCUAUGUUGCACCGAAUAGGCAUGGCUGUGGCUAGUUGCUAUUCAGUCUGCUGGCCUAGUCAAGAGAAGGCUCAGACAGCAGCUUGUGUGUUCUUCCUCCUUCGCACUUUGAGAAUCAAUAGCUGAGUCACUUUGCAUUUUACAAGAGUUGUGGUUCACAAAAGUGGCUUAGUCUGGAAGCUGACAGUAGGGAUGUUCUUUGUUUGAGGCUCAAGGAAGCUAUUUAAGUACCUGUCCGUCUGUCUACCUGGGAAGGUAUUAUGAAGUUCCUUAAGUCCUUGGCUGUCUCCAAGCUGGAUGUGUUUACUGUCACUGAUGCCUGCAAUUAGGCAAGUGUUAAUGACUAACCUGAGACAGCACAGGGAAAGAGAGAGAAUCUUUCCGACAGAAGCCGGCUCUUGUGAUCCAGAUUUACAGUUGUGUUCACCAACAGGGGCCACGUUAAACUGAUAAAUGAUCAUUGCUUCAGAAACCGAGUAAAGGAACAGUCACAGCUUGUUGGCAGCAGGUUGGAUUAAUAAAAGGCUGGGGAUGAAGUGGUUUAUCAGCCACUGGUGCCCAUGGUCUAUAAUUUCUGGCUAAGAGUAUUCAUGUUUAAAUCUGAAUGGGUUUUGGGAAGAUGGGUAAGGCUGCCCCGGUGCCCCAGGCAGAAAGGGCAAGGGAGGGAGCUUCAGAAAUAAUAUACUUUCCUCCCAAGAACUAGUACCUCCUAAAGGGUUGCUCCAUUUAGUGGGGAGACCCUCAUCAUCCCUCUCUUGCUCUAAGGACAUAGCUCCCCCAAUUUCUUCUGAGUAGAAGGAUGAACCUCUGAUAAUAUUCCCAUCUCUUUCACAGAAUAUAAGUCAGUGCCUACAGAACUGUACACAUGCCUUUUAUACUGGCACUUCCACCUCCUCAAGUAGAUGGAGCCAAGUGCAGUUUAGGCUUUGCCAGGCUGCAUUAGGCUUCAGAUGCUUCCAGCUUUUGGCUGAGACAUCAUCUCCUAAAACUCAUCCAGUAAGGCAUGCCGAGAGCUAUCCAGGGUCCUGAUCUGUUUAGAGAUACCUGCCUAGACUUGUUGAUCUUUGCCUGACCUAAUUUUUCCCUGCCUUUUGCUCUGACCUGCUUAUCUGCACUGAUUUGGCCUGUUUAUUACUACCACCGCCCCAUGAGUCCCAGGGCCACAACAUAAUAGGAUAGUACUUUGUUCUGUAUGCUGAGAGUACAAGGACGUGAAGAAUCUUCUAAUAGGCUUGAAUCAAAUGAGCAGCAUUGGUUGCUUAAACACAGGCAUUACAAGACAAAACUCAACCAGACAUUAGAUUACCUGGAUCUUAGAUUUAGUGGACCUGGAAGACAAGGAGAGAGUAGCAUAUAAAAAUCUAGGUAUGGAAGAGAGGUGUAAAGAAAUAUGGGCACAUUUUGUGCAAAUAUAUGCAGCAUUAAAAGAAAGCAUUAUUACAGACCAUCUGGUAUGUUUUCUUUGUCCUUCCCUCUCCCUCUCCUGUGCUUUCUUCAUCUUUAUUUUCCCCUCUCUUUCUCUACCCUCUUCCCUUAUUAUUCCUUAUUUAAUUAUCUGUCUUUCGGGGGAAAAGGUGGCAUGUAGGGAUGUUUAAAAGGCUCUUUUAUAAACUACUAGUAAUACUCCAGGAUUGUAGGAGCUUGUGGGGCUGCCCUGAGGAAGCUACCUUAUACCAAAACAGAUCAUUGAUCCAUCCAGCUCAGUAUUGUCUACAGCGCUUGGCUACAGCUCUUCAGAGUUUCAGACAACCUGGAGAGGCCAGGGGUUGAAGCUGGGACCUUCUAUAUGCAAAGCAGAUGCCCUACCACUGCACUACUACUUUCCCUUCACCCUUUGUUUGUCCAUUGGUCCUGACCUUUGUUUGAGCUUGUUCCUUAAGCCUGGCUCUUUUGCUUUGGACUUGCUCUUUGCCCCUGACUACUUCGUUGUCCCAUGGCUUCUGGUUUCUGGCUCAACUCAGACUGUUGCCCACUGCCCAGCCCUGACACCAAUGAAGGUCAUACAAACACAGAAAGCUGCUUUAUGCUGGAUCAUACUUCCCCAUUUAACCCAGAAUUGUCUAUUCUUGCUGGUAGCAAUUCCCCGGGGGCUUUAUCCAUCAUCUGCCAUCUAAUUAUCCCAACAGGAGAUACCCAGGAUUAGAUCUGGGCUGUUUUGCAUUCAAAGCAGGUUCUCUGCUACUGAGUUAUGACCCUUCCUGAAAUUGCUGCUGGAUGGUAUCAAUUGCUCCUCCUCCUCCUCCUCUGUGCCACUGCUACUUGUUCCCUUACCUGCUCUCUCCAUUAUUCAGGAACUGCUGGAUUUUUGUGUAGCUCCUCCAUCUGGGUAACCUCCAAACUGUAGGUUGCAGCUUUUCAGUGUUCUCAGCCCCUGGUCUGACUCCAUCCACUAGGCUGUCCAUUGUAUCCUUCUGGACAGGAAGGGGUAAAGAUGGGCUUCCUUACUUCUUUACUUGCACAACAGUGUCUUCUUAAACUCUGGUGUUUCCGUGUGUGUGUGUGUGUGUGUGUGUGUAUGUGUAUGUGUGUGAUAUUCCAUGAGCCUGACUUCUGAUUUCCUUCCCUGCCUCCUGGUUUUCUCUAUGGUUCUGACUUAUUCCUCAAUCCUGACUACUGGUUUUGCCUCAGAGCUCAUGGCACUUCACCCAGGUGCCUAUGGUCCACCUCUGACAUCAUCUUCUCCCUCUGAUCCCAGUCCAGCGAUGUCUGCUUCUUGCCAUGCAGCAGGUGUGGGAAACCUUUGGUCCUUGGCAUUUUGCUGAACUACAACUGCCGUCAGCCCCAGCAAGCAUGGCCAGCGUGGUGGAACAAAGGAUCCCCACAUCUGCCAUGCUGAAAACCUGCAGAACUGUUUCCCUCUUCCCUGAGUUCUCACUGGAACAGAAAAGAAGACGAAGAAAGUCUGUGCUUGGAAGGCAGCAACAGCGCAAGGUGUCUGACCCCCUUUACCUCUCUUAAAAUGCUACAUCAAUCUUCAGCCUUGGGUGAGAAACUUGUCAGUGACAAAGAUGGGAAAUGGAACUAAUUUCCACCAUUGAAAAAAAGAAAGGAAAGGAAACCUUCGAGCCCUUCUAACCUAGACACUGAAUUUGCAACUCGCGGAUGUCUGAGUCUCUGCAGCUACAGGAAGUGUGUGCUCUGGUGGUUAAUAAUAGUGUCUCUUGAGUUGAUUAUGAUAGGCACGCUCUCUUGUCUCCCUGGGCUGUGCAUUAUGAUUCCUUUUAAGAGAAAAGUGCCCUCAGUAGGGGAAGCCAUGUCAGCGGGAACUUGGGGAAACUGUUUGCUGCACGCGAUGGGGAAAAAAUGGGCAGAGGGGGCUCUGGAACAUUAACUGCCGCAAACAGUGCCAGUUGAAGUGCAUGGCUCUGCCUCUGAUUGACUUUUCCCUUUUCUUUUUCGGCAACGACCUCCUGCAGCAUUUGCUCUGCUGUAUUGUUCCCUAAGCCUUUCAAGCAGGCUGCUGGCUCUGUUGAUGCAAAUCCCGUCUCUCUCUCUUUCUCUCUCUAGAGAUGACUCGAGGCACCACUAACUGGAUUGCCAUAGUGGAGGCAUGACCCGAAUUGUUCCAGGUGUCUCAGCUGGGAAUUCCCAAGUCAAGCUUGUUAGUGAUUCAGGCUUCAUUAGCAAGUGCUUUCUGCUCUUGAUCUCUGUCCCUUUGUUCCAAAUUCAGAUCCAGGCCACUGCCUUCCCUCAAUGCUCCCUAGUUAGCAAACAUGACCCAGACCUAGCAAAGUUUUUCUAGCAAAGCUUGUGCCCUGAUAGCUGGAGUUGUAGCUCAAGCGUAGAACAUCUGUGUUGCACGCACAAAGUCCCACAUUCAGUCUCUUGCAUCUCCAUGUAGGACAGGGCUUGCCUGAAACCCUGUAGAUCUGCUGCCAGCCAGUGUAGACAGGACUGAACUAGAUGAACCAGUGGUCUGACUUAGUAUUAGGCAGGUUCCUAAGGUUCUUCAGCCUGGUCUCCCUACCCAAUGUUUUGGACUACAACUCCCAUCAGCCACUUCAGCAUGGCCAAUAGUCAGGGAUGGUGGGAAUUUGGAAUCCACAACAUCUGGAAGGCACCAGCUUCAGGAAGUCUGCAUUGAGAGAACAAAUGUUGUGCCUGCCUGCUUAGUUUGGACUAUUGAGUCAUAUUUGGAGCAGUCAAUAAUGAAAAUAAUUUUAUUAUUUAUACCCCACCCAUCUGGCUGGGUUUCUCCAGCCACUCUGGGCGGCUUCCAGCACAUAAAAACAUAAUAAAAUAUCAAACAUUAAAAACCUCACAGGGCUGCCUUCAGAUGUCUUCUACAAGUUGUUUAGUGCUUUAUCUCCUUGAUAACUGAUGGGAGGGUGCCACUGCCAAGAAGGCCAAUUGAUGAGAAUGAUGGCCAAUUGUCAUGGCUCAGGAUUCCCUGCUCUCUUCUAUAGGAGGAGAGGGGCUGGGUAGAGAUGGCUUUAUUUCCAGAGUAGUUUAACAACAGGGGCAUCAAGUAGAGGGGGUGGGGGGCCAGCCCCCCAAAAAAAAUUCAGAUGAAAGGGCUACCCCCCAGUGUGAAGUAACUGUAUAGGAACUUAGCUCUUUACUGAGUCAGAGUAUUGGUCCACCUUGCGCAGUAUUGCCUACACUGACUGGCAGCAGCUCUCCAGGCUUUAAGACAGGUGGCACUUUCAGCCCUAUCGGGAGAUGCCAAGGGAUUGCAGCAGGGACCUUCUGCAUGGAAAGUAGCUGUUCUGCAACUGAGAUACCCCAUUCCCCCCCGAAUGGGAACAUAAAAUGCUGCCUUAUUCUGAAUCAGACCACACAUCCAUCUAGCACAGUACUGUCUGCACUGACUGGCAGACUUUCAGACAAGUGACCUUCUCAGUCCUACCUGAAGCUUCCAGGGGACUGAAUCUGCUUGCAAAGAAGUUGCUCUACCUCUGAGCUAUGCCCCUUCCACUUUUAAGGAUCUAGCCACACACCUGUCUUUCUGUUUUCUGUAUUCUUGUCUGGGCCUUUGUCUGUGCUCAUGGAAGUCCCUUCCCACCAUUGCCUGUCUCUCCGCACCUCCUUUCUUCAUCUCCCCUUUGCUCUCCCUGUCUGUCUCUUUCAUUUUAUUUCUGGUCAGUCCCCUGUCACAUGUUCACUGAUCCCAACAUAGUUCACAGCGUGCUGGCACCUUGCUGUCUCUCUCUCUCUCUCUCCCCCCCCCCACUCCCACCUUCAGUGGUGGAAGUGCAGAUUUGCAUUUGAUCAGCAAAGGAAGAGAUGAUUGCUGUGGGAUUAUUUUCUGCACUCCCCUCAUGACAACUGCUGGGCGGCUGCUGCUGCUGCUGCAGGGACAGAACGAGAGGCACCCAGGAAUUGAAUCAUUCUAGCGAGGGUGCCUGGCAUUGUCCCCUUGCCUUGCAGGGACAUCUUGUUCUCUUUGGGUAUCCCAAAGGGAGGCUGACGAUGCAAAGGCAUGUGAGAGGAUGCUGGGAGCACAGUUGGCUUGCCCUGUUCCUGUCACUUUGCUCUUCUUCUCUUGGGGCACUGUGUGUGCGAGAGAGGAGGAGGCUGGGAAAAUCUCUCUGAGGUUCCUGACUGAACUGCCAUGACCUUGUGGACAGUGCAGGGCAUCACUUGACAUGACAUGUUGCCUUGCAGCUCCGGUGCUGCAUAAAGGGAGCAAGCUCUACACUGACAGCAUCCAACAUCCCAAGGUCGCCCUAAUUGGCUCUUUGGAGGUCAAGGAUGCUGCCUUUUUAUCUAUUUAUUUUCUUGAGCUAGGAGUGGGGUGGUCUGAGGUGGUUAAGAAUGCUAUCUCAUCCAUCUGCAAAGUCACAGGGUGUGUUGUGUCCCACUCACGCCCUGUCGGGACCACCCUGCAGUCAGAAUUGUCUGAGAUCCUGGAGAGGGGAGAUCCCACCGCUGGACCCAGUGCAUUCCAGGUUCAUGACAAGGCAGUGGACUCUGACAGAACACCCACCCCCAAAUCAACACCCUGGUACAGUAGUUCCCAAACCUUUUCAGGGCACCACUCAUUUGUUCCAUAAUUUCAUCUCCACUGCCCCCUACCCUAUAAAAAGCAUUCAGAACAGCAGUUUGCAAACUCUACUAAGGAAGAUUAGAAUACAAUAAAAUUCAAAACAGUAAGAAUUAAUUCCAUGUUUAUUCAAAAUCCAAUUACAAUUAUUUAGUUUAAUUAAUUUAUCAAAACCAAUGACCUUGAUCCAGUGACACCAGCUUUUCAAAGUCUGAUAGCUAUUUACACCUUGCCUCUUAGUGCUCUCUUGGGUAAUACACCCCCCUAAGGGUACAGCACACUGCCCUGGAAGAUGUCCCACCUGUGAUGUUACUGUCAUGACAUUACCUGGAGUGUUUGCAGACUUAGGGGGCUAGAUGUCCUCUUGAGUUCUUAUGCCUACCAGUUGCUGAGCUUCACACAUGCCUGUGGGAUGAGGUGGGUUAUAGUUCAAGAGAAGAGCACAUGCUGUGCAUGCAGAAGUUCCCUUCUUCAGUUCUUGGCAUCUCCAGCUAAAAGGUGGACCAGGUUAGCAAGUGACUGCAAAGUCAGAGGUCUUUGAGAGCUGCUGAGAGUCAUGAGUAGGCAACACUGAUCCUGGGAAACAAAUCAUUUGACUGCAUGAAGCAUUUUUCUGUGUUCCACUGGAAAUGAGUCAGGUCCAAGGCUAGCAUCAGAAGGUGCAGUGCAUACCUGCCAACACAAGACCUUCCUUCUCUGAGCCCUCCAUGGGAUGAAGUGAGAUGGUAAGGAACACCAGGUGUCUCCCACUGAUGCACCAGAAAGAGGUGGAGGCAGCAAGGUCAGCUGCUGCCAAGCUGUUGGUGGUGCAGUGCUUCAUUCAACUCAUCUCCUAGUCCCAUAUGUUAGUUCUGGGUCUUUGGUUAGAUAGCUCCCAUGCUAGAGCAGCUCCUGCCCUGCUGGACAGCUCCCCAGCCUUACAAAGAGCAUGGGGAAGCUGAGCAUUACAGCAGUAUGGCUCUUGUGUCUCUGGUUACCAACCUCUCUAUGUUUCAGAAAAGUAGUACAGCUGCUGGAAGAAUCAUUGGGCAUUGAGAAGUGGUGCAUGAUAUGAAAAGUUCCUCCAUCAUAUGAUUUGUUGACACUACAUAGCAGCCUCAUGUGCUCUCUUGUGGGAUUCAUGAAAACAUCUGGUUGUCCAUAGUAGGAAACAGAAUGGAUUGCAUUGCAUUGCAUUGCACUGAGAGGGAAAUCUAAAAUCUCCCAGUUUGAGUCAUUUUCAAGUUAGGCGCCUGUACAUUUCAAGCAGUAUCAAACAGUCAUGGCUCCCCACAAAGAAUUGUGGGAACUGCCAUUUGGGUGCUGAGAGUUGUUGUUGUUGUUUAGUCAUGUCCGACUCUGCGUGACCCCAUGGACCAGAGCACGCCAGGUCACUGAUGGUUGUUAGGUGACCCUAUUCCCCUCUCAGAGCUAUAAUUUCCAGAAUAGUUUAACAAUCAAUUCCUCUUCCUGGGGAACUCUGGGAUUUCAGGGAAGGACUGUAGCUCAGUGGUAGAGCAUCUCCAGGUAUGGUUGGGAAUGCCACCUGUCUGAAACUCUGGAGUGCUUCUGGUGGCCAGUGUUGACACUACUGGACCAAUGGUCUAACUUGGUGCAAAGCAGUUUCUUAUUAUGUUAAUUAUAGUUCUUAAAUUGGGGGACUCCUAACAACAACUCAGUCAGCACCCUUCAAUAAAUACAAUUUCCUGGAUUUUUGGCAGAAGCCGUGACUGGUUAAAGUGGCAUGAUGCUGCUUUAAAUGUAUAGUGCAGAUGGGUUUUAAUUUGAGGACUAGGGAAGAGUUUGGUCACCUCUACUGGUAGCCAUUAAUAACUGCUGGUUUUCAGGAGCUGAACAUAUUCAGACAAACAAAUUCAGAGUGCAACUUUUGCAGCACUUGUAAUCAAAAACCCUCCUUUCUUCUCUUCUAGUGGAGAGCAAAAAACUUUCCAUAGUGGCAGAAAUUCCUUCUGUACAGUAAUAGCACCAUUGCCUGUGCCAGCCUUUUUCAGAUGCGAACAAUUGCCAGUCUUUACUGGAAGCAGCCCUUGAGCACAGGGAGAUUCCCCCUGCGCUGUACCAUGUUGCCGGCAGUGAUUGACACGGAUUGAGUUGCUGCACCAGGGUGUACUACAGCUGUAUCGGCAGCUAUAAGCACAGGCAACUUUUGUAGUGGCGCUAAUUGUAUGGAUAUAUUCAGCAAUAUUAAUGCUUUCAGACAUCCUUGUUAGCUGAUCUUUGACUGAAGCACUUGCGAGGCUGCUUGCAUUGGCCCAGGGGUGCCAGGCUGUCUGUUUGCCACUGAUCAUUUAAAUAACACUGAACUUUAGAAAGGAGAUUGAAGCUUAAAGACUGGCACUCUCUCAGCUCCGACUUGUGCUGUUCCUGAGAAACCAUCCAAGUGCAUUGGCCACGAGUUGAGGAUUUGGGGUGGGGCUCUUCUACACAUGUCAGAUGUGGACCAACAAUUCCUCUUAUGUGGUAUUGAUCUCCUUCCAUCAAUUUAAUUUAGGCCCAUAAUCUCUUCCCACAGCAUCCAGAGGCAGGGAAAUCCAUAGCUGGGCUGACCCUUCUUUGUGCCCAGUAUAAGAUCCUAAGAAAAGGCAUGCUGGAUCAGGCCCAACACCCAUCUACAGGUAGUCCAGCAUCUUGGUCUCUCCCAGCAGCCAUGGAAAUUAUCCUGGAUCCUGAGACACCUGCUGCCAUCACAUGAUGGCAAUAGGCCCAAUCUUAGUUGCUGCAGAGCUAGGAUAGUGAAAAUGUGAGCCCUGGACAACACAAGCAACAAGGCUGAGGCUGCUGCAACAGCUGCAUCUUUCCAUUAAUCCUUGCAUCUUCUAGUCAGGGGUUUGGAUUGCUCUAAUAGUCCCACCUCUUAAUCUAACUGGCUCUGGAUGUAGCCACUACUUGGUUAGGAGACUGUGUGCCCCAUAUAUACCACACUGAGCAUCAUGCAGUAUGAGCAGGACACCCAUGUAAUUGUCAGCACCGCAGCUGAAAUGUGUCCCUCGUUAGAUUGGUAUGGAAAUUGUGGAGCCAGCAGUUGUAUCAUCUCACGUAGGCCUGCAAAUUACAGAGCAAACUUCUUCCUAUGUGGCUUUGAGCUGAAAAGUGCCCUGGGAUUGAUAUGUAUGUGUUUUAUUAGUUUAUAGGACAAUCCAUUGAUAAAUACUCCCUGAGUGGCUUACAAACAAGACGGUAUUAAAAAUAUAAUGCACUGUAAUUAAAAUCAACAAUAUGCAAUUAUAGCUGGGAUGAGCAGGGUGGAUUAAUUUGCUUCCAUGAUUGUUCUGGGAUUCUUGCAAUUUGGAUGCAAGAAAAGCUGCUGGAUCAGGCCAAAGAUCCAUGCAGUCCAGCAUCCUGUUCCCAUGGUGGCUAAUUGGAUGCUCACGAGAAGUUGGUCCUGAGUGCAACAGUGACCUUCCCACUUGUGAUAGGCAUACUGCCUCUGGCUAACAGUGGGAGUGGGACAUAGCCAGUGUUGAUGGUAGCCAUUGGUAGUCUGAUCCUCCAAUGAAUUUUUCUAAUCCUCCCUUUAAACUAUCCAUGUGGGUGAUCAUCAUGGUUAAUUCUAUCCCAGUCUUAAUCUGGUCAGUAAUUCCAUUUCUAGAAUGUAGCUAGCAGAAUUCUUCAUAUGUGCCAUUUAAGUGUUAGUAAGUUUUUAAUUUCAGUUAAAAAAUGCAAUUGUGCAGUCAUGUCCCUCUACCACUUCGGCUUUCAUCAUAGUUUUAGUUUGGUGGGGGUGGUGAAAGCUUUGCAUGGAGGGGCAUAGCUUUCCAUGAAAUCGUAAAUAAAUAAAAGUUUUGAAAGAACAACAUCUUCUAUUACUUCAAUUUUAAUUUGAAAAUCCCCGCUGUCACCAUUGCGCUCCUUUGCAAAUUAAAACAACAAGAAACAGAUGUGGAAAUUACUUGUGGCAAGAAUGAAAUGCUAGGUUUAAAACACAGACCAAAAAUACACCCCUUCUUUCAAAAUUUAGCUGUUCACUUUUCCUCCAGAAUAAUGCUUCUCUAGAAUCCCAUGGACUGCAAGAAGAUCAAACGUAUCCAUUCUGAAGGAAAUCAGCCCUGAGUGCUCACUGGAAGGACAGAUCCUGAAGCUGAGGCUCCAAUACUUUGGCCACCUCAUGAGAAGAGAAGACUCCCUGGAAAUGACCCUGAUGUUGGGAAAGAUGGAGGGCACAAGGAGAAGGGGACGACAGAGGACGAGAUGGUUGGACAGUGUUCUCGAAGCUAUUAACAUGAGUUUGACCAAACUGUGGGAGGCAGUGGAAGACAGACGUGCCUGGCGUGCUCUGGUCCAUGGGGUCAUGAAGAGCCAGACACGACUAAACGACUAAACAACAACAGAAUCCCAACUGUAUCCCACCUCACCAAGAUCUGAUCAUGCACAUAAACACUAAACUGUGGUUUGGUGCAGGGGAAGCUAGCGUGGUGCUAGAAGCGGUUGGACCCCAACUGAUCUGGACAACAUUUCAGAAGCAGAAAACUGAAAAAAAACUACAACAAACCCUCCCCCUCGCAUAACAUUAGAACUUGUGGACAUCCACUGAAGUUGAAUGCUCGGAGAAUCAGAACAAAUGAAAGGAAAGUACUUCUGCAUUCAGUGCAUAGUUAAACUAUGGAACUUCCUUCACAGUGAGGGCCAACACCCUAGAUGGCUUUAAAAAAGAAUUUGACAAACUCAUGGAGGAGAGGGUUACCAAAGGCUACUAGCUGUGAAGGCUGUGUUCUGCCUCCAUAGCUAGAGGGAGCAGUGCUUUCGAAUAUGAGUUGAUGAGAACCGCAGUAGAGGAGGGAGCUUUUGUGCUCACCUCCUGCUUGUGGGUUUUCCACAGGCAUCUGGUUGGCCAUGUUGAGAACAAAAUGCUGGACCCUUGGCCUGAACCAGCAGGGUCUUCCUAUGUUCUUAAUCUCAGGCAGAAUCCAGUUACUGUCUCUACUUCGUAGUCACGGCUGCUUCAAUAACUGAGGGACGAUGGCCAUCUUGGGAGCUUCUGCACCCCCCCCCAAAGUCGUCCUAUCACAAGAAAAGCCCCGGUUCCGAUACAUAUAGGGCAGUUAAACAGAUGGUUAGAGGUGGUGGUAGUGGGUCAUGGUUGGAAUUGAGCAAGCAAGAUGGAAGGACAAGUAUAUUAUUACCACUGAUGUUUAUAGUCUGCCAGAGAUGCAGAGAACACUCAAUAACUUGUAUUGAUGAGGUCAUAGCCUCAGGUCCUCUGUGCUCAUGUCCUGCAGCACUUCCAUACCUCAGCCUUGUUCCUGUGUGGUGCUUUGACCUUGCUUUUGACCUUCGGUAUUUUUAAAACAUUUGCUAUAAUACCUUUAGCUUAUCCCAGAGCAGAACAGGCAUUGAUCCUGUCCUGCUGUCUCACCCGCUUUGGGCAACUACUCACCUCUGCUCCAGCAACCAUGACCUCAGCUGGCUGUCAGCAGCUUUCUUGACCAGGCGCCCUGGAAUAAAAACCCCAUGCUUGAUAUUCAUCUCACUAUUCAGUUCUGAGAACAGUUUAGGGUCUUGUUGCCCUGCUCAUGCUGGAUCCUGCCCAAAGGGCCUUAGCACAGCUCUCUGAUCACCACCCGCAAAUCAAUAUGGGCUCCCUUCUGAAAUGUGAUAGUCGGAAUGCCUUCAGAUACAUCUUGAGAGUUCGAACGAAGUUCAGGUCUCGGUUUCCCCAUGUGCCACUCUGAUUAGUUAACGCUUGUUAGGCUGUGUCUCCAUUUCCCACACUUCAGCGUUUGUGCAAGUGUUUGCGGAGGCGUGCUUCCAAAGUAUCUGUGAUUCACAACAAUUGAAAGUGAUCAUGUUGAUAACAUCUUUCAAAGUGAUAGUAUUCAUUAUUCCCAUUAAUAUUCUCAUUAAUGAUUCUUGUGAAUAAUAACAGGGAGUUGACUCAGCAAGCUCAUAUUCCCCCCGCCACCAAGCAGGUUUUUGUAUGCAUAUUUUUGAUUAUCUUUCUUUCCCUCAUUCCCCAUGUUUUCCCCUAUUUCUUCCCCCCAUUCCCAAUUAAAGCAGAAUUAUUGAGGAAGUCAGUCUUUGUGAUGCAGGCUAACCUUCUGGGCUAGAGAGUGGUUUAGAAUUUAGUUAUCCACUGGCUUUCACACUUCUUGAGGAUCCCACUACAGUUCUUGGCUAACCCCUCCUCCCCACAACUAAAGUGUCUUUUAUAACAACCACCACCACCACCACCACAACAGCCACAACAACCACAACAACUUACCUGCCCUGCAGCUUAAGGUCCUGGGACAGGUUACAACAAUUAAAACAGGAAAUCUGUUGUGCUAGUGGAACAACAGUGUUGCAUGCAGCUCCUGGAUUUGCUUCCACCAAUUCCUGGUUUGUCAUUAAGUGUAAAACAGGAGUUAUGGUUCAAAAUAAACUCUGGUCCAGGGGUGGGAAACCUCUGGUCCAAAGGCCAAUCCUCACCCCACAGGGGGUCCACUUUGCCUUUCAAAGCCAUUUUCCUCAAACCACGCCCAGCUGUCAGUCAGCAGACACCACUUAGAAUGUGGUGGGAGUCAAUUCCCUAAUAUUGUGGGUUCCCAGUAGGAUUUAACCCCUGCAUAAUAGCUGGCAGUGGGUGGUUAAAUCUUGAUCUGUUUAGCUGAGCAUGCCUGUUCCCUCUUUGGAACAGAGAUGCACAGAAAAAAGUAAACUGCAGAAAAACAGGGGGUCUUCUUGCUUUUGCUUCAUGCUGCUGCUCCAUUGGAAUAGGUACCUGCAACAAAAACAAGCAGGUCCAGUUUUUCCCCUGCAUCACUGCAUAAAGAAGGCGUACUUCCCAGAGGGAGGAAGAAAAGAUCUGUGGAAGGUGCUCUUUUAGAUACUCAGGUUCCAAGCCAUUUAUGGCUUUAUAUGCUAAGAUCUUGGACUGGAUCUAGUAACUCUCUGCCAGCCAAGGUGGUGCUUUCAGGACUGGUGGCUCAUGGUCCCAUUGGGCUUUCUUGCUUACCAGCCUAGUAGUCACUUUCUGCACUAGCAUCAAGGGCAGUUGAUCUACUGAAGGGCUUGGAUGUAGAGCAUCACUGUCUCACAGUGUCUUUAUCUGCUUCCCUGUAUUCACCCGCCUGCCUACAAGUGCUUCUCUUUAUAUGUCAGGAUGUUAGCUUCUUGGAACUUGGAUGGCGCCUUUGAUUCCUAGGAACAUUAUUCAGCUCCAGGCUUCCUUGGUCUGUUGCGCACUAGCAGGUAUAGCAACGUGCCCCUCUAAAUCUUACUUUAUUUGUUAAUUUAUGCCUUUCCAGAGCACCUACAUUAACUAGGUGCGGUACACAAACGAAAACGAGACAACAGGCCCUGCCCGCCAGGCUUACACUCUAAACGGCAAGACCGGGAAGUGAGAGGCGGGAGCAUAAAGCAGUGAAUUGUUCACAAGCAUCGCAGCUGGUGCAAUACAUUCUGCUGCCUGAGGCAGGACAUCAAACAGUGUUCCCACCCACAGACACAUUCCAAGUCGAAGUGCAUAAUACAUAAGACUAAGCAAGUUAUUUUAGCACCUGAGGGGGAAAACCCCACAAGAGUCUCCUCCUAGGAGUAAAAAUCCCAUGAGUGACAGGCACUAGGAGUCAGAUUCCUCUUCCGCAGGUGAUGGAGGCAACGACUGCAAAUCUGCAAAUCUGAAUGGACGGGUAUGCAAAAGCACGGCUACAAGAUGAACUUGUGUGGUCAGUGCCCCCCAUCCCCACAGCUCAAGGAUGUGAUACCGCCAUCCCCUGGCUUCAAGGACUCGCCUGUUCAAGAUCCUGGAAGAUCUUAGGCUGCACUGCUCUGUUGCAGUAGGAGAUUGCUACAGACUGCUGAGCCCCUUCAAGUAGAGCAGCAUUUUGCAGCAUGGGUGGUGUUAAGAAUUAGGCUGCACCUGGUAAUGCUACUAUAAAAGGGCUUUAUUGCAGCUUACUUGUUCCUGGAACAACUUCAGAUCUUAGUGUUUUUCAGAGCACAGCUUGUAUCCAGCCUGGUGUUGUGUUCAGUCUGAACCUCAUCUUACAUUCCAGUUGAGCCUCCCCAAACCUCAUUGGAGGACAACAAAUAGCAAUCGUAACAUAACAGAGUUGGAAGGGACCUUAAGAGUCAUCUAGCACAACCCCUGCAACACAGGAAUAACAGCUAUGUUAUCUCUAUCUAUCUAUCUAUCUAUCUAUCUAUCAUCUAUCUAUCUAUCUAUCUAUCUAUCUAUCUAUCUAUCUAUCUAUCUAUCUAAAUUUGUAUAAGGAAUCUCUGUGAGACGGCCGUUCAAUCUCUGUUGAAAAGCCUUCUGUGAAGGAGAGUCCACCAUCUUCCGAGGCAGUCCAUUCCACCACUGAACAGCUCUUGCAGUCAAUUUUUUUUUAUUCUAAAGCUUAGUUGGAAUUUCCUUUCUUGCCAUUUGACGCCACCUGUUUGGGUCCUAUCUUUUGAUGUAGCAGAAGGCAAGCUUACUCCAUCUUCCAUGUGACAGUACUUCAGAUAUUUGGAUGGAGAAGAAUCAGCUUUAGUUGUAUGUAUGUAAACUAUGUAAACUAUACAUGUAAACUAUGUAAUUUAGUGAUUCCAACUCAAUUGAGCUUCGUUUGCCAGUACAGUUGCUGCUGCUGAUACUCUUUGCAAUGAUGGGGAGGGGAGGGGGGCGGCAUUAGAAAAAGAAAGAAAGAAGCUGUGCACCUGCCAUGGCUAAAGGUGAGCCCCAACCUCUAAAAAACUGUUGAGGUGUUAAUCUUCACUGCCAUUUGUGCACAAUUCUGCCAAAAAACAGCUUGGUCAGAACUAGGCAUGCUCAGUGAGACACAGGACUUCCUUAGGAAAGAGGAAGAGACAAAGGAAAUGGAAUGGAGCAGCCUGAAAAAGGGAAUGGCUGGCUGGCUGGAAUGCUAAACAGGAGCAUUAGGAAAGAAAUUACAUUUAAUUUGCAUUGGGGGGGCUAAUUUUCCUAAUUUGCACUUUCAGAGACACUAUAUGAGCUGAAACACGGCCAUCCUUCAAAAUUCAGUUCUCUGAAUUUUGCAGUGCAGUUCCCCAGCCAAGUAAUUUGUGUAAAACUGCUUCUGCUAGGGUAAUGUGUUCAUAUAAAUGCCCAUUUUAGUGCAAAUAGCACACAGAAAUGCAUUGUGUUUGGCAACAUUGCUUUACAAAACUGCGUACAUUAGGCAGAAUUGCAGACAGAACUAUGUAUAUCAGGGGAAAUUUGCACUAUAAUUUUGAUUAUUUUCACGAGGACAUUCAAAAAAAAUUCUUAAAUUUCUGAUUUGGAAAUUUGGAGAAUGGAACUUAAGAAUAGAAAAAUUAAAAAUUGAGAGAAACUGAAGUUGACGGAUUCACCCGUCUCUGAGUACAAUAUUUGUUCUGGGUUCCACUUGGGCUCCCUGCUUUGAUGCCAGGAAUCUGAAUUUAUCCUUCGUUAUUGAGAUAAACAACCUUUGUAUUUCACAGUGGCAAUGAAGCCAGACUCCUUAUGAAAGCAGACAACUGCUAUUGAUGUCAGUUAUGAUAACUAAUUGAGCCUCUCCUCAAUGACUCUGUCAAGUGUGCAUCCCUUUCAAGAGCCUGAUGCUGAACUCGUUGAAAAGGCAAGGGCUUCUGUCCUUAUUACGUUUGUUAUUUGGAGCUUGCUGGAAAGCCCCCUUCUCCUUGCAGAGCAGAGCUAAUCAAUUUUCCCUCCGUGCCGUUGCCUAAUGAGUCCACAUCAAAGGCAAAAGUCUGAUGAGGAAUGAGAAAAACAGAAGACUGCUGAGAGGAUUUAUGGAUCCCAGGGAGAACAUGAUUCAUGCCCCUUCUACUAAUUCUGAAUCAAUCAGUGUUGUUCCUAGUCAUCUAUCCUAGCUCUAGGAACCUAGAAACACAAGCGGCUGCUUUUUACUGAGUUAUGCCAUUGGUCCAUCUAGCUGAGCAUUGUCUACUUGAUGAAUGGGGAACCUGUGGCCCUCCAGAUCUUGACAGACUGCAACUGCCAUUAUUCCUGACCAUUGGCUGUGCUGGCUGGGACUGAUGGGAGUUGGAGUUCAACAGCGUCUGGAGAGCCAUGGGUUCCCCAUUCCUCAUCUACAAUAACUGGCAACAGCUUCCCGAGGUUUCAGGGAAGAAUGUUUCCCAGUCCUACAUAGAGAUGCCAGAGAGUGAACUGGGACCUUGCUGCAUGCAAGACAUUUGCCUUUCCCCUGAUGCCUGUGCACAUCCCCAGACCUUUUUUAUAAAAACUUAAGCGAUGUCUGGAAUCUAUGAUAUUCCCCCUGAACUUAUGGUUUUUCUGGGAGCUUCGGUUGUGGUGAUGUAUUGGUAACGAGCAAUUUCUACUGGAGAACUAAUGGGCAAAUUUCCCUCUGGACCUCAAUCUCUGCAGUCCUACAUGCAUUGGCAGGUCUUGUAGUGUGUUGUUGCUAUGAUCUGUCUAAUCAGUGGCGACUGGUGUCCAUUGUGACUUGUAGGGCAGAAGACAGGGAGCCCAACAGUAGGGGGAGCCAGAGCCAAUGCCUGAUAGAGUCAACAAAGCCUAGUUUUGUCCCCAUCUUCCUCUCUUCUGUUGUGGUCGGCAUUUGGCACUGAGGUCUGGGCAGGGGGAUGGAGUGUUCUCAGACCAAAUGCUCCUCCAAUAUCAUUCACAGUUCAAAACCCCCAGCCUCCGGUUCGACCUGGCUGCUUGCAGCCUUUCUCUCCUCUCUUCUUGACUCGCUGCUACUCCCACUCCUGACCCCUCCCUGCUCUUGACUUUGACACCUGCCGAUCAUCCCUCCAACAUGGCUCCACCGCCCUCCUCCUCUGACAAGGCUCCACCACCUUCUGUUGCUCCUCAGUCCUUACACAACCCCUCUGCCAAACACCCACCCAGGGAAGUUGGGUUGACAAGGGUGCCUAGCUCUUCUACACCUUAAGUUGCCAUUCCAAUAUUGGGUACAUAUUGUGCCUAAUGGAUUACAGUUGUGGGGGUAAUGCGCCCCUUGUCUGUUGCUUGUCUGCCCACCUGCGAGCAGCUGUAAAGAGUGGAGUCAGGGUUUCCCCACCUGCAUUCAGCUGUCAGCGGAGUUGCGCUGUUGUCCACAUGCUGCCAGACCCUCAACUGGUGUUGCUCCUCUCUCCUUGCCUGCUGAUGUGCUUGAGGUGACAGUGGUGGUGGGGAAGGAGGCACUGGGGGCUCUCCUCUGAUCUGAUCAGCUUCUGCCGGUGGCUACUCCUUCUGCUCAGUGUUAGAUCUCCAGACUCCACUAGCCUUCUCCACUAGCCUUUUCCAAUCAUCGUGAGACACUGUGAUUCCAGUGCUGAGUGCUCCUCCCUGUUCCUCUUGCUCACCUCUGUGUUGAUUGCUCAGGGAGCCGCACGACAGUCCCCCAGCUCCUGCUGGGGACUUCCCAACAUCCUCCUCCUUGGACCAGGCAUGGGGCAUGGGGUGCCCCACGACACCUGCUGAAAUGUAACAGGCAGUGUCAUCCCUUGAAUAAGCAAGAAGAUAGGCAGGUGGGAGCUGGCUGAGGGCUGAGUAAGGUUGCUGGGGCAGUGUCCCACCUGCCCUAGUAAAUCAGACUCCACUCUUUCUAACAUAAUGGCAGACUUGUACUGCAUGUGAUUUCCUUAUUCAAAAUAUUUUAAUUCCAUAUUUUGUCAUAAGGUCCUUGAUGUUCAGGGACAGAUUAAAGCACACCGAAGCCCUAAGCUGUCAUGUUAAAACGCUGCAUAGCAUCACCCCCCAACCCCCCCCAAAACAUUUAGUAUUCCAACAGAAAGGACAACGAAAAUAGAAAUGAUUGUAUUUCAUAUUUGCAUAUAUACUGGCACAUAGGCAAUGAUGCAAUUAAAAACUAACAAUCCAACUAAAACAGAGAAUGCUUGUCUCAGAGUCUCCCUGUUUCCCCUUUCUUUAACCAAUUAUGUAAAACUUGCAAUUUAUUUUUCUUUAACAUGCAUUUAGAGGCCCCACAAAAUUUGAGGCCCUAAGCUGUAACAUACUUAGUUUGUGCAUAAAUCAGGCACUGCUGAGGAAUGGCUACUGGCUGGAAUCCCAGUUAGAACUCACAUCGCAUAUGUUGCUAAACACCUGCACUGCUUGCCAGCAGGGUUGCCAAGUCAGGAGUAUCCCAGACCCUUAGAUUUCAGGGCCCAAGCCAGAGACCUAGAGGCAGCCCCUGGUGAUGACAUGGGAUGCCCCCCUGUAGUGUAGUGCUGGAGCUUUCAGUGCCCCCACACUCUUCUAUUUUGCCAAUGUGCAUGCGGGCUCCACUGAUAAAAUGCACUCUUGAUACUUGCAUUGAGACUGUUGUUUACCAAAGCUCUGGUGCGCUUGUGUGCAGUGACUGAAAAAACACUCGAAAGCAAACCUGAUGUAAAAAGGCAGGGACUUGGGGAGGCCAGGUUGAAAUCCUCAUUUGGGCCAUGUCAGUACAUUUACAGCAGCACUGUAGCACUAUAAACAGUCAUGGCUGCCGCCAAAGAAUCCUUGGAAUUUAGUUAAGGGUGCUGAGAGUUGUUAGGAGACCCUUAUUCCCCCACAGAGAGCUACAAUUUCCAGAGUGGUUUAAUAGUGAAUCCCUCCUCACAGAGAACAUUUGAGAAUUCCCUUUUCUCUCUUUUGCUAAAAGAAAGUCACAUUAAAAAUUAAAAAUCAGCAUACCUUAGCUCAACAACUUUGGGCAAUUUCUGUUGCGGUCCCAAAAAAUAGGGGUUGUCUUAUACAUGGGGGGUGUCUUAUACACGGAAAAAUGUGGUACAUACCAAAGCCUGAAAGAGAAUAGCUUGGGGGACCACCAGAUAUCCACUGGGAAUUCUGCAACUGGGUUGCUGCCACUGAGAAGACCCUGCUUGGUGUCAUCACCUUGUAGGCCGUCCUUGUUUGAGGGGACCAUGGACAGGGCCUCACUUGCUGAUCUCAAAGCCUGAGCCAGUAGAUAUUAGGGAAGGCACUCCUUUUAGUACCUGGGUCCCAAGCCAUUCAGGGCUUUGUACACGAGUACUAUCACCUUGAAAUGGAAGUAACCUUCAGGCGAACAGUGCAGUACUUUAUGGAUUGGUGGCGCAUCUCAUCGCUCCACAUAAGAACCUGGCAGCAGCAUUCUGCAGCAGCUGUGGCUUCUGGACCAUCUCCAAGGGAAGCCCCAUGCAGAGCACAUUGCAGUAGUCCAUUUGGGAGGUUAUCAGAGAAUAGAUCACUGAAGUCAGGCUGUCUCAGCCUAUCUAUAGCUGGCAAAUCAGUUCUCACCACUGAGGUCUUUUAGGCCUCGAGUGAUAGUUUGGGAUUGAGAGGUAACUUCAGAGUACAUACCUGUUUCUUCAAGGGGAGCACUACCAUGUUCAGAACAGGCCAUCUACCAAAUGUACAGACCCAGGAGCUACCCGCCCACAGUGUCUCUGUCUCUUCAAGAUUCAGGGCCCUGACUCUGGAAGUCUCUCCCCUUAAAGUCUUGCUGGGCAGCAAGUCAUUAUAUUUAAAGUCCCUGUCGAAAACCUUUACUUCCCCCCAGGUCAUUUAGACUUCUGUUCUUAGCUUGGAUCUUAGCUGGCCAGGUUAUUGUUGUUGUGUUUGGUUUAUAAGCCUUGUGAAUUCAAAGGUGUGGGUUUUUGUUUUUUUAAUCUGCCUUGGAAGCUGCUCUUUAGAAUGGCUUUAAACAAAAACUAAAAACCAGCUAUCAAAUCCUUAAACCAACCAACAAAACAUCAUACGCAUUGCAAAGAUGGCAUUUAAAUCAACAAGAGAGGCUUGUAAAUCACCAUCUAAAGAGCUCAAGAGGUUCUCUUGGAUUUUCAGAGCACAUUCAGACACAUUCCGAUUCCUACAAAACAACUUCGGAAUACAGAGAUAAAAUCCAGUGGGACACCAUUUCCAUUUUAACAACUGCAACAACAACCCAAAAUCAUGAUAGAAAUGGUAAUUUUAUUGAAAUGUAUCCCCACUUAUAUGUUGCCACCGCAGUGUAAAUUCAGGCUCUAUGUGGACAACUAAAAUACCUUUAAAAUAACAGCUAUAGAAAAACAACCCUCAUAAAAUUGAUAGAUUUUUAUCAUUAUAGGAGAGAAAAGAGACAGAGCGGUUAGAUUGAUUGGUCCGGGUAAGCUGCCAAAGACCUGAGAGGGAUGCUAUGGCUGCAUCUUGCUUCGUCUGGUAUUUCACCUCGCGCUGUCUCUUCCAAUGAUGUUUAUGAAAAAUUCCAAAUAUUUAACCAGAAGGAAGUGCCCUGCAGACACAGGGGAGCUGUCGUUGCCUGAAAUAUUGCGAGAGUUUGCUCGUCCGGUGUUGCUUUCAUUCUGCCUUAGACACUGCUGAAAACCAACAGCUUGAAAUGGCUAUAAAAUAGCAGAGGUGGAUUUAUGGGACACUGGGUGCAAAGCCUUGGGGGCGCCACAACUAUGAUGUAGAAUGGAAUGGUGAGAGGCGGGGGCGGCGCUGAAUUUUGCCAUCACACAGGGCACUGCUGAAAUUGGAGGCCCCAAGGUUGGCCACUGGGAAUAGAGAUGGUCAGAGGCAUCAAAACGAUAUGUGCUUCCGCAGUUGGUGUGGGUUGUUUUCUUACUGCAGCCACGUUUGUUUUCUCCUUCACAGAAUCCUGUGCGUACAGGCCAGGCCCAACCACGAGGCAAGGUGAAGCAGCUGCCUCAGGAAGCAGGCCCUUGAGGAAGUGCCCACGUGGGCAUGUUGCCUGUGCUGCUACCUACACCACUGGCAGAGAAUUGGCGCUAGCGACACCUCACCCAAAAUUAGCACUGAUGCUGGUGCUAAUUCUCUGCUAGUGAUGAGAGCAGUGGGACAGGCAGAGGGACUGGCUGCCACUCUGUGGAUAAGACACCUCCCUAGAUUGAAGUGUCUCUCUAAAGCACUCUGGCUUCUUUUGCAGGAGCAGCCUUUGCCACAGAAAAUCUUGUCAGGAGGCUCUUUGCCAACAAUUAAAAAUACCGUAUUUUUCACUUUAUAAGAUGCACCAGACCACAAGACGCACCUAGUUUUUGGAGGAGGAAAACAAGAAAAAAAAAAUUCUGAAUCUCAGAGGCCAGAACAGCAAGAGGGAUCGCUACGCAGUGAAAGCAGCAAUCCCUCUUGCUGUUCUGGCUUCUGGGAUAGCUGCGCAGCCUGCAUUCGCUCCAUAAGAUGCACACACAUUUCCCCUUACUUUUUAGAAGGGAAAAAGUGAGUCUUAUAGAGCAAAAAAUACGGUAAUCAGAAAACAAUGCCUAUAGAGAUGGGGAAAGAUGUCUACUAAAAAGAGAAGGUUUUGGAAUUAGAAAUGUGAGGGAUUGAGCCUGAGACGCCAUUCAUGCAAAGCAGACAUUCUGUUCCUGGGCUAUGGCCCUGCCCCUGUUGUCUGCCAGUGACUGGCUUCCCAGGAUCUGUGGUGUUUUCUCGUGCCAUCGAUUCAUUCACUUCUCCCUCUGUUUUCUCUGGCAGAACCCAUGAGGGCUCCCAAGGGCCUCGCGUUUGCUGAGAUCCAGUCCAGGCAGCUGACCCUUCAGUGGGAACCUCUGGGCUACAACCUGACACGAUGUCACACUUAUACCGUCACGCUCUGCUAUCGCUAUGCCGUGGGCACUGGCCACAACCAGACGUUCCGGGAGUGCGUGAAGAUGGAGCGCAAUGCCAACCGCUACACCAUCAAGAACCUCCUCCCCUACAAAAACAUCCACGUCAAGCUUAUCCUCUCCAACCCCGAGGGGCGGAAAGAAGGGAAAGAGAUGAUAUUUCAGACAGAUGAAGAUGGUGAGUCUUGUAUCUUCCGUGGGUGGGCAGGGGAGAGAGAUUUGUCCUCCGGGAUCCAGAAACUGUUUUCAGUAAGGGACACAAAGGAGAACAGCUUAUCAGAUGUCAUUUCCGAUUCCCAUCAGCCUCACCCAGAAUGGCCAGUGAUCAAGGGUGAAGGGAGCUGUAGUCCUAGAAUAUCUGAAUGACUACAGUUCCCCUCCAUCCUUUAGUUAAACCAUGGGAAGGGGAAUUAACAUAAGACCCACCCAUUAACACCCCCAAGCACAUCAGCUUUGCCUACUCAGUUCUUGACCUUCCCAUGUUGAGCAGAAAAGACCUACGGGGUGUGGUGGGACUUUUACCCAAGUUUCCUUGAAUGCAAGCAGAAUUUUCCCUUUAAAUUUCCUCUGCUCAACAUGGGAAGGUUGGGGACUUAGUGGGUGCAGCCAUGGAUGUUGUGGGCAGGGCUAGUAGCUGUGGCCCUGUGCUUCCUACACUGGAGGAGAUUUCCUGUUCAGGAAUGAUGGCCAAGUAAAGCUUUAAGGAAGAGAGGGCUGGAUGGAAGCAUGCCUGGAGGUGUGUACAGCUCCUGAAGCAACCUCAAUGCCAUCAGAUGGAUAAACAUGAGUUUAUUGCUAAGCAGAAGGAGGCUCAUCCCUCUCAAGAGCAACUUCUCCAUCAUUUUGGGAAAGUAAUGUUUCAGCACCAAUCUCCUAACUGAUGGAUGGCAUUAAGAUGUGUGGAGACGUUUGUGUGAACAUGUGAACGCUGUUGCAAAGGAUGGGAGAUGGAGGAGCACACACAAGCUCUUUCCCAGCCCUCCAUUUGAGCUGGGAUGGCCUGUAGGGGACUUUAGCUGAGUCCUCAUUUAUGCAGAGGGUUCUUCUCAUGAGUAAAGCCCACCCUUCAUACCUACCCACAAAUAAUAAAGUGUGUGUGAUUAGGCAAGCACCUGGACAUGCUUAUAGGCUUUACAUGAUGGUGAGAUGUAUGAUUCAUUUGCAGGAUUGUGGCAUGUGUGAUAGAACCUUUGUCCUAGCAAUAUUGUCCUACAACCUCUCAUGGAUAACUGGCACAUAUGUGUGUUUGUGUACACACACACACACACACACACACACACACAAUGGUGUUGUGAGCCACCUCUAACAUAGUAGAUGGAACAUGGUAUAAAUAUUUUGAAGGAAGGGGAAAUGCAAUAGAAUGGAAGGCUGGGAGAGAGGAAGGGAGGGAAGGAAGAAAAAGGUAUGCAAGAGGUACUGCAAAGUAAAUGGGAAUUUUUGUAUGUUCAGUUUUCAGAGUUGGGUGGUUUUUGUCCAAACGUCAGACUUGUAUGUGGACUUUAAACUCAGGAUGAAGAACCUGAGGCCCUCCCAGAUGUUGCUGGACCCCGACUCCCAUCAGCUCCAGUUAGCAUUACGUGGGAUGAUGGGAGUUGUAGUCAACCUCUGGAGAGCCACAGAACCUUCAUCCCUGUUUUAAAACAUCAGUUCUAUAUUGCAUGUGUCUGCAUUUAGCAAAUUCCAGGAGAGCUCAUUGAUAAGAAACUGUAGAAAUAUGGGAUGCUGCUGUGGUGCAGGACAGCAAUUCUGUACUGUUACCAUGGUUACCAAUGGGACUUAUUUAUACAUGCAUGAGACCAGCUGAUCGGUGUUCUUUACUCCUUCCUGUCCUGCUUUUCUUUCUUAUCUUAGGUUUAUUGUAGCAUCUAAAGGUAGGAAUGGGGCUGGGAUACAAGAAUGCUUGUGGGGAUUUCAUUAAUUUAAAGCAUUUUCACCCUGCACAUUAGCCAAAACGGCUCCCAGAGCAGCUUACAAGAUCAGUAGCUAGACAGUUCCUGCUCCCAUGUUUACUGUUGAAAAGCCAUGGUGUGCAAGGAAAAGGGGAUGUGGAGGGAAGAGGGUAAAAGCAAGUUCAAGGCCCAGUACUUAAAGUUGCAGUAAUGACCAUCUGGGACAGUUCACUUAAACUGAUUGAAUGCCUGUCUCAAUGUGACAGCUGGUCUGAGUGAGAGGAGAGAAAGGAAGGGAUAGGAAUGGUGUGGAAAGCUUGGAGGAAAUGGCAUCCCCUUGGUUUUCUUCUGAUAAUUCACAUCCUGACUUAAAUUCAGUAGUGUGGCUUGGUAUUUUUAGACUUUGGGCUUAUGCCUAUUACUUUGCUUUGCUCAAAAUGUGGUAAGUCAGGUGUGUUGUAUUUGGGGGCCCACUUGCUCAUGGGGGGGGGGGGGUUGUGGACCUCUGCUCCCAGACAUGGAAAUAAAGAAACUAGUUGUUGUUUAGUCAUUUAGUCGUGUCCGACUCUUCGUGACCCCAUGGACCAGAGCACGCCAGGCACUUCUGUCUUCCACUGCCUCCCGCAGUUUGGUCAAACUCAUGCUGGUAGCUUCGAGAACACUGUCCAACCAUCUCGUCCUCUGUCGUCCCCUUCUCCUUGUGCCCUCCAUCUUUCCCAACAUCAGGGUCUUUUCCAGGGAGUCUUCUCUUCUCAUGAGGUGGCCAAAGUAUUGGAGCCUCAGCUUCAGGAUCUGUCCUUCCAGUGAGCACUCAGGGCUGAUUUCCUUAAGAAUGGAGAGGUUUCAUCUUCUUGCAGUCCAUAGAUCACUGCCUUGCCGUGGCAAAGGGGCUUGAAUAACUCAGAGAAGCUAUGAGCUAUGCCAUGCAGGGCCACCCAAGAUGGACAGGUCAUAGUGGAGAGUUUUGACCAAAUGUGAUCCACCUGGAGCAGGAACCGGCAAGCCACUCCAGUAUCCCUGCCAAGAAAACUCCAUGGACAAAGACAACAGGCAUAUAGAAGAAACUAGAAGAGGUGGCAAAUGCUGGAAAGCGGCAGAUAGGCCCAGGUUGUCUGCUUUUCCAGAGCUCACUGAGGCCUGAUCCGUACAUGCAGCAGAAUGAGGAGGGAAUGAGGUGCUGGAAUCCCAGCAAAGGAGAACAAACCCCACCAUGUUGGGUUAUGGAACAGGUGGAACUGCAGUGUUAUUGAUUUACUUUAUUUUAAUCAUUUAUAUACUGCUUAACUACAAUCAUCUCUAAGUGGUGUACAAGAAAUUAAAUACAGAAAAAGAAGAAGGUAAAAAUCUGUUAAAACUUUAAAAUUGAAGCUCACUUAAAAUGUCUGCUGGAAUUUUUAAAAGAAGUGUUCAUUAGGUGCUGGAAGCUCAACAAAGAAGGAGCCAAGCUGAGACCUCCACUGGAAGGGAUUUAGGUUAAAUCAUAGCUGGCAACGUUUCCCUUUUUUAAACGGAAAUUCCCUUAUUCCGAAUAGGAUUCCUCGCAAGAAAAGGGAAAAGUUGACAGCUAUGGGUUAAAUAAUGAAUCUGGUGGAGAAGAGCCAUGCAUUUUAGAUAGACAGAUGGAGGGAUGGGAGAACCACCCUCUUUGCAAGUAGAAAGCCAGUAUAGUAGGGUAUAGUUAAUUUCCUCAAUAGGAGCUAGGUUUUUUUUAUUCUACUUAGCAAUUAGUUUUGUCAUGGGUGGUAUUGAAGAAAGGGCACUCUUCAUCUGCAGUAAUGCAGUCCACUCUUCAAGAGUCUACCAUUUCCUCUUGCUCCUGUGUGCAGAUCAGGCUUGAGAAUAAAUGUAAGGCAGUAGUGGGUGUUAAAUUCCCUCCUUUAGCUUUUCUAUUUUUGGAGAAUUUCAUUACCGGGGCUUCCUUUCAGAACAGACCAUUUUCCUUUCAUCUUUUUUUGUGUAAGCAUAUCAAAGCUUAAUAACAAUAACAACAAUUACUCUAAUUAUUACCUUGUUCUCAGUCAGCACCUUUCAUCUGUGGAUCUCAAACACCAAUUAAUUAAGGCUCACAACACCUCCGUGAGGUAGAUAUUAAUGGUGACAAAGGGCCGAGGGGGCAGUCUGCCUCUGAUGUCUGCUCUCUGUAGAUGUCUCAGUACGUCUCUGACCUGGAUAAGUGCUGUCUCGUAUCAGGAAAGAUAAUUUCCCAGUUCUUCUGAUGCUAACUGGGUCAUGGCACUUGAUUGGCAGGUUGUUGUUUUUUUAAAAGAAGUUUUUAUGUGUUACUUAUGUGCACACAUGCAAAUCAAUACAUGCCAAGGGUCAUCAAGGCAUCAGAUUUAGAUAAUACUUGUCUACCAGGAGUUUAGGCCACCUGUAGCGAUAGCCAAAACCUGUCCAUUUCAGCUUCUCAUUUUCCAAUCUGAGGUUCAGUUCUUCAGCUUCCCACACCUUCACAUUCCUGCAUCAUUUUGCUAUUUUCCCCCAAGUAAAUUCACCAGUCAAUUUAUCCUAAUAUAAAUGACUUCUUGAAAGGUAUUAAUUUAACUGUUGUUUCUUCAUCACUGCUGUUGUUGUUAAAAAUAUUAAAAUCCUGGGCGUUACGCCAGGCCACUGUGAAAGGUCCAUUUAACUUAUAAUGUUUUCCGGAAGAAUUACUUGUAAAGGGUGAUUCAGAGAGAAUUAUAGGGAGAGCACCCCUAGAAACCUUACUAUGCUGAUAGCUGAGAUCUGGACAGGAAUGCGAGGUUAACCCAUUCUAUAAAAAUGUUAGCUAUUAAACAUUGUACUCUUUGUACGAGGACUGAAAAAGCCACUUCCAUCAAAGAUCAGGCCUGGAGAACAAAGCUUUUCAUCACAUUCAUGCCACAUCUUAUCACCCAAAAGCAGAAUAUGGGCCUUUUUAUACAGUGCAUCAUGUCUAGAACCUGAAAUGUAAGUCUCCUCGGUCCUAACCUGUCAUUGUAUUUGAGUACAUGACUGAAGUGAAAAUGAAUUUGGUCUCUAUGGAGCAUUUAACUCUAAGCCGGGGAUGUGGAACCUGCGGCUCUCCAGAUGGUUCGAAGUACAACAUCCAUCAUUGCUGUCUGUUGGCUGCGCUUGCUGUGACUGAUGGGAGUUGGAGUCCAACAACAUCUGGAAGCUCACAGUUUCCUCAUCCUUGCUUUAAGUCUUUUGUGUAAGAAGGAUGUGUGUGAAAUACUUGUGUCAAGGCCAUAACCACAUGAGCAUGAAGCUCUUCCUUAACACUAUUUAGCCAUUCUGCCUUUUCAUAAUUUGUUGUCGUUUAGUCGUGUCUGACUCUUCAUGACCCCAUGGACCAGAGCACGCCAGGCACUUCUGUCUUCCACUGCCUCCUGCAGCUUGGUCAAACUCAUGCUGGUAGCCUUGAGAACACUCUCCAACCAUCUGGUCCUCUGUCGUCCCCUUCUCCUUGUGCCCUCCAUCUUUCCCAACAUCAGGGUCUUUUCCAGGGAGUCUUCUCUUCUCAUGAGGUGGCCAAAGUAUUGGAGCCUCAGCUUCACGAUCUGUCCUUCCAGUGAGCACCCAGGGCUGAUUUCCUUCAGAAUGGAUAGGUUUGAUCUUCUUGCAGUCCAUGGGACUCUCAAGAGUCUCCUCCAGCACCAUAAUUCAUAUAAUCUGCCUUAUAUCUGGUGCAGAAUGAUUUGUCCCUCAAGCUAAGUAAUAUUUAAGGCAGCAGAGAAGGGGCCACCGGCCCUAUUCCUACGGUAAUUUAACAAUCAAUUCCUUCUCACAGGGAACUCUGGGAAUUGUAUCUCUAGGAGAGGAAUAGAGACCUCUUAACAGCUUUCAGCACCCUUAACAAACUGCAGCUUCCAGAAUUCUUUGGGGAAGCCCAUGACUGUUUCAAGCAGUGUCUUGGUGCUUUAAAUGUAUAGUGUACGUGUGGUCUCUGGUUACUGGAGUUCUGGUGUUGGAAAUUCACUGUUGACGUUGGCAAGUCUUUAGGGCUUAAGGAGGGUGGGAGAAGCAACUUCUUCCUGUCACCUCUCCCCACCUCUGUCAUGGUUUUGGGGGAAAGAGAAGCAGAUGACUUGCAAAAGGAGAGGAAGAGGAAACCAGCUAUACUUAGAAAAGUCUGCGGAAAAUGGAGGCCAGUGGAAAGUGGAGAAACAUUUGGAAUGGGCACUUCUACUGAGUCAGACCCAUUGGCCCAUCCAGCUCAGUAUUGUCUACACCAGUGUUUUCCAAACUUGCUUCUCCAGCUGUUUUAGGACUACACUUCCCAUCAUCCAUGACCACUGGUCCUGAUAGAUAGGGAUGAUGGGAGUUGUAGUUCAAAAACAGCUGGAGGCCCAAGUUUGGAAAACACGGAUCUACACUGACUGUCAGUGGCUGUCUAGGAUUUCAGGCAGGUCCUUUUUCUAGCCCUACCUGAAGAUACCAGGGAUUGAAACUGGGACCUUCUCUGCAAUGCAAUUCAAGGCAGAUGUUCUACAGCUGAUGAACAUCUCCACAAAACUAGAGAACUCUUUGGAAACACCUUGAGUUUUCCCUGAGAAUUAUCUGAAAAAGCUGGAAAAGAACAAGCAUAUUCUGAAUCAAGAUGAUGGGGGAUUUAACUGAUCUCUAACUCAUGCUCUCCUGUCAGCUCUCUUUCGUUCUCUCCCUCUGUAUGUGACAAAAAGGGGAUUUAUCCCUGACCACAUAAAAAAGAUAUAUGCAUUAGUAAAACAAUGUGAAGAAGGACAUGCAUCAGAUAAAUUCAUUGAAAAGAAUGAACACAUUUAUAAACCAUUUGUGACUUACUGGAAUACAAAACAUCAAGACGGCAUACAACUUUAUGUAUGAUCUUCACCCAUAUAAUUACAUAGUUGAAAAUGAAAUUUGCUUUCUAUUAUUUGUGUCCCCCCCCCAUUGUUAUGUGAAAUACCAACAUUAAAGAAGCAUUAAAUCUGCCUAGCAUCAAGCCCCUAACUGGCCACAGAGCUAGGAAACAUACCAACCAACAAAGACCUGGUGAUGACAGUGACAUCAACAAGAAAGAUGCUAGCAAUAAAAUGAGCAGUGUUCUGGAUAAAGCUGGCCACAUUAUGCCUCUCCACUUUCAAAUAAGCCAGGAGAUGGGAGAUGGAUGCACAGAAGCCUGACAGGAAGAGUCAAUUGGAGGUUACCCAAAUUUAGUGCCAGAACACAAAGGUUCAGUUUACUUGGAAAGAGGAAAGUGAGGAAAUAGAGUGGGCUAGAUGGAAGAGAGAAAAGUCAGGCACAAGAUCUACAAGCAAGCUUUCCCUGGGAUAUAUUGGGGAUUGAAAUGUAGAGAAAACGAAGUGCAACCGAAGAACGAGCAGAACGAAGGCAGAUUUCUUGCUGCUAUUUUGUCUCAUUCUCUGGAAAGGAGGAGAAAAACCUGGUUAGAAGUCUUGCUACUGAACGCGGCUUGACCAAGCCGGCUGAUUGAAUUGAAAUCUAGUAAGAUUUGAAGGGCCAGAGGUUCGCCCCUUCACCACGCCAAUGGUGUCUCUGGAAAAUAUCCUGCUUGGGUGGGAGAGGAAUUCAGAAUAACACUAAGCAUAUUGCUCCAUUAGUGUAAGCCAGGGGUCAGCAAACUUUUUCAGCAGGGGGCCGGUCCACUGUCUUUCAGACCUUGUGGGGGGGCCGGACUGUAUUUUGGGAAAAAAAAGAACGAAUUCCUAUGUCCCACAAAUAAUCCAGAGAUGCAUUUUAAAUAAAAGCACACAUUCUACUCAUAUAAAAACACGCUGAUUCCUGGACCAUCCGCAGGCUGAAUUUAGAAGGCGAUUGGGCUGGAUCCAGCUCCCGGACCUUAGUUUGCCUACCCAUGAUGUAAACAUUUCUGCUUGACUGAUGCAACCGUCUGUCCCCCCACUUCCCCUUGUGUACUGUUCCAGGGGUUCUCAAAACCCCACAAGCCAGUUUGUGGGGCUCAAGGUGCGGGGAGAGGAGGAAAAAACCCAUUUUGCUAGCAGAAGUCCUUGUGUGGGCUUCUUCUGGUAGGACUUAUUGGUUGAAUCUGGCACUUUCUUUUUCUCACAUCUAAUCCUUUGUGCAGAAGUGCAUAGGGACAAAGGAUUCCUCCAGAUCACUGACAUAACUAGCCCAAUAUUUUCUACUCAGAUUAGCAAUGGCUCUUCUGGGGCCUUGGCAGAACAUUCCUAUGUAAUGUUUCUCGAUCUUUCCCACACCAGCAACCUGAUCCUUUACAAAGUGGAUAUUGAAGGGAUUUAAUCAGGAAAGCUCUGCAUGCAGAGUGUGUGUUCUGUCCCCAGUGUGUUGUGUUCCCUCCUCCAAUGCUGUACUUUGGUGAUAUCGCUGCAACAGGGGAGGGGCCUGCUUUCCACUGCUGAGGGUGGGAUGGUCUGGCUUACAGCCAAAACAACUUAAGAAGAGCCCUGCCAGAUCAGACCAAUGACCCAUUAUUUCUAAUCUUUUUUUAUUGAGUUUUACAUUGCACAUUUAAAUUCCAACAUUAAACACCAUCAUUUAGGAUUCCCUGAAUCCUUAGACUCCCCUCCACCCUUCCAAAGUUACCAUUUUCAAUCUUUUUCAACUGCUUCACAUAUUUUCUCUAUUAAAUAAUCCAUUUUUUGCCUUAGUUUUUAGUACAUUACAAGCGUUACUCAAAUCCUGCCAAAGUGUUUAGUUGUUUAAAGUGUUCUCUUAAGUACAUUGUGAAUUUUUCCCAUUCCUUCUUAAAGUUCCUCUCUUCCUGGUUUCUGAUUUUCCUGGUCUUUUUUGCCAUUUUGGUGUAGCCCAUCAUCUUCAUCAGCCAUUCGUCUCUGGUCGGGACUUUAUCUCUGGGCCAGUAGUAUCUGUGCUGCUGUCAUCGCAUACGUAAAUAACCGUUUCUGCUCCUUUGGUAUCUCUGUGUAAUGGAUUUAGGGGUUGCUCGUGCGUAAGUUGCCGCCACUCCUGGUUAAACCCUUUCUGACUGAACAGCCUCCAGCAUCGUGACUGUCUCAGUCACUGGCAGAAUCCGUCAGUGGGCGUUUCUUGAACUUCUUCCAGCACAAAAGUUCUUUGACGCCAAGUCUCCUCCUACUCUCCCUGCGCCGAAGUCUUCUGCGCAGACAGGGUGUGGGCAGCGGAGUACCCGUACUCUCUCCGCUGGUCUCCGGCGAGGAGUCUUGGAGCCUCCUCUCCGAUUCCCCCAUCUGCCCCCCUUCUCUACUGGUGUUACGCUGAUUUCCUUCCCCAGCGGACGGGCUGCCUCUCUCCCUACUGGGACCCUCUCCGCCAUCCCUCUGGAGCCUUCCCUCCGCCUCUAGCUCCGAUGGCAGUUCCCUGACAUCCUGCACCUAAAAUUCCUAAUUAAAAAGCCUCUGUUUUCCCCCACAAAUAUUAUUUCAAACAUUUCCCCCCCAACUCAUUAUAUAUCAUCUCCCAGAAUGCUUUUGUUAUCUUGCACGUCCACCAGACCAAUGACCCUUCUUGUCCAGCAUCCUGGACUCACAGUGGCCACCCAAAUGCCCAUGGGGGACCUGCAAAUAGGACCUGACCACAAGAGAACUCCCCUCUCCUGCUGUGUCCACAACCAGUAGCCAACAACUGGUAGAACAUAGCCCUCAUGCCCAGUAGCUGUUGAUAGAGAACCCAAGCACAGGGCCUCUCUCUCUCUCUCUGCCACUGCUCAUCAUAAUAAUGUGCAUUUUGCUAGCACUGAAUAUUCAAGCACUGCUCUGGAUAGGAAGACCAAAUGCUCACUAUGUAAAGACGCUUCCGCAGGGAAGUACAUAGACCUUGUGUGUUCCACCCAUAAUUUGCAAUUAACUCCACUUUACAAGUUCAGAGUAAAUACCAACAUUAAUCAAGGGGAAAUUGUUUAGUUUCUCAUCCAGAGUUUUAUCAUAAGACUUUACAGCUCCGGGUUACAUUGUAAUUAAUCUCCCCAAUUUUGUCAUCAUUUUUUUCCUCUCCUUCUCUUAAGCUUCAAGUAUUUGCAAUUAACCUGAAGGAGCUUGUUCCUGUUGAAGACUCAAUUGGGUGGAGGAUAUUAGUGGGCUUAAUUUCAGUGUCACCAAAUCCCUGUGUAACUGCUCUGGCUCUGUGGAUAGCUCAUGCACCAGCAGAGUGUACAGGCAGCCUUGAAAGUUAGCCGUGAACAUUGUCGAAGAUUGUUCUAGAACAACGGUGGGGAGGGAAUAAAAGUUGCAUAGGAGACUUUAAUAGCUGUAUAAAUGAAGGCAAGGUUCAACAGACAACUUAAGAACAGUUGUUUUCCUUACAGGCAAACUUUACAAAUUUAACCCAUUACUUUUACAAUUAAUUGACUGGAAAAAAACAAUUAAUUAGCUAAAAUUAGGAUGGAGAUUUAGUCUUCAUGGAUGCACAGAAAACUACUGCAACAUCAUUAAGGAAAACCUGGUUUAUAUAUUAGAUAUAAUAUUCUGAUUAGUUGAAAUUGUUUUUUUUUCUAUUUUUGUUUGUUGAAAUAUUUAUCUCCUGUUAUGUGAGCACCUCCAAGGGAAAUACAAUGCUUAUAUAUAUAUAUAUAUAUAUAUAUAUAUAUAUAUGAACAAACACCAAAUAUUCAUAGAAUCAUAGUUGGAAGGGAGCCAAGGGUCAUCUAGUCCAACCCCCUGCAGUGCAGGAAUCUCAGCUAAAGCAUCCAUGACUGAUGGCCAUCCAACCUCUGCUUAAAAACCUCCAAGGAAGGAGAGUCCAUCACUUCUCGUGGGAGUCUGUUCUACUGCCGAACAGCUCUUACUGUCAGAAAGUUUUUUCUGAAUGUUUAGUUGGAAUCUCCUUUCUUGUAACUUGAAGCCAUUGUCUUGAGUCCUCCCUUCAAGAGCGGGAGAAAACAAGCAUGCUCCCUCUUCCAUGUGGCAGCCCUUAAGAUAUUUGAAGAUGGACAUGGGUGGCGCUGUGGGUUAAACCACAGAGCCUAGGACUUGCCGAUCAAAAGGUCGGCGGUUCGAAUCCCCGUGACGGGGUAAGCUCCCGUUGCUUGGUCCCUGCUCCUGCCAACCUACCAGUUCAAAAGCACGUCAAAGUGCAAGUAGAUAAACAGGUACCGCUCCAGUGGGAAGGUAAAUGGCGUUUCCGUGCGCUGCUCUGGUUCGCCAGAAGCGGCUUAGUCAUGCUGGCCACAUGACCCAGAAGCUGUAUGCCAGCUCCCUCGGCCAAUAAAACGAGAUGAGCACCGCAACCCCAGAGUCGGCCACGACUGGACCUAAUGGUCAGGGGUCCCUUUACCUUUAUCCUCUCAGUCUCCUCUUUUCCAGGCUAAACAUACCCAGCUCCUUCAAGCAUUCCUUGUAAGGCUUGGUUUCCAGACCCUUGAUCAUCUUGGUUGCCCUCCUCUGCACACAUUCCAGCUUGUCAACAUCCUUCUUAAAAUUGUGGCACCCAGAAUUGGACACUGUAUUCCAGGUAUGGUCUGACCAGGGCAGAAUAGAGUGGUACUAUUACUUCUCUUAGUCGGGACAUGAUACUUCUGUUGAUGAUUCACUGUAAUUCAAAUCAGAAUAUGACCAGGUAGUCCAAAUAUGCUUAAAAGCUACCAUGGGGCUUUGUUCAGAAACAAAGAAAAGUUAAUGUAAAUGAAAAGGUUUUUGGCAUACUUGAGAAUUGUGAGGAUGUUAGUGUAUGCAGUGCAUUAUGUCUGGAAGGAGGCUAUUCCAAAGUGUGGGUUGCCAUCACAGAAAAGGCCCUCUCAUUGGUUGUUGCCAGACGGACAUCACCAAGUGGUAGUACAACCAAGAUGUCCUCUGAAGAUGAGCACAGUGACUGGAUGGGUCAAUAUGGAAGAAGAUGGUCUUUCAGGUGGCCUUCUCCCAAACCACUUACAAAUUAAGGAUAAAACUGUUGAGGUUUGUGAGAAACUGCGGCUUUGAAGUGGACAAUUAGUGAGUUGGCAAGAAGCCAAGUGAAGCAAGAGUGCGUGAGAAAGUUUGCUUGGAGAUAGGGAAGUCUAGCAAGAGGUGGUGAUUGGCUAAACGUUUUCCCUUAUAAGCAGCAUGACACAGUAGUUUGGUGUUGGAGUUCAGAGGUUGGUUUGUAGAGUUUGAAUCUCAAGUUAUGUUCCUGAGUUGUCAUCCUGGACAACACAGACUAAGCAGCCGGUAGCAGAGAGUUUUGGUUGAGAUCCAUCAACAAAAACCUCAAUCCUGGCAAAUUGGCAGCCAGUGGAGGUCCUUCUUCAAAGGUGUUGCACGUCCAGGGCUAGGUGUACCACUCAACAGCAACCUAGUUGCAGCAUUCUGCACUGGCUGCAGCUCCUGGACCAAGAAUAAUGGCAGCCCCAUCUAGAGUACAUUACAGUAACCAGUGUGUGAGGUUACCAAUGUGUGGGUAACUGUGGCUAGGCUAUCCCUGUCCAGGAAUGACUGUCGGGAUAACCAAAUGUUCACCUGAUAGUCCUAACUAAUAUCAAAGUAGGUGUUAACGAUUAGCCUUUUUCAUUUCCAAAGGAAGGAGAGCAACCCUUCCUUCAAAGGCAAAGGCUGAGUCUCUCCAAUUUCCUUGUGUCCAGCUCUGCAUUCCUAACCUAUUUUUCUCAACUUGCAAUUUCCCCUGCUGCUUUUAACCACACGAUAAUUGCUCCAGCUGUUUUCUUCUUGUGCCCGCAUACAGUUACUCCAGCUGUGCUUUUUGCUGUACUGUAAGCGCUCCAGCUGCUUUUCUGAUUAACAAGACUUUCUUCUUAUCCUUUGAGUUGAAUAUGAUGUCUAAUAUAGUGUGCUGUCUAUGCUUCUCGGGGGAUCGAUACAUCUUUGUCUGAGCAGGGUGAUACUGAAAAUUGUACAUGUCUGUUUCAAUUAUUUGCCUAUCCAAUUUAUCUAAUGUGGCUAUCUGAAUCUGCCCAGGACUGCUUUAUGAAGCUUUUUCUCUGAUAUAUUGCUUUUGUCCUGGAGUGUUCAUUAGAAAUUCAUGUUUUUGUAGGUUGGUUAAAUCUUUUUCAUGUUAAAAACAAUCAGAUGGAAAAGUAGUUUUGAUCUGAAGGUGGGGAGGAGGCUAUUAAAACACCCCUGUUUUGUUGAUAUAUAUAUAUAAUUAGGACUGCUAAAGUGCAGGCAAAGUGAUGUACUCUGUUGUCAUUUUUUCAGUCUUCAAAUUCUGUGAUUAUGACUCCAGCAACCAAAUUAGGCUGGUUGCUAUUUCUCUUACUUCUACACAAUUGUGCCUGCACAGAAGACUCUUUGACACAUUACAGCAGAAUAUGCAUUUGCAUCGUUCUGCCAUAAGUUGACCUCAUCUGUUCUGUAACAUUUGAAGGACAUUUGCUUGCCUGAAUACGUGGCAAUCAAGUGCCCAGGAACCUCAGCCACUUGCAGCUCCCAGGGGUGUCCUUACUGCAGGCGGUUGGACACACAAAUGGUUUCAAAUGUUUCAAAAGCAGCACCAUCUACCCAGAGUAUGCCAAUAUGGUAUGAGCUUCUGUAGAAAAACAUCAACAACUAUAUCGGAUGAACUGGAACAGUGGAGCUGGUGUUUAUUGCAUACACAGAAAUGUGACCUGCAAAAACAUAUUGCACUGUGAAGUGCUCCUGUUCAGGAAUUUAGCCAAUAAAUCAUGUCCUUGCCCAGAAUAUUCCAUUCCCCUCUCAGCUUUUCGUCCCAACCUCCAACAUUGUUAGCAUUCCAUGGGCAGUGAGGAAGCUUAGUCGUUAUUGGGCUACCCUGGGGUUUUGUGUUGGAGUUGAAUUUUUGCCCCCUUUUUUCCAUCUCACAAAUAAUUUUUCUGUCUCUUCAAACAUUGUGGGUUCUCCUAAACACAUUGAAACCUCCGUCUUAAUUCCAAAUUUUGGUAAAAAUUCUUAUGGUACCACCCGUGCACACUUUUAGAUGGAAUGAUAGGUCCAGUGAUGACAGUGGUGGUGUCGAGGCUGGUGACACAAUCUUCUCUUGUAGAUUAUACCCUAUUGGCAGUGAUAUGUAUUGAAAGAAAACCAGCUCAUUCCUUAGCUUCUAAUUAUUUUAAAUCCAUGGGUGUGUUUCACAUUUUUUUAAAAAUUGUCUCUCAAUUAAAAAGUCCCAAAUGCUGUAACUUUUCUUCAUAGGGGAUCCAUAUAACCCCAAUGGGGUGUUGGGGAGUGGAAGAUGUCAGUUGUGUAGGGUAUCCUCCUUCUCUGGGGGCCAUGUAUGUAUUGGCAAAGGAGCACUGCUCCACCAGUAAUUGCAAAGCAAAACCAGAGACAAAGAGCAAGCUUUUUUUCCCAGAGAGUCUGUGGGGUGCCUGAAACGAGUACCCCUUUCCUUCUGGGUAAGGCUCCUCUGAGCUUCCUUCCCUGUAAGAUUGACCCUUUCAUCAUCAAACUGGCUGCCAGCUGCAGGAAACUUUGUAAAAUUUUGUGUGCGUGCCAGCAGGGCAGCUCAAAAGCUUGAGCUGCUCUCAGGCCAACCCCUUUCUGAGUUAUUCGCUUCCUACAGAGAUCAAUGAUACGGAUAAAAAAAGAGGCAGCGCUGCUGUCAUUUGAGCCCUCAAAGGUUGUUCCAAAACAUUAAAUAAUGGAAGCAUUUCCCAUUAGGAGAUGGAACGGUUCAUUAGCAGGCAGACCUCUGCUGCCCAGACCGAUCCUCCCAAGCAGAUGGGAGCUUUCCAGGGGCGAGUGGCUCUUCUUCCAUUGAAUUUACCAUUCUGACACAGCAGACAGUCCCAGCCUACAUCCCUUUGUAGGCCCUGUGUCUUUCUUAGUGUUUACAGCUGGAAGGUGACGGAUUGCGGGGGGGGGGGGGGGUUUCAAGGCACCUUUAAGGAAGACAACAGAGAUCUGCAGGCAGUGGUGAGAAGUGGAAUUGCUUUUUGUUGGCAUUCUGUGACCAGGGGUGGAGGAAGGGUGUGUGUGGUAGGGGCGGUUAGCCCCAGGUGUCACCACUGAGGGGUGUGACAAAAUGCCAGGUGGCACUCACUGCAGGGCGUGGGAGUGACGCGGUGGCUUGGGCACCCGCAGGCUCCACGCUGCCCCUAUGGUCCGCCUGCCGCCUCCCCCUCAGCUGUAGGGCAGAGGCCCCGCGGAGGCCCCGUGGAGCGUCCUGCCCCAUCUUGCCCUGAUGCUGCUGGUGUGAUUAGUAUAAAUCACAUGAGAUGUCUGAGAAGAGUGUGGGAACAGAAGACUGUCCUAUCUCUUCCAUCUGAGCGUGUUAUUGUAACUGUACUUUCACUUUUGCAGUAUGCAAGAUUUGUUGUUCUGCCAGAGCUUAGAGAACACAGACGUGAUUACGGAUUGUCUGUAUAGAAUCUAAAUAAAAUGUAGUUUAGAUCUACAGAUGUUUCUUUCUUCUUGCUGGGUGAUGCUAGAAGACUUGUGUGCAGUUUUCAGAUGAAAAGUGUCACAGAAAGGCACUCUGGAGAUGAAGGGACAUGUCAUUCCAGAGAUGUGCCUACCGGGAGACGCUCAGAGGUCCGGGGGGGGGGUGUCUCAAUUUUCCCCAGAGCAUUUUUCCAACAGCCCCACCCCUGUGGGCAGCUGGCCCUGCCCCUAGCGCCCGAUCGGCUUGCUCUGCCAUUGUCUGUGACGUCACAGCAGCUCACCUGAUUAGAGACUUCACUGCUGCAAGCAGAGUACAAUGUAGAUUACUCAUUUAGUCCAAACUGAGGACAUGCCAAAGCUGUUUUCUUCUCCCUCCCUUGCACCUUCCAGGUCCUAAGUACAGGGGUCAAGUACAGAAGCCAAUGAAGAAUGGCAAUGGAAUCUUAUUUCAAUCUUGGGAAAGUGACUUUCACUGCUCCUGAGGGCAGCAGGCUAGUUAGGGGUGUGGGCGGCAGGCUGCAUUGCACACACAAAUCUGUUCUCCAGCUGAAGGAUACAACCAGGGGGAUGCUGCCAUAACACCCCCCGCCCCGUAUCUGCUGCAUGAGUUAAGGCCAGGUCUGAUUAUAGGUCACACCCACAGUAUACAUUUGAAGCACAUUCCAUUCCCUGAAGAAUUCUAGGUAAUGUAGUUUACCCCUCACAGAGCGACAGUCCCCAGCAUUUUAACAAACUACAGUUCCCAGGAUUCUUGGGGACGACAAUGGACCAUGUCGCUUUGAAUUAGUUUCAAUGUGCUUAAAAUGUGUGGUGUGGGUGUGAACAUAAUCUUAUGUCUGUAUAAUUGGAAGCAAUUCUCACGGAGACUUUUCAGUUAUAUUUGCAAUUUUUGGAAAUCUCAUUGACGCCAAAAUAAGCACCGAUGAAUCAACAAACUGAAUUAGUGAAAUAAAGCCUCGGGUUUUUUUUGUUUUGGUGGGGUGAGGAUUGCAUGAAAGUGUUUAUCUGGGUCAAUUGCAUGACUUUUUGGUUGAAUCACUGUUUUGCACAAGCUCUAGAAUCCAGACAUAGUUGCCAAGUAUUAUUUUUAUUAACAUUUCUCAGAUGCCUUUUACAAGCCAGUCUCAGGGUGACCUACAAACAAUACAAAAGGCUUUAAGCAUAAGAGCAGCGAACAAUGGUUUAUCUGUACAAUACUAAAACCACCCCAAUGAAGUGCCUAAAUCAUCAGCCACACAGUAACAAAUGCCACUCAACAAUUAGCGAGCAUCCUAUCACAUACCAUGGCGUUGCUUUCCUAGAAUGCAAGGUGAUUAGGAACUCCUUUUUAAAAAAAGGGGGGGGGGAGUCUUCUAUUUCUACUUAAAAGAUGCCAAAGCACAGCAGUAUUUGUAGUGCACCGUGCCAACCUCUACAUGUAAUGCAAACAAGGUGGAAUAUCCUGAAAAUUGUUUCCUUUGUGCCUUCUCGGAUUUGAUUCCUCAGGUGCAUCCCAGACACUUGUAAUAAAAUGGAGCAUUUGCAUAGUGGUGAGCACAGAUGAAGACUGCACAUCUGUUUACAUGCGCAAAUACAUAUAUCUGCCCCAAAGGUUUCCAUAAUUUAAUAAGUGCUUUGUGUAGGGCACCUCACCUCGGAUUAAAUUAGCUUGUAAAUCAGGUGGAAAUGCUUUAUUUGCAUGGUGGGCUUUUGCUUUUUAUUCCCCCCUACUUGUUUUGCAGUGGAUUAGCUUGUCCUCCUUACCUCGCCAAAUAAUACAAUCUACGAGAGCACUGCAGAAAUUAGCAAUUGAUAUUUAGAGUGCCGUUAUCAAGUGGAAAGUAGGCGAUGCCUAUCUGUAGUACCUAAGGCAGAGCAAAGGUCCCAAUGGUCACAACACUAAUGAGGAUUUGGGAACUGGGUUGUUGCUGUUGUUUGUUCAGAAGACAAAGACAGAUUAAAGAAACAUAGCUAAAGAACAUAUAAAAGGUUAUAGUUUAAAAUCCAUUAAACUUUCUAUAGAAUUAAAACGUAUCAGUUAGAAUGCAGAUAGUAAACAACACCAACACACACACACACACACACACACACACACACAAAAACACACACUUAAGAGCCCUUUCCUUAAAAGCAGUCAGUUUGCAAAAACCUGCCAGUGGAAGAACAACAAGGAGGGAUCUGGUCUAGCCUCUCUAGGAGGGGAGUAACAAAGCCUGGGAGCAGCCACUGAGAAGGUCCAAUCCUGCACCCCCAACAUAUGUGCCUGUAAGAGUGGCAGGACUGAGAGAAGAGACUCCCCAAAAGAUCUCAGAGCCCAGGAAGUCCAUGCGAGAGAAUACAGUCCUUCUAAAUGCCUGGGUUCUACACAGAGUUCUUCCUCCCAGCUUGCUACUGUCUCAACAGUUUCAAUGAACUGUUCCAAACCAUUGGAUUGUUUCUGACUCUUUUUUUUUUAAUGUAGGGAAACAUUUACAACACCCCAAUUCUCACAUCCAAUAUCACUUUGAGAUAUUUCAAAUAUCACUUUCAAAAACCACCCUGUGUUUAUGCCUUGUUAAAGGUGUGAUUCUACCUUCUCCAUAUUUGCAUUCAUUAAUUUUGCAACCAGCUGACAUCCAUUGAUGAAAAACCAAUUUAAUUAGAGAUAGCCUAGGAAUGUGUCAUUGCACUGUAGGUAUCAACAGUUCAAAAUGCAUCUCAGCAGGUGCAUUGUGUGCUGCUGCACUGCAUGAUGCUUUAGGGAAAGGCUCAUUGGUGGAGCAUCGUCCCAGGUUCCAUCCCUGGCAUCUCCAGGUAGGACCAAGACAGACCUCUACUUUGACACCUAGGAGAACUGCCAGUCAGUGUAGACAAUACAGAGCUACUGUAUAUAGUCCAAUGGCCUAUAUAUUUCCCACUUGGUAGAAAGCAACUUCCUAAUGUUUCUCUAUUUAGGAAUAUUCUAUAUUUAGUAUUCAGGCACAUGCAUUUAGGUGCUUCAGUAAUCCAUUGUGUUCAGAUGUGUGUGCCCUAGAGGCAAAAUGAAUUACUCACUCAUUUGAGACAUACAAGUUCUGGGGAUCCUACUACAAGCAGGGACCUUGUAUAGUGAUGUGGAAUGGCAGGCUGUGAACCAUGUUAGAUGUUUGCACAUUGCAGACAAGAUCCAUCCACUCCCUGUUCACAAGAUUUCAGAUCCCAGGGAGAUAGCAGGAUCUGCCAUCCCAUUGAUCACCAGAUUUAAUUCAGAUGAUCUGAUUGGCUCCCACACUGCUUCAUGUGAGUCCUUCCCAAAGUUGCGUGCUUGGUGGAAGAGAAUGACCAUCUCAGAUAGAAGGAAUGUACUGUUCUUUGGGCUAGAAAUGUAACAAUGAAUUCAAAAUAACAAAUAAAUAAAUGAGGAUGGUUGGCCAGCCUCUUUCACUAGCCUGUCUGCGCAAAUCCUAUUCCUUUGACUUGUUCUUAUGCAUGGCUUUCAAAGUCGAUUAUACAAAUUUGUGGAGGACAUUGCUCUUAACAGCUGCUAGCCACAAUGGCUAUGUUUUACCUCCAAUGUCAGAGGCGUUAUGCCUCCGAAUACCUAUUGCUGGGAAUCCAUCUCAGGAGGGCAGAGACCAGUUGACACUCAAUGCCCAGCUUGCAUUCCUCUGCUGGGCAUCUGGUUGGCUACUGGGAGAACAGGGUGCUGGACUAGAGAGGCAAUUGAACCGAUCCAGCAGGGCUCUUGUUAUGCUCUUAUGUUUUUAACUGGAAUAUUUAAGACUGGACCAAAGAACACACAACCCUAACUUCUUUUUAAAAAAAGAUAAAAUUAAGAAUAAUAUUUCAUUUCCAGGGACUGUUCAGCUUGGCUCCGGCAGACAGAUUACAGACCUCCAGCCUUUGCAAUCCAACCGCAGAGUCUGACAAAGCCCCCAUGAUCACAAUAAAGUGAAUUAUAGCUUUAAUGCAAACAGUAUUAUUCACAUAACCCCUAAAGCCUGUUUCUGCCGAGGUGGUUUUGAAUAAUGCUUUUGGACUUCCCCAUCCUGCUGUUUGUACCUUGCCCCUGCCCCUGUCUGUGGAGUCGAAGGGCUUUGCUUCUUUCUCUCCCCCUUCUGCUUUUCCUUCUCCUAAAGAGAAUAUAAUCACUCGAUUCUGCCUAAAAUUAGAGGCUGCUGUAAAGCUUGUGUGGCAGAUGAUACUGUUUGUGAAUAGUGAUCUUUGCAAAGCAAUUGCCUGGUCUGUUCCUCCUUAAUGACAUCCUUGAGAAAGGGGAAUGAAAGGCGGGCUGGGGGAAUCUGUGCUAAAUCAGUGAAUAUUGAUCCUAGUUAUGGCUCUUUUGCUUGUUGUUUGUCAUUGUUAUUAUUGUGGGUUGUUGAUAAUUAGAGGGAAUGACAGGGCUCCACUAAUCCAGCCAAAUUGCCUGGAGAUUAGAGAUUUACGCAAGGCCCCCGUCAGUGGGUGUUGGAGCAGCUGGUUACGAAAGCUCCAGGCCUGAGUAAAUGGCAGACACUCCAUCCUUCCUGGCAGAAAAUGGUGUGUUUGCAGAAGCCUAAUGCCAGGUGCUAGUGUGAACCAUCAGGACUGGGUUCACAAGGGAGGGGGGGAUAACAAAUUGAUUAUUAUGGAUUGACGCCCAUGUCAAAAAUAUCUGAGAGAAGGUACAGUGAGGGCUAGCUACUUGUGAAGCCCCCUUCCCAACAUCCUUCACCAUCACCGACCCCUGAAGGAUUGCCAGCUGCAGAGAGAAACACUACAAACUACAGAGGGCGAUAGCAAUCUGCCUGCCAUUUUACAUUUCCCACAAUGCAUUUGGGAGUAAAGGCCAUAGCUCAGUGCUAGAAUACCCAUCUUGCAUGUAGAAGGUCCCAGGUUCAAUUCCUGGCAUCUCCAGGUAGCGCUGGGAUCAUCUCCCUGCCUGAAAACCUGGAGAGCCAUGUUGGUCAAUGUAGACAAUACUGAACUUGAUGAGCUCAGUGUAAGACAGCUUCCUCUCUGUUUGCAUGUUGGUGUUGUGUCCCUCCAGACCACUGUCAGAAAUUCACAGUGGCAGCUUGUCUUCUGAGGCUCAGUCGCCACUGUCAGUUGGCUCUGCCAGGGCCAGAGAAAUGGGUGAGGGACAAUAUCCAUGUAAUUGGCCUUGCCCAGAGCACAUGGACUUUCAAAGCUGUCCAAGAGUGCUGAGUUUGGGUGGUGGCCCUGGCUACAGGUUCUGGGGGCCCUUGGGCAAGAGACACACUGCAGGAACCCUUCUAGAGCUCACCCAGCUUUUCCUUGUUGCUGGCACUGCUGCCUGUUCCAUUGCCUUCUUCCUUUAGGUUGUGGAGACUUUUUCAGCCUGAGGGCUGCAUUCUCUCUUAGACAUCCUCUCUUAGGCAUGCCAGGGACUGAAGGAAACUGGAGUCCUGAAACAUCUGGAUGGCAGCACAGGUCCCUUAUUCCCAGUCUAGAUCACACUAGGAAGCUUCCUCCUGCCAAAUCAGAAAAUGGGUCCAUCUAGCUCAGUAUUGUCUACACUGACUGGUAGGGGACACUCCCAGCCUUAUCCAGAGAUGCCAGGAAUUGAACAUUCAAGAUAGAUGCUCUUUCACAGAGCUGUGCAGCUCACUGUCUGACCUAAUUGGUGUAGCAGGACAAAACUGAGCGCUGGGAUCCAACUGGGGGUUGCGUUCAUCAGACCCUUCCUGACACUGCUCAGAUAUGCAGCCUCCUCCUUCUCAUCUCUCCUCAUCCUCUCCUGUCUUGCCUUUAGUUAGCGGGUUGACUGCCUUGGCUCAGCAAAAGGCAAUUAAGCCGUCCCCAUAAAAUAAACAUGAGCGAGAGUCGCCUGCCGAUUCACCAGGCAUGUAUUUGCCUGAGUGCUAAUUUGUGGAGGAUUGAGGGCUCAGUCUGCAGUGAUCAACCCAGAGUGCUCUGGAUUAUGCAAACACAGUUCGGUAAUGGUGUGAUUUCUCCCUCCUCUGGCUGCUGAAAUUUAUGUUUGCAACCUAAGUUGACAGGGAAGUUUCAUUCCUUGGAUCAAGAUGACUUUCCCACAGCCUGUGUGAUGUAAUGGGUAGAGCAGUGCUAGCCCAUAUUGGACUACAACUCUAAUCAUCCCUGGCCACUGGGUGUGAUAGCUGGGGUUGAUGGGGCUUGUAGUCCUACAAUGUAUGGAGUGUUGGCUAUCCUGGGUUAGUGUCUGACUAGGAGUGGUGGGACUUGGGUUCAAAUGCCUGCUCAACUCCACAGCUCACUGAGUGACUUUGAGGUGACCAUCUCUCAGCCUAACCUACUUGGCAAGGUUAUUGAGUCAAUAAAUUCCAGGGGCAAAGGGAGAUCCUGUCUGUUGUACUUGGAAGAUGGUGUGUGUGUGUGGAAACAUGGGUCCUAUCUUUGCCACAGGAUGUUGCAACAACAACAACAACAACAACAACAACAUUUUUUUUAUACCCCGCCCACUCUGGGCGGCUUCCAAUGGAAUAUUAAAAUACAAUAACCUAUUAAACAUUAAAAGCUUCCCUAAACAGGGCUGCCUUCAGAUGUCUUCUAAAAAUCUGGUAGUUGUUUUUAUCUUUGACAUCUGGUGGGAGGGUGUUCCACAGGGCAGGUGCCACCACCAAGAAGGCCCUCUGCCUGGUUCCCUGUAACUUGGCUUCUCGCAGUGAGGGAACCACCAGAAGGCCCUCGGCGCUGGACCUCAGUGUCCGGGCAGAACGAUGGGGGUGGAGACGCUCCUUCAGGUAUACUGGACCAAGGCCGUUUAGUGCUUUAAAUGUCAGCACCAAUACUUUGAAUUGUGCUCGGAAACGUACUGGGAGCCAGUGUAGGUCUUUCAAGACCGGUGUUAUAUGGUCUCAGCGGCCGCUCCCAGUUACCAGUCUAGCUGCCGCAUUCUGGAUUGUUUGUAGUUUCCGGGUCACCUUCAAAGGUAGCCCCACAUAGAGCACAUUGCAGUAGUCCAAGCGAGAGAUAACUAGAGCAUGCGCCACUCUGGCAAGACAGUCUGCUGGCAGGUAGGGUCUCAGCCUGCAUACCAGAUGGAGCAGAUAAACAGCUGCCCUGGACACAGAAUUGACCUGCACCUCCAUGGACAGCUGUGAGUCCAAAAUGACUCCCAUUUCAAAGAAUGUCAGACUCUGCAUGCAAGACAAGUUGUUGGAGGAUACGCCUAUCAUUUCUCAGUAGCCACAAUGGUUAUGUUCUACCUUCACUGUCAAAGGCAGUAUGCCCUUGAAUACUAGUUGACCACUGUGAGAACAGGAUGUUGGACUAGAUGAGCCUUUGACCUGUUCCAGCAGGGCUCUUCUUAUAUCCUUAAGCACACUUUGUGCAUGUGGAAUCUUGCCAUCAUUCCAUGGCUCCCUUUGGUGUUCUGACUGCUGGAUUCCAAUGCUGGGGAAGAUCCAUGGUAUAUUCCUCCCAGGAACAUACCGUCUCAGCAAACAGAUGGUGUGUGUGUAUGCUUGGGUGGACUGGGGGCUGUGUAUUUAAAUACUGCCUCAUUAAUAUAUAAUGACCAACAUAUGGAAAGCUUAACAGAGCGCUGGGAUGGAACUCGGAAUGGAACAUUGCCCAUUUGGGGGUGCAGUUGUGCCCCAUGAUAUUUCUUGAUGUAAUUGUUAGGCUGUGAAAACAGUACAUCUGUGGGGAGCAACUUUAAACAUUGCCAGUUUGGGGAAAUGUUUGUGUUCAUGAUAUUCCCUUGUUGUAGUUAAGGAGCUGUAAGGAAAGCUGUCUUAACAAGACUGUAUUUUGACACCCACCCAACCACUUUUCUUCCCGAAACCCUUCCUUGUUUCAGUCCCCGGAGGCAUUGCUUCGGAGUCCCUCACAUUCACCCCCUUGGAGGACAUGAUUUUUCUGAAAUGGGAGGAACCAGUGGAGCCCAAUGGCCUCAUCACGCAGUACGAGGUAUGUUGUAAAGCCCUUUUGGGGAUUCCUUGUCUUUUUACCAGCAUUAAAGAGAUCUUAUUUAUUUUAUGUAUUUGCUAUUACAUUCUGCUUUAUCUUUCUGAAUAAACACAAAAGUGGCUGCUAUACAAAGCACAGAAACAGGAACAUGUCAAAUGCAAGAAACAGUACAGUUAAAAAACCGGAAAAAACCCAAGGCUGGGCUGGCAACAGAUCCACCGAAUCCACAGCAGCUGGAGAUAAGCACCAGCUAAAAAAAAAUCAAAUGGAAACAGAUAUGCUUGCUGAAGCAAAAUUCAACAGCAAAAAAGAAUUUCAGUAGAAUUUGAAUGCUUAUUGCAGAGUCAACUCUUUAUUUGGUGUCUGAAGGUGCACAGCAUCAUGGAUAGGUGGUCCCUCGGGGGGGGGGGCUAGUCUGUGCACUGAGAAAUUCCUCCACCUGAUAGAUAUCCUCCAAUCUUCAGCCAGAGUGAGCUCCCAAACAGGACCUCAGCUGUCAAUCAGAAUGCAAGAAGUUCGAUGCAUGGUGGAGUGUGAUCUUUCAUAUAUCUCAUGGCCUUUGGGUAUCUAGUUCCCCAAGCAUUUAUGGCUUUAUGGGUAGGAAGCAGGACUUUGAUUUGAGCAUAGAAACAAUAUGCAGCCUGUGGACAUCAGACAACACUGGAGUAAUAUGAUCAGUUGGCCAUAUUACUGGCGGCAACAUUUUGCAUCAUUUUACAGUUCCAGGCAGUUUUCCAGGGCAGCCCCAAGUGCUCAUGUUGCAGUAGUCAAGCCAAGUGUAUUAACUACAUGAUAUUUAUGAUCGGGUCACCACUGAGCCUCUUGGGCUUGCUGAUCAGAAGGUCUGUGGUUUGAAUCCGUGUGACGGGGUGAGCUCCCGUUGCUCUGUCCCAGCUUCUGCUAACCUAGCAGUUCAAAAGCAUACCAGUGCAAGGCGUCCCAUUGCGCCAGAAGUCACAUGACCCAGAAAGCUGUCUGUGGACAAACAUCGGCUCCCUGGGCCUGAAAAGCAGAGAUGUGGGCCACAUCCCAUAGUCAAAUUCAACUGGACUUAACUGUCCAGGGGUCUUUUACCUUUACCUUUACCUUUUAACUAUUAACUGCAUGAUAUUUACUCUAUUAACUUAUCAAUGAAACGUCCAUAUGAAGAAAAACAAUAUUUUUUGAAGCAAUAGGCAAACUUUAGAUUAUGCACUCGUGUGUCGCAGCAGGCAUCAUCUUGUGGAAGAAGAAGACAGCAGGGAGGCUGCCUCUUUUAAGAUGGUGCUUUUCUGCAGGUUUUUAAAGAAGUGCCUGUUUGUUUGUUACAUUUCCACAGCACCCCAAAACCAACAUUCUCAGGGUGGUUUGCAAUUAAGCUUAAAAUACAUAAAAUAGAACAAGACCUUAAAUCUAGGGCAGAAGAAAACCAGAACAAUCCAAAACCACGAUAAAACCAGCAAGAUGGGGAUCACGGCAGCUUAAGAGAUCUUUGGAACUCUAAAACACUUCCUGAGAAACCAGGGAAAGGAGACGGGUGGGAUUAGUAACCAAUGUUAGUCCUACUCAGAGUAGACCCCUUGAAAUUCAUGGGCAUUGCUAACAUGGAUGACUUAAUUUUAAUGGCUCUACUCUGCACAGAACUUAGUUGGAAACAAUUCAGUGUUUUUACCUGGUGCCAGAAAGAUCCCAGAGUGGAUGGUAGGAGAGCUGGGAAGGCAUUCCAUAGCCAGGGUGCCACCACUGAAAAGGCCCUCUCUUUGGGAUCCACCUACCACCUGCCAGAUGUUAUUGGGUGGGUGGGUGGUGGUCUCAAAAGAUCACCAUGCAGGUAUUUGUGUGAGAUUAGGCAAUCUGCCAGGUAACCCAAUGCCAAACUGUUUAACUCUGUCUAGUUUAUUCCCAGUAGUUUGAACUGAGUCUGGAAAUAGACUGGAAACCAGUGCAGUGGAGUAUAGCAAGGUCACAUCUACCACAUCCAUUAUUAGAUUGUUGUUGUUCUUGUUUUAUUAUGCAUUGUGUGGUUUUUUAUUGUAAUUUUAUGUUGUGAACCUCCUUGAGAAGGGCAGUAUACAAAUUUAAUUACAUCAUCAUAGUCAUCACUCUUAUAGCUCCUUAACUGUCAUGGCUUCCCAAAAUAAUUAUGGGAGCUGUAGUUUGUUAAGAUUUCCCUAACAGCUCUCGGCACACUUAACAAACUACAGUCCCCAGAAUUCCUUGGGCGAAGCAGGUUCCCCAACCACCUCGAUGGUGUAUAGGGUUGGGUGUUGGUGUGGAGCCAGUUGACAAUAAGCUUGAACUGCAAAGCAUGACAUGGAUGCUGAGCUCUAGAAAUUCUGCAAGCUGUCAUGCCAGGGCAGACAUGUUGGGCAACAGCACACCUGGUGAUGGCCCUUUGCAUGUCAGGCUAGGCUUAAGCAAUGGAUAGAGGUUGCUUUUUUCCUCAGCAAGGCAUUGUCGUCUCCAUUCAAAGCAGAGAGAAAAGGGAUACAUUGUCUUUUGAUAGUUUCUUGAAUGAAGCCAGCUGUGUGGUGCGCUAUUUUUUUUUGGGGGGGGGGGAUUCUUCCACAUCCCCUCCCAAAUGCAGCCAGGCAAAAAAAGCCCUCUUAUCUCUUUUUUUUCCUGCUUUUCUGCCCUCUCUGGCAUCAACAAAAAUUAUUAGAGCGCAGAAACAGCAGCGUGAAGAAAGCUGAUUCUUAUCUCUGUGCUGCUGUGACUGCCCUGCCUUGGGCUGAAUGCUGCCUCCCGGAGAAUUGACACAGGCUCCAUUGUAAUUCCAGAGACAUGUUUUACAGUCUCGGAGAUUAAGGACAACUUUAUAGUUCCUUCCAAACCCCAUUGUUUAGAAUGCAGAAUUCAAGCAGCUUUUCAUUCCCCUUUCUAAAAGUUUUCAGGCUGGCCCCAUUCUCACCGUGGUGAUAAAUUUUGUUUCUGGACCACUUGAGACUCCAGACAGGGGAUCACAAUUGAUUGGCUCCUCCUCUAUACCAAAAGCAUAUAGAGCGUGAGUUGGGGUGGGGGGAGAGGGCAGGAGAGGAAAAAGGAAUCUGACUGACUGCCCUCCCCUACUCCUGAUCAUCCUCACUGGAUGUGCUGAUUAACACCAGGUGAAAAGGUCAGAGUAACAUCACAGCCACCCACUUUGGCCUCUGGACACACAAAUUUCUGUCUCUGGCCAAAUAAACUUUUGCCCCUGUCCUUGCUGGCAGCUGGCAUGUGACCCUUGGAAAGUGGCUCAUGCAGGAAUGUUGCCUAAGGUUCCCUACCACUGGUAUAUGUGAGUGGUGAGCCCUUGCUUGGAAUUUGAAGUGAUAGUCCAGACAGUAUCUCUCUAACUACCCUACUGAGAACUAGGGCACAAUAUUUCACUGAAUCUCUACGGUUUGUUAUGUCUUUCCAGGUGAGUUCAGUCCCUGCUUGCUGUAACACAUUGAAAGAAAGAAAGAAAGGCAGUAAUAAUAAUAAUAAUAAUAAUGCCCCUGGAAAACACCAGCAAAAGGGCCUCCUGUUGGUUGAUGCACUGGGCUUCCAUUGUACUGUUUUUAGAACAUAGGAAACUGGAAAUAUCCCAUUUUAUUCCAUUGGGUCAUCUCCCUUGAUAUUCCAAUAUAUUGCCUACUCUGGCUGAUAGCAGAAAUGGCAAACUAAUUAGUAUUAAGGAUGUGCACCCAUCAAAGAAUUAAGUUCAGACCUUGAUCCAGAGCUUUGGAAAACAUACUUCCUCUGUCUGCUGUGCUUUAGAAGGGUACACAGUUCAGCUCAUGGUCCAAGGCUAAGUCUACUGUGCAAAAGAAAGAGAAAGAGAAAGAGAAAGAGAAAGAGAAAGAGAAAGAGAAAGGGGGAGGAGGCUUUGUUAUCCCCAGAUCAACAGCUAUAACUUAAUCCCUUUUGGCAGAAGUGGAUGACAUUUGUAGGCAUGCUGUCCCCUUCAAAGUGUCUAGCUGGCAUCAGUCUGUCUUGAGAGGAAAUAGAAGAGUGUGCCAUCAGAGGUAAUGUUAAACCAUUGGAGAGCUAUAGUGCCUGCUGUGGCUGUAGAGACCAGUAAGGGAGAGACAUUGAAGCUGGGGUGUCUGUCUCCAGGCACUGCGGUCAUCUGAAAGGGAUUCCCACAAGGCAGGGUUAAUGUUGCCAGCCUUCACGUCAUGUUUGCAGACAUCUUUAAAAUGCAGAGUUGGUCUGCCGACAGCCCUGGUACCUGAAGCACUAAACUACAUGCAAAUAGAGCCUGUGUGUGUGUUUGAUUGUUGUAACCCGCCUUGGGACCCUGUGAUGAAGGGCAGGUAAUAGUUGCAACAACAACUAUUCUUCACCAGAUUUGUUUCUGUAUUCUGAUGCUGACAUUUUCUUAAAGUAUAUCCAUUUCUCCUAGAUCAGCUACCAGAGCAUUGAAUCCUCUGACCCAGCAGUCAAUGUCCCUGGCCCACGACGUACCGUCUCCAAGCUCCGAAAUGAAACUUACCAUGUUUUCUCCAACCUGCAUCCCGGGACAACCUACCUCUUCUCAGUGCGGGCACGGACUGGCAAGGGAUUUGGCCAAACGGCUCUGACCGAGAUCACCACCAACAUCUCAGGUUGGUGGCAAGAAGAGCAAAACGGCUGUUGUUUUUUCAUCUAGGCUUUGCUCAAAGUUACAACUUGUCCUGGAGUUCUUUGGGUGUCUGCCAUUGCAAAUUGGAUGGGAUGUGGUUUGGAUGUAGUGACAACAUCUGGCAAGCCAGUGGAAGUCGUUCUUUUCCCCCUCUUUUCUUUUCUUUUCUUUUCUUAGCAAAAAUGAUGUGUGUGAUGAGCUGGCUUUCUGCUGACAAGCACACCCAUAUGUGAUCAUGGCACUGUUGUAAGGCUUCAUGGCAGCUGCUAAUGCAAAGGGAUUGUAUUAACAAUUCCAGCUUUCCAGUUCACUCUCUUCCCCCACCCUACCCCUGCUUCUCCUCCAGAUUUCACCUAUCUUUUCUGCACACUUCUAUUCGUUUUUCUUUUCUAGUUGACAUGGCCUUAUUUUAAUUGUUCCCUUUGCAGCAAUUCCAGCAGGAUAUUCCCUGCCCUCACUCCCAUCUCACAGCUUUGGCGUUGCAGUCCUAAAUAGUGAUCCCGCUGAAGCUUGUAAUUACUUAGUUAGCAACAGAAACUUCCUUUGUGGGCUAAGGCGCCCUGGGAACAUUACAUUUCCCAAGUGCCCUGGUAACUGGUAUGCUGCUGUUGGAGUUACAAGUGGAAGUGAGGAAAGUCAUAUGUAAAGGUCUGGAGUGAGAUUGGUGGUGGCGGCGGUUGUUUGCUGCCACUAUCAGAUAUACCGGUAUAUGAAGAGUUUCCUGUGGUGAGCAUAUGCAGGGUUACAGGAUGAGUGCGAAGGCGUACGUUCUUUGUCUUGCUCCCAAUUAUGGGAUCAGAAGUCCAGUGUAUUCUAAAUUUAGAAUUGGGCUCAUGGAAUAAGAAAAGUGAGCAGUAUUCCUACAGCCUACCACUGAUUCAGGCCAAGCAAACCUCAUAUAGUCCUUAUUCGAGUCUUGUAAGAAGUGGCCAAGUCUUGCGAAACGUCACAACAGGCUUGGCAUUCUCGUGGGAUUUGGGGAAAGUAUUGUGGGAAUUGGGUGCUUCAGGGGCCACUCUGUCCAUCUACAUCAGCCUUUCUCAACCUGUUGUUGAACUACAACUCCCAUCACCCCUGGCUAGCAAGGCCAGAGCUCAGGGAUGACGGGAGUUGUAGUCCAACAACAUCUGGGGACCCACAGGUUGAGAACCACUGAUCUAGAUGCAGCCAUCAGUGUGGCUGGGUGGUGGCCCCCUCAGCCUUUUCUCCUUGGUGCUGUGGCACGUGGCCAGCUGAGAGCCAACAGCAGUGUGGUGGAAGAAUGGCAUUGUGGUGUAUAUAUACCAUUUGCUCCUCCACCUCAGGCAAAAAUUGUUUUUAUGAAUUUCUCUAUUUCUCACUAAAUCAGUCGUGCAGAACCAAGCCCUUAGUCAUUAAUGAUGUGAUCAGAAGAUCCUCUUCACUCCAGUCUCCAGGGCAAACAGGUGGAGGUUUGAGCAGCAAUGUGGCAUGGAAAACUUUCUGAGUAAAACGCUUCCAGCACUUUAUUUUUCUGCGGAAAAUUCUCCCAUUUCUUCAGUUCAUUAGGCACCACAAUUGCAAGCGAAUUGCAAAUACAGUUUGAGGACAGCUUAGCAGUUUCUAAGUUCUGAGCUUUAUUUAUUAACUGCAAGCGAUGCUAAAUUAAACAUGCUAAAUUAGCACAUCCUCCAGGGCAUCAGAAAAUUUCCCAGUGCUAACUGAAAAUUUCUCAAUGCAAAUUAGGUUACUUUCCAUAGGGCUAUUUUCUGGAAAAUUUUCUGAUCCAACAUUUUCUGGGAAACGCCCAUCGAUGGUUCCAAGCAGGCUUUCAAACAAAAUCAGUCGAUACCAAACUGGGCGUACAAAAUUAUGCUAUGUGGAUUUUCUUUGGUUUUCGUCAUUUGAUUUUGUCCCAAGGAGAUGCGGACAUUGGUAGGACGUGGACACCUUGGUGGUGUUGCUGACUCAGCUUCUGGCAUCAGUGAUGGACUGACGCCACAACUGUGCAACCAAAGAGCAUUUUCAUCACGCCAAAGAAAUGGCGUGUGAAGUUGCUGUACAUAUUUUGUUUCUUGGAAAUGCACACACACAGAGAGAGUAUGGCUCAGUCUUCAAAGCCUCUUUGCUUAUUGGCCCAUCCAUGAAAUCUUCAGAGAAGUACAGCUAGUUAGUGGCCGAGGGGCAUUGGUCUGAUGCCUGGCAGCCUAUUGAGAACUGUGCCGAAAGCCAGGAUUUUCUCACCAUAGCCUGUAUCACACAUAUAUUGCUUGGUAUGCAAGAAGCAAGAGGCCGUAGACUUGGUAUGCAAAAGCAUCCUGCAAUUCGAGUCCUAGAAAUCCUCCUUUUGCAGAGGAUUGGGGUCCCUUGUGGUCUCACCCAGCUUCACCAUUCUGUGAUUACUGGCUCUCCAACAGCCACUGAAUGCUAACAUUUUGUGCUCCAAUACUGACUGCUGCUGAAUUUAAACCAGCGAAAUGCCUCCAAGUAGUUCUCUCAGAAAGUUUUCCAGACCCAAAGCUGGCUUCUUGUUACAGUGCGGCUUAAAACAUUCACAAGUAAUGAAAGCAAACCCAGUUUCCCCUUCCUACUUUGUAUGAUGGUCACACUUACUCUGACCAGGGACCUGCAGUCAAAUAAAUGCACCCCUGCAUUGCAGUGCAGGGGUGGAGGUGGUGAACUUUUGAACCUUUGGAUUAUUGUAGUCAUGUUUACUGUUUUGUCCCAGUUGCUGCAGUGGGAGCUUCUGGGCUGGGACCCCAGAGUUCCUGCUAGGAACCUUUGACUCCAUGUGUAAGUCCCCUGAACUGUAGUUUGGAGCAUCUCUAUGGGAAGAAAAAUAUUCUUAGGCUGUAGACUGUCUCUACUCAAACCUAUUGACCGUUGAAUCCUUCUAGGCUGGGGAGGGUCUGUUUGGGCUGGGACUUCGCCUAGAUAAGAGCGGCUUUCCUAGGUGUGGUGUGUUUCAGUAUGCUCUUUGGAUUGGACUCCUGGCUUUGUUCAUUGGCAUUGACUCUUGUCUCUCAGCUUUGGUUCUUUGCUAAACUUUUCCUCUGGCACAACGUGGGAUUUCUGGUUCCUGGAGCUCCACUAUGAUAACUGCCUACAACUCAGCCCUGACACAGCUGCAUCCCUCACAACUGCUAGGGCCUAUAGUGGAGGGCCUCCUGAACAGCUAAGAAGGCAGGGUCCACAGGCUCUUGUGACUCAGCCAGGCCAGGCUCUGGUUGGUGGGUCAUAACCUUUAAUGGAUGCAGUCCAUGAUGAGGACUGCAUUGCCCCAGCAACAAAUCAUUGUGAUUUUGAGAGGUGCUGCUUCAUUCUGUGGGUGCUUGAGGCUCUCCUGGGAAGCGGACAGUGCUCAGUCACGAGCUGAGAGCAUACAGGACCUUGGACAGCUCCAUGUACCCCUGCUAAGACAACUGCAAGAGAUGUUGCCUCUGCAGGAAGCCAUAGCCACUGAAACCUCAUGUAGACUGACAAGGUCUGGAGUGUAAUUGGAUCUGCCUCUCUGGAGAAGCCGAUCUUCGGUGAGGCUGGGGAGACACACGUACAGCUUGUGACCCAUCAUCUUAGAGGAUGGUGGAAGGGUUGUGUCUUUCAGCCAGAAGGAUCCUGAAUAUAGUACUAGUGGAAGUACCAGAGGAAGUAGCCUCUACCUUAUCUUCAUCCAAGUCUUCUGUACACGGCAAGUUCAUCAGGUCAUGGGUAAUGCAGUGGGGAAAAUAGAGUGCAUCUGCUGCACAAGUGCUUUCUGAAAGGAAGACGUUGGGUUUCUCUGGAGCAAUGAAUAGCAACUGAGCAAUUGUUGCACAAAUGCACCAAUCAUCUAGAAAGACUUUUUCUCUUUCCAGAUGAUGUUUCCUUUGUACCUCACAGCUAUGACAUGUGUGAGGCCAGGAUAGUCUGGUAUAGGAUGUGUUGCAAGAGAGAGAUGUCACAGCUCCAGCCGUUCUUUGGCAAUCGGGAUGAGUGGCAACUCAGUGCAGCUGAACCAUCAGGGUAACCACACAUCCCACUGCUCUGAUUCCUUUAAAUAUGCUUUCCCUUGAAAUGGAUUCUUCAUGCUCCAGAGGCCUCCUCCUCCUUUCCCAGCUACCCUGCAGUCAGAAUUCAAAUGGGGGGAAAAAACAGUAUGCAUUACAUUUUACAACCCUGCUGGAUAAUUUACUUGCAUGGCAGUCCAAAAGCUGCCUUGUUUACAUUACGGGGGCUUUUGCUCUGGAACACAUUUCCUAACUCAGUGGAGCGGCUUUGAUGGGAUCUAUUAGUGGGGGUGGUCUGGGAAAGGAGAAAUUGAAUGCUGCCGGCCCUGUGUCUUGCUAGAAACAGUCUCAGAGAAAUGAUAUUAUCUGCAUGAGUGGGAAAUGUUGUCUGAGGUGGAAUAGAUAAGGUGGCAUCACUGAGCGAGGAGAGUUUGUGUUUUUCAUUAAACAGCACAGGACCUUGAGUGUGCUUUUUCUGCACUGAAGUUGACGAUUUAGGGAGAUAGAUCUUGUGUAGGUCAGAUGGAUGCUGAUGCCACAGACACAAAGACUUGAUUUUGUUUGCUUUUAACGUGAUAAGCAUGUGUGUGUGGCUGGAGUCCAAGAGAGCAUCUUUGGCAAAGCAGAUGUUGCUUCUUCAAUGCAUGUAGUCAAAGAGAGAGAGAUGGCUGCCCUGCCCUGUGCUUUUGUCGUUACCUGCACAGGUGAGGCCACACCCACCUCUAGUCACAUGCAGAGGAAGUCUGUCCCAGCCCACAAGGAAACAGGAAGUUUACCUGCUGGCUGGACAAACAUUCCUCUCCGUGUGUAAACAUGUUCAUUCUAGGAAUGUUGUACUUGACUGCUCUGGUGUUUCACAACCCACAAAAAGUCCUAAGUGCUCACAGAGCAGUCAUUCCAUCCUCAUCAUUUAGGCUGCACUUUGCCAAACCCUUUCCAGUUCUGCAGUAUCCUCUCUGAAGUCAGGCAACCAGAACUGUACACAGUAUUCCAAAUGUGGUUGUACCAUAGAUUUGUACAACAGCAUCAGAACAUUGGCAGUUGUAUUUCCAGUUCCUUUCCUAAUGAUCUCUAGUCUAACAUGGAGUUCACCUUUUUCACAGCUGUCGUACAUGGGGUCAAUGUCUCCACUGAGCUGUUCUCUGGCAGAACAGAGAAUUCUAGAGUUGUAAGGGACCCCAAGGUUCCUCUCGUCCAACUUUCUGCAAUGCAGAAAUUCUGCCCAAAGCCAUCUCUGGGGGCACUCAAACCACCAACCUUCUAGUUAACAGCCAGACAUACUGACCUAUUCCUAAGGUCUUAUUCCUGGUCAGUUGCCAUCAGUUCACUGGACAUUCCCGUCAAAGCUAUGUCCCCUUUCCCUCACAUCCUUCCCAAAGUUUGGAGAGUCAAUUCUUCUUGUUGUUUCUUACCUACUCGAAAGCUGCAGUGAAAAUGACCUUUCGCAGGAAUGGAUCUGUGGAGUGCUGGGUGCCCUGCUCACUGUAGGACUGGAUGCACUCACCUCUGACAAGCUGACAAGUGGAUUUGUGGCUUCCUGCCCUUUCCUAUCAGCUGCUACACAACAUCUUUUUUAAGUAGAAAUGCCAGAGAUUAAAUUUGGGGCUUUCUGCAUGCAAAAGAUGUUCUCUAGUCACUGAGCCGUGGAAGAGCAAUUGUUUUUGCUGGCACAAACUUGUCAGAGGAAAGUCACCUGUCCCACAAAUAAAUAGAUGUUCCAUCUCUGGGACAUAGGAUUAACAUUGCCUGAAGAUGAAGAGAUUAGCUUUCGGUUUUGAUCAUCUUUUUUUUUUUUUUUUUUUAAAGGAAGCAGCAAUACCAUAGUUCUUAAAAUCUUGGAUCUCUUUGCACUGAUAGAACCAGUAAAGUUGUUGAAAUCACUGAAAUUCUACAGCGAUACAUUUUGCAUUACAAUCCUAUUCCAUGGUAUCCAACACAGGUUACUCCCGAGUUUAGGAUUGCAGCCUGAAAGUGUUGAAAAAUGAUCCAGUCAACGUACAGAGUGACUACAGCACAACAUAAAGUGAUGAUCACCAACUUGGAUGGUUUUAAAAGAGGAUUAGGCAAAUUCAUGGAGGAUAAGGUAAUCAAUGGCUGCUAGCUAUGAUGGCCAUGUUCUCUCCCCCACUGUCAGAGGCAGUUGCUGGGAAUUGCAAGAGCUGUUGAGCUCAGGUCCUGGAUUUCCUAUUGAGGCAUCUGGUUGGCCACUGUGAGAACAGACUUCUGGGCUAGAUGGACUUCUGGCCUGAUCGAUCAGGCCUCUACUUAUGUUUGCAUUUCUUGUAUCAGAAGAGCACCAAGUCUCCCAUUUCUCUGUGUAUUAGGGAUCUGAGUUACACAUGAGUGUGCACAUGGUAUGAAAUGCAUGCUUUUGCCAUUACGACAAUGAACCUUUGUUUCAGGAAAAGAAAUAAAUCUUAUAUCCCAGGCACAGGACAAAUGUUUUUUUCUGGAUGGUGCCAGGAUUAGGGUGGGCAAAUCACUCUUAUUUUCAAUCUGUUGUUCUGUCCUCUUUUUGCAUUAACCUCUGAUUUUGAAGAGAAAAACAACAACCGCAACAACAUGAAAGCUUGCAUUUGAACACAUAUUUAAGUAUUUUCUCCUAAAAUAUAUACUUCUAAAUGUUUCCCAAACCUCAAAAUAUGAACUUUCAGCCUAUUUUAGGGCUGCAAUACUUUGAAGAGUAAAAAAGAGGACACACAACAAAGAGCAACCAUUUAAAAGGCCAAGGAUACAACACACAAAUGCUAUUCAUCAAAGGCACCCAUGCUCUUCCCCAUAUUGCACUAAGGAGAAUCAUUUCCAGACCCCAUCACACGCCUACCAACAUGGGGAGGUAGGGGUGGGAAUAGGACCCUCAGCAGUAACAGCAGCUGGUCCGCUUCACCCCACGGAGAACGGGGUUGCCUGUGGCAGUGAUUUCCAAGCCCGAUCUUCUGCAAACAUGGGAGUGAGAUGGGGAAGGAGGAGAGAAACAUAUUUGAGCUCCCCACUCCUUCCCUACAUGGGAAGGCGGUGGCGCUAAUGGAAGAAUUGGAGGAGGGAGGGACUGAGCAAAGGAGCUUUGUGGGAGGUGGUGGGCGAAGAACGCAAAAAGCGGACUGACUGGAAGGGACCAACACAGGAAGUGAACAAACAGGAAGCGCUUGUGUGUUUGCAACAUCACCCCCGCCCUCCGCCUCCUGCACCAGUGGAACUUGGAGUUUCUCCUAAUAGUUCCAAAGGGUGACGUAAGGCUUGUUUUCCUUUCCUCCUGAGGAGGAGUGCAUAUGAUACAUAUGCAAGGAAAAGAAGCCUCUGCCUCUGCUUCCACUUCCCCAUCCUUCCCUGUGGGAUCCUGACCUCUCAGAGACAGUUGAGCAGGUAUGCAGGGAGAGGGAUACCUGUCCAGAGGUGGCUGCAUUCCAUGUUGCCAUGACUCACCUGUCCUCAGGCAAUCAACCAACAGCCCGUCCUCCUUCGUCGCCUCCAAAACUCCAUUCAGAUGUGCCAGCGCUGCCUACUGUUGAUUAAGAUGGAUGACAAGGUCACACAGUCCCAAGAGAGAAGCUGGAGCAGCAAGGCUGCUUGCAACACCUGUGGUUCCCAACUGAGCCAUGGCUAUGUGUGGGGCAACCGCUGCACAGAAGGCAGGGUGCUGUUAUCAUUUGGUGAAAACCCCAGACAUUUUGUCCAAUUUUUAAAAUCUUCUGGGACAGAAAUUUUACCCCUGAAAAAGAGGAGAUGUCCAGGAAAAAGACAAUGUAUGGCAACCCUAGGGCCCUAUUUUGAUGCUUUUUUGAUGCUGAGUACUACAUCAGAGCAUUAAGGAAGCAUGGAAAUCAGUGAACGGACAAAUUCUAAUCCAUCCAUUUGUCCAGGAGGUAUAGAGCAAGUUCAUUUGUAUUGGAAAUAGCAAAGAUUGCACCCCAAAGCAUGUCAUUCCAAUUAGAAGAUGCAGUGGGAUCCCAGAACUUGAAAUAGUGACAGAUUUCAGAGUCCUUUUUUGCCAAAUGAGUAGACUAUUACUGAUCCCAUCAAUUGCCCUUUCUUUUUCUCUAUGUUUCAAGUUUUGGCAGUGAAGCUAGUCACAUCAAUGCCCACAGUCUGCCAUAUGAGCUCCUAGUUGUGCCAAGGCUGAAGAGCUGGGAGGGAAGUUUGGGUCUGUAGUCAUACAGCCAGGCAUUCUGGGAGACAGAGAGGAGGCCAGGCUGGCUCUCAGGAGGAGGCAAAGCUGGCAUUCUUUAGAAGAUUGUCUACUGCAGAGAUAACAGAACCCCCUGCCGCCGCCACCCCAUAAUAUAUGCCAAGGGGAAGAUUACAGAGAGGAAACAAAAUACUCUGCCUUGCAGAGGCACAAACAAGGGAUUAAUUGGGCUUCAUUAACAAGCCAUACAGUACUUAGGGCUGUUUGCUAAUGUCUGUGGUGUAGCUAUUAACAGUGCUGAAUUGGCUGAGAUGUUUUUUAAUAGGGACACAGGAAUUAGGAGGCAGCAGGAGGUGGACCUGAGUGACUGCUGAUUAAUCAGGACCUGCAGGCUGUAAGCAAAGGGAGAGUGAGGGGCAGGGGGUAUCUGCAAGGGAAUCGUGGAAAGGUUUUGCUGCAUUGGCUGAAGGGAUGGCAUUGGACAAAGCAAGGUCUGCGGAGGUACAUUUUCACUUUCCGGCAAACUAAUGAUUCUAUUAGCUCCUUUACCGGUGACACUCCAGAGUUUCAGGCAGGGAACAUUCCCAGCUGUACCUGGAGAUGCCGGCGAUUGAACCUGCUCAACCCUUCACCAUUCUUUCAUAUUUCUGCAAAGAACUUCAUCUUCCUGCUUCUCCUUCCAGUUUUUUUCCUUUCAGCCAGCAUGUUGUCCCUCCCCUUGUUUUUCACUCAUCCGGCUCUGUCAGAAGCAGAGCCAAUUAAUAUGUCCUUCCCCUUCCUUUCUUCCCUUUCUCUUGUCAGAGCAAAAAGAAUUGUGGGAUAACCAUGGCUUUCAGAAUAAUCAGUGUGCAACGUGGAUGGAAAUGAGGUGCAGCGUUUUAUGUUGGCAUAAGCCGGGGACAUUAUUCAAAAGGAGAGAACUAGUCAAGGAAAAGAGAGCCGAGGGUUCUCAGUUCCAUACAGCUAGGGCUGCCAAACAUCUAGGUAUGAUCUGAAGUCCCCAGGCUUGCCUGGUCGCCUCCAGGUGGCAAGUGGAGGGCUUGAAUCUUCAGGUGGGCAAGAGUGCCUUUAAUAAUAAUAAGAAUUAUUAAGAAAAUUGUGCAUACAGCUUGCAGUCUUUAGUCUGGCAGGAGCUGGCUGAAAAUGAUAACAUAGACACUUGAGGGAGGGCUACUUUCCUCCCCUCACCUCUCCCAAUUAACUCCCAUCUCCAGGGCCCAUACUUUGAUGGUUCCAGGGACAACAUUGUGACAUCACCAGAAGCCUCCCCUCCUUGACACCACCAGAAGCUGCUCAUAGAUCUCAGAUUUGGGCCCUGACAUCUCAGGGUCUGGGAUGCUCCUGACUUGGCAGCCCUACACACAGCACACAUUUUUCCCCCUCCCAAAGAGCAACCCCCAGUCCCCCAAACAGUCAUGACUUUGCCUCCCUCUGAAAUGUUGUCACAUCUGGAAUCCAAGAGCUGAUUCAGAUGCACAUCAAAGAAUGCUAACUGGCUCAGUUUACCACGUGGGAAGGAGGCAGUUGCUGGCGCUCAUAAUUCAUCCCCCCAAAAAGUGCCAUGGGAGUUUUGGUGAAGGCCAGUUAUUUAAAACGAACCAAUUGGAUUUGUCUUUCUGAUUCAUUGCGCUCAUGACCUGGAGAGGAGGCCGCCUAACUGCUCUGUCAAGAAGCUGUUCUAGGCAGCGGGAAACAGCUACACCUAGGCUUCUUGAGGAAUAUGAUCUUGGCAAAUUCCCGUUCAGCCUAAUCUGUGCUGCACCUUCCAGUUUAGUGUGCAGAUUGGGAUCAAGUUAUCUGCGGGCUUUCACACUUCUCAAAUGUUAAGAGACAGUUCUCAGCUCAAGAACCCGGGAGCAGAAAAAAACCUUGCCUUGCAAUGAUGGUGGUGGAGAUAAAGAUGUGCCCCCACAUCCCCAUUCUACUGGUAUUUCCUGUUCAUGGCAGUACCAUCUGGAGAGGGCUUAACUGAUGUACCCAGGGACUGGGGGUGGGAGGACCAGAUGGAAUGGCAUCCAAUGGAGGCAGUUUUGAGAAGGGAAGAGCCAAAUGACAUGUGGUCUUUGCCAUGGUUGAUGGGGGCGGGGGAGACCUCACUGUCUUAUAUCAUUCUCUGAUAUAUCUGGAUGGCUUGAAGGAGUGUCUCCAUCCCCAUCAUUCAGCCCAGACACUGAGGCUCAGCUCCAAGGGCCUUCUCCCUGCAAGAAGUGAGGUUACAGGGAACCAGGCAGAGGGCCUUCUCAGUAGUGGCACCCACCCUGUGGAACACCCUCCCAUCAGAUGUCAAGGAAAUAAACAACUAUCUGAUUUUUAGAAGACAUCUGAAGGCAGCUCUGAUUAGGGAAGUUUUUAAUGUUUGAUCUUUUAUUGUGUUUUUAAUAUUCUGUUGGGAGCCGCCCAAAGUUGCUGGGGAAACCCAACCAGAUGGACGGGGUAUAAAUAAUAAAUGAUGAUGAUGAUGAUGAUGAUGUCUGGUGAUGUAGACAAUUUUGGUAAAGAAGGAACCAAAUAGCUGUUGCUCCCAACCAGAGCAUCUAUAGGAGGACUUGCACUGUCUUAAAUCAGUUUAAACCAAUGUAAAUGCAGAACCUCUCUGGGUUCAAUACAUGGCUUGCUAUUUCCAAUGAAACAUCACUAUGCUUGGAAGUCACAACAGCCCCAGGAUUGUCCUUCUUGAGCUUAUAUCCUUUCUGAUCACUGUCUUUUGUUUUCCUUUUUAGCUCCUAGCUUCGAUUAUGGGGACAUGCCCUCCCCUCUGGGAGAGUCGGAGAGCACCAUCACCAUUCUUCUGAGGCCGGCGCAGGGCAGAGGUGCCCCUAUCAGGUACAGGAAAGCCCAUCUACUCAAGGGACUCAUGCAUACCACCUUUCAGUUUUGAGACAACAAAACUUCAUUUAUGAAAUGGAAGGGGGAUUGUCCUUUUCCUGCUGGUGCUUUCUCUCUCCCCUCCUCCUUGCUUUUAAAAUAAAUAUUAAUUGCAGUUCCAGAGGUGGGUUGGAUUUGGGUCAUGACUGUGGUACUAGCAAAGGGCUUAAUCCUUCCCAUCCCCCCAUGUCAUUUACCCAGUUUGGAGUGCUCUCGUUUCUUCUUCCAAGGUAACUCAACUUCUGCUUUCCUUGAAGUUCUAUUGUAUGUAACAGAAAAAGGAGCUUUUUAGCCUCUAGGGAGGAAUCUCCUCACACUUAUUGGCUUAUAGGAGCCAAUCAUAGUGAAAGGAGGUGAGUCAGUAACUGAGGAUUGGCUUGUAGAGUCACUCUGAAGAAGGCAGCUGGGAGGAACUCCAAGGAGGAACUGUUCUGUAUGCUCCAUUUAGGAAUACUGAAACCAUACGGUUCUUCACUUUCCAGGGACCAUGCUGCAGAAAUAGUAACAAGUCUUUGACCCCCUGCAACCCCAGACUACUACACAUCUGAUUGAGAGCCAUCCACAACCAGAGCAAGAAUGGAAAUGUGAGGGAUAUGGCUGGCAGUGUUCCUUUUUGCCAUCUUUGUAAUUAGACUUUAAUGCUGAGAAUUGGCAAGCGAGAUUUGAUUCACCCACUGAACACACAUGCCUCCCCACCCUAAGCACCUGUCUUUUCCAAAGAUGGCAAAGGUUUGCCUGUUGAUUUAAUGCAUCCCUUUUGAAAAGCGCUGGUUUUAACAUGGUCUGUGCCACAGUACGAAACCUGCCCGUGAAUGCUUUGGGGCAUUUAAACAGUCCCUUCUGACACACUGUUAUUUGCCUUUCUGCUCUUGGCUGAAGGGUAGAGAAAGUUACAAAUAGUGCCUCUGACUUGGCAUCUUUAAUUAUAUAUAACCUACAGCCACCCAGGCCUGAUGUGUGUGUGUGUGAGAUCAGCUGCGCUUGGCCUGCAGGUCACAGCCGUGGAGUCUGGAGAAAGGGAGAGGGAGAGGGAGAGGGAGGGAGGGAGAGAGAGAGAGUUUCUGUGGAUUUCCUGCAGCUCUUGCUUGAAUGUCUUGAGCAAGUGUCUUUGCAUCCCAUGUGCACCUGCUGGAUGGAAUCCUCUUCCCUUGACUUUGGCAGCAAGGAAACGCGAGUACAUCAUCCUCAAAGCUCUGUGCCUUAAGUCUGGCAGCCGCCUCUUCUAAGACUCCUUAGCCAAGCCAUGCAUCAUCUCCCUUUGCUAGCUAUUCCUGUUUCUUACAAAAUCGGGCAGCAUAAAAAUGUUGUUAAAUAAAUGAUCAUCAUGCGGGGAAAGGGGAUGGCGGCACCUCUGCUUCCAGGAGUUACUUGAAACCCACUAGAUCUUCUGCCAGUAAGGCUGAACAUUUGUAAUCCAGUGUCUGCAGGAUGAUGGUAUAACCAGUAGACUCCAGCAUAGACGGGCAUUGGCAAGCCACAAACUCCCAUGACUGUACAUUUGACUGUACAUGGCUCCCCCCAAAGAAUCCUGGGAAUUGUAGCUUACCUCUCACAGAGCUAUGAUUCCCAACACCCUCAACAAGACUACAGUUCCUGGAAUUCUUUGGUUGGAUUAUUCUCCAAGGGUUUGAAAAGGCAGCUGUAAGUGCAGGUGCCAACCCCCUUAAUCUCAAAGCAUUCUGAUUUAUUUCAGCCUGGAUGCCUCAGCUGGUUAGAGCCUUUGUGCUGAUAAUACCAAGGUUCCAAGUUUGAUCCCCGUAUGGGACAGCUGCCUAUUCCUGCAUUGCAGGGGGUUGGACUAGAUGAUCCUCAGGGUCCCUUCCAACUCUACAGUUCUAUGAUUCUGUGAAACCAUCUGAUUUCACCCCUUUCUGUUCUCUUUCUCUCUCCAACCCGCUUCCUCGGACUGUGUUCCCAGCACAUACCAAGUCGUUGUGGAAGAAGACAGGCCUAGGAAGGUCAAGCGGGAGGUGGGGGGCCAGGAAUGCUUUCCGGUGCCCCUAACCUUUGAUGACGCCAUGUCCCGUGGCUCAGUUCACUACUUUGGAGCCGAGCUGCCCCCCAGCAGUCUCACAGAAGCCAAGCCCUUCACGGUAGGGGACAACCAAACCUACAGCGGCUACUGGAAUCCACCGCUGGAGCCCAAGAAGGCCUAUCUCAUCUACUUCCAGGCCAUGAGCCAUCUCAAAGGGGUGAGUAGCAAUGUGUUGGAUUAAAAUGUGAUCAGCUGAUAGACUUCCAUAACCUCUGGAAAUUUUGGAGCUCUGGGACUACCACCAAGAAGGCACUGCUGCUUCCAGAUCAGCUGGAACUUAAAGUGGGGAGCUCACACUGACUGAUCUUAACCUGAUUGUCUGGGGCCAGCUCAGCCCCCUGGGAUUUUUUUUAGAAAUCAAUGAUGCUGAGGAUUGGACCUUGCAUUUCACAAGGGCAAAACUAGUGCAUCAUCACUGCAAUGGUGGCUGGUGGUAUAGUGUCCCAUUCGCCUAAUAGACUAGCCUGCACUGCACCACUGAGCUACACCCCCUUUCCUGUGUCUGUGUGUCAUUAAUGUCCAAUCUCAGCUGCUUCUGCUUCUUCCUGCCUGGACCUGAGAGACAUCCUUGCCUUUUCUAGCAAGGAAGUGAGCAGUGGUGCCAUCAGGGCAGGAGUUGGGGGCAGCAGAAUCAGCAGGAGACCUUCUGGUGCUUAGCUGUGGUCCUUCCCCCUUUGCCAUCUUUGGAAUGGUGGUGGUGAUGGGGUAGAGAGUAUGUAAGACCUAAAAGUCUAAAAAUCAUCAGACUGCACCAUUGGAAAUGAGAAUACAUGGAUUUUCUUCAGGCUGUCUACAGAGGGAGAAGGGUGGGGAUCUUGCUCAGGCAUCUCAGCAAGAGACAAUUCAUUUGACACCCUUUCUUGCAGCGACUCCUUGCAUCUGCUAACAUUAGGAGAUGUCCUCCAAGGACUCCAGGCCUGUCCCCUGCAGCUGCCCCAGUGGGCUGUUUUGUCCUAAUCUGCAAGACGAUCAAGCUUGGCCUGGCUUCAACAGCCCAGCUUUCAUUGCAGAGACAAAUCUGAUCUGACUAACCCGAGGUUCUGUUCCACGUCUGGGCAAAUCUCUUUCAAGGUGACUGCUGGAACAACGGGGGGCAUCCUCCAGAGGAUCCUUGAUGCCUUGACUUGACACAUUCCUGCAGCUUCCAUCUGAGCCACUGGGGGUGCAGAAGUGGGCAGGCAAUGUAUUGCCGCACCUAUAGAAGUCGAAGGCUGUAGAGCCACAUGAAGGAGUGUGUGCUGCCAGAGAGAGCUGGCAAAGAAGUGGGAAGGGUUGCCAUUAAAUGUAAAUCCAUCAAUUCAAAUACAGGAAGCUGCCUUUGACCAGGUCAGAUUUUUUGUCCAUGGAGCCCAGGGUUGUCUGCUUUGAUGAACAGCAGCUCUCAAGGGUCUCAGCCUCAGACUGUUUCCCACUACAUGCUUGCUAACUGUUUCAAUUAGAGAUGCCGUGGAUUGAACCCAGGACAUUCUGGGUUCAUGUUCUGUGUUAUUUUCUGGAAGCAAGGAAAUUCAAAUGUUACAGGACCACGGACAGCUCCAAAAGAGCUACUUGCUACAACCAAUGUUGGGAGAAGAUUGAGGACUUUUAUGCCUCCUCCAGGCUACACCCACUAAAAGCAUUUGGGGUUUUUUUUUUGUUUUUUUUUAGUUUUGGGAGGGGAGAGAUCACUGGGGGCAUACAUGAUAGGGGUUUCUAAAAUUAUGCACUAUGUAGAGAAAGUGGACGAGAAAAAAAAGUCUCCCUCCCCUCCCUCCACCUUAUCCAUAAUACAAGAACUCAGGGUUGCCCAAUUAAAUUGAUGAGAGCAGUUUUCAGAACAGACCAGAGAAAGUGCUUCUAUGAACAAUGCGCAAUUAUCAGUGCUACAGAUGUAGUAAUGUUAGUUUAAAAACAGGGUUAGACAAAUUCAUGGAGAAUGAAGCAGUAUACACACCAUAAAUUUAAAACACCUCUCCCCUAAAAAAUAAAUAAAAAUAAAUAAAUUCUGAGAAUUGUAGUUUGUUAAGGGUGCUGGGAGUUAUAGCUCUGUGAGGGGUAACUGCAGCUCCCAGGAUUCUUUCAAGGUGUGUCUCUGUGUUUUAAAUGUAUGCAACCUAAGUCCAUUGGAGGCUGUUAGCUAGGUAAACGAAACCUCCAGGUUCAGAAGCAGUUCCUCUAAUUGCAAACUUGGGUAGUGAGUGCCAAUAAGAAUGGAGCCAAAUGGGGCCACUCAGAAUCAUAAGAACAUAGGAAUCUGCCUUAUACCAAGUCAGACCAUUGAUCUAUCUAGCUCAGUAUUGUCUACACUGACUGGCAGCAGCUCUCCAGGAUUUCAGGUAGGAGUUUUUUCUGAACUCUACCUGGAGAUGCUGGGAAUUGAACCUGAGUCCUUCUGCUUGCAAGCCAGAUGCUUCAGCACUGAGCUAUAACCCUUACCCAGAAACUAGGUGGACAUGUUGACAUGCCCCAAAAUGUCUUGAUAUAUUUUUUAAAAAAUGCUCUCUGAACAAAGAAACAAAGAUGGGGAGCAGGGAGACAAUAUGGAUUGAGUGUGCUCAGUAGCCACUAAACCUUGGAAUGGCCUCCAUGAACUCCUUAGUCCUAGAGAAGGGCAUGGUUAGCUGCCUGGACUUCUGAACAGGAACACUGUGGCUUGGAGGCAACAUUUUGUUGCAUGUCUCCUUUGUGCUAUUGAGCACUAAUUGCUGGUAAUAGCAUUGUUGCAUCCAUGCCUUGCUUGUGGCCAUCCCAAAGACAUCUGACUUAGUCACUGUGGGAAGCAGGAUACUGGUAUAUGUGGAGCGCCGGUCGAAUUCUUAGAACUGUAAUGACCCCAGGUUGGUAAUGAUUGACAGAAGCUGUUAAUUUCACAGUCCAGCUGCAGGGAGAAUAGAAUAGCUGCCUGUGUGAGCAGGCAGGGGAGGAUGUCUUGGAAAGCUUUAUGCCCCAGCUGAGGUUCUUUCCAGCCUCCUCCUUAUUGCUGCGGUCUGGUUCUCAUGCACCCAGCAUCCAAAUAUCCCAAAUGGCACAACAAGGAAUCCUAACAUAAUGAGUAGAUAUAGAUUAUGCACAUUAAGGAAAAUGAUGCCCAUUUGUUUCAUUUUCAUUCUUCCAUCUGCAGUGAUUGUGUUAUUAGCAUGGCGUUUUGGCAGGCGGGCAGGCAAUGCAGGGGGGUGCUUGAGGAAUCCCACUGGGCAGGCGAGAUAGAGAGGGAGGAGACAGGCAGUGCAGGAAAGAAAAGUGAGGAACAAAAUGGUUUCUCAGCUGGGCAAGUGAGAUGGCUCUCUAUCAACCUGAGAGGUUACCAUAUUCCUUCGUGUAUAACACGCCUCUGUGUAUAAGAUGCCCCCUAUUUUGGGGGACUCCAAAUGAAGAAAAUGGGGGGAGAUUGCUCAGAGUUGUUGAGUUUUUUUUGGGGGGGGGAAUUGCCCAUAGUUACAGAGCUUUUUAUGGGGGGGGGUGUAGCCCAGAGUAGCAACAGCCAAAAAACACCAGCCCUGGCCACAGCAACAAAUAACACACCAAAUAGCCACUGACUGCCUCCAGCUCGUGACCCCCAAUUUUUAACAUAAUUUUUAAGGAAAAAAUGUCAUCUUAUGCUGUACAUGGAAUAGUAUGGUGUAUUCAUUUCUAUCCAUAGGCCAUAAAUCUAAAGGAAUUCAAUGCUAUGGAGCAAAUUCCUGUGCAAGCUUUGCGAGUCACUGCAAAUGGCUUCAUUACGAUUUAAGAACCAGCUUUUAAAUUGGGUGUGGGGAACCUGUUUUCCUACAGAUAUUGUAGGGCUUCAGCUCCCAUAAGCCAUAACCAACAUCGGGGGGCCAUUGGGGGUACGGGUGGGCAGGGACCCAAGGGCCCCCCAAAUUUUCACUGAGGGGGCUGGGGGGGCAUGGCGACCUUGCACACGCCAUGUUGUGUGGUGUGUGUGAGUAUGUUGGUUGUAAAAUGGGGUUUUUCAUGUUCAUAUUGCUAUUUAUUUAAAAGAAUGCAUAUAUUGCAUUCUGGUGGAAUAACUGUGAUGGGAUGCAAGCAGGCAGAACAAUAUUCAUUGUAAAAAUACAGAGUAAGUUUGCAUAAAGCUUCGACAGAGUGUUGUUUUCCCUUCCCACUUUUGAAGCAGAGUUGUUAAAAGAAAAGGAAAGAAAAACCAGGCUUCACGGACCAGUAAAACCUGACUCUCUCUUUUCUUCCCUGUUAGGAAACGAGGCUGAAUUGCAUCCGAAUAGCCCGGAAAGGUAAUCAUUCUUCUUAGUGUGUUUUGCCUAUAUUAUCCCCGUCUAUUGUCAAAUGGCCUUUCUGAUUUGUGCCCUCUUGUUGAGUGACAUGCACUAGUUUUACUUCCAUAGGUUAGUGGUUUGCAACAAAGUGGCUGCCGGUGAGCCAGACAAGAGUUGCAGAGCCAGCCCAUGAUAUUUUGCUGCCUGAAAUGUCCAUCCCAUCCUUCCUUGAGGCAGAUGGAGUUAUGUUGUCAUCUGAGCCAGGAAAUACCCAGGGGUGUUGUUAGGGAAUGGCUCAGGUAGGGGUGGGCAAAUCUGUAAACGUUGGUUUCUCUCAGUUUCUCAUUUUUACAAUCAUAAGUUCAGUUCGUCACAUUUCCACAUCUAGGGCCGGAUUUAGGUUUGAUGAGCAUAGCUGUCAACUUACAGAUUUGAAAAUAAGGGACCAGCAGCCUCGAAAAUAAGGGAUCAGCAGCCAAAAUAAGGGAUUUUAGUCAACCAGCUGAAAUACGAAGUUAAAAGGGACCAGAUAAUUUGGGAGAGCAGCGCCAGUUUUUAGCCCUUCGUUUCCAGAGGUUGCUGCUCAAGACACCAGCUGAUGAAACACUGCAAUUAAAUAACUACAAGCAGCAACCACUUUUCGCGCAAAACGAAGUCCAAGCUACGAAGAUGCUGCUGCAGUUCUGUAUCUUUUCUCUCGUGCUCCAUCUGCAGCUCUCAGUUCCAUCAGGCGGGGCGGGAGGAAGAGAGGGGGGAAAAAUAGCACCCAAAGUAAACCCGCAAAGAAGACCAUCUAUGCUAGUCUACCACUACAAAUCUAUGGGAGAAGCACUUGCGGUCCUUCCUCCGCUUCCCCCCUCUAUGGUUAGCCCUUGGAACACCUGCCCGUGCCUCCGCCUCCUCCUCCUCUCUCUGAACUGCUUUCUCUAUGGUUGCCCUCGCUCUCCUCUCAAGGCUCCUCAGCAAUUCAUAGGCCGCGCCAGGCUGCCCAUCUCAUCUGGGUCCUUCGGCGGCGCAGCCGCAGUACGGCCUAGCGGGAGUGGCGGCGGCAACUGGCAGAGGGGAGGCACCCAGGAAAUUUAAGGGACAUCAUCAGUAAGGGACAGCAGCGGGACACGGCGCUGGGAUAAGGGAGGGUUGAUGAGGCCCUAAGCUACUGAAGGUAAUGGGGCCCUUUAUAUGUCCAGCUGUCCUUUGUCAACAACAAAUUGUCGCUGUUUUUUGUGCUGAAUAUAUGCUAUAUGGUAAUUUAUGGACCUAAUAGGUAUCAUAGGCGUCUACACAACACAAAACACUGUUGCUGUAUGUAGAUUUUAUUUCAUUUGUUUUUUAUCUUAUAUUUUGGAAAUGUACAUCCAGUUUUUUUUUCCUUUCAUUUUUUUUUGGGAGGGGGGGGCUCCCAAGAGGGUGGGGCCCUAAGCUAUAGUUUGUUUAGCUUAUACGUAAAUCCGGCACUGUCCACAUCAGUUUUCCAUAACACCAAAGGCACAAUUCCUAUAUUGUGCAGAAAGGACCACCUGUGGGCUUGUCCUCUCAAGAUAUGGGUUGUAGCAGAAAUAAUUUUCCCUUAAGCAGAAUUUGGGAUUUAAUUUUCCAAAAUGGAGUGGAGGCAGAGCUUGUGCCAUCAUGCUUUGUAUCUGCAAUUUUAGUAAGCAUGCACGCAUAGUUUAUAGGCUGUGAUCCUUAAUACACAUACUUGGGAGUAAGUCUCAUUGAACUCAGUAGUACUUACUUCUGAGUAGACAUUGGUUGCCAUAUGUCCUCUUUUUCCAGGACACAUCCUCUUUUUCAUGAGUAUGUAAAAUGAGAGUCAUCAUAGCGACCCAUAGUUAAAAGCAGAAGUCAGCAGAUGUGCCCUCUUUUUUGAUCUUCAAAAUAUGGCAGCCCAUAGGAUUGUGGCAUAAAUGAAAGUUUCACUGCACCAUCGCAUUUGUAGUUUUCAACUGCUGUAUGCACAGUGAGUGUAGGUCAUGCACACCUGCAGCAUGAAACAUAAACAGUGAGAAUCAAUUUGAAUUCUCUGCCAAAGUUCAUGGCAAAACAUUCAGAUAACAGAUUUCACUGCAAAGUUCCUCUGCAGGAAUUCUAUAGAAUCACUCUGUGGAUUUUCUCACACAUCCCUCAUCUAAGCCUAAAUCACAUUUUUUCUAAAACAAAUAGAAAUGUAGAUGCUCAGCAAAUUGAGUCAUUUGUGUAGAUGUUUUUCUUCCCCAUAGCAACAUGUUCAGGGUCUAAAUAGGAAAUGAAUUUUCUCCCUGGCAUCUGGAUAAUCCAUUGUCCUCAGCUGCUGCACAACUGAAACAUUUGUUUUGGGUUAAAAACAACAAGACUGAGCAAAGAAUAACGGAUCUUGUAGGAGAGCAAAUUUGUUGUGCCCUGGAUUGGGGGCCCUUUCAACCUUGCUGACAUAUUUUCAAAGCUGAGAACAUGAACAAUUGAUUUGGUCUGCCAUGUGUUCUGGACAUGUUUGGUAUUUUAUAAUGGUGGCUGGCAAUAUUAUCCAGGAAAAAAUUGUGUAGCUGGCGGUCACCACGAGCGACUCUUCUGAAAUUGAUCAAGGAGAUAUUUCUGGGUUGUUCUCUCUCUAUCUCUCUCUGGAUCCUGGAAUUUCAGCAAAUAGCCAAAUGCUCAGCCUUUCACUGAGAUUGAACUUCAGGGCCUCCCAUGUGUUUAAUAAAAUUCCUUGCACUUGGCUAAUAUAUUUUGCUCCCUUUUGGAUUCAGGGACAGAGAGGGGAUGGGAGGACUAAGCCCUUAAUAAAGCAAGUUAAAAUUUGUAGUACAGUAAGAAAUGAAAAACGGACAUAGCUAUAUGUGCACAAAUGUAACAGCCAUGUAUUGGUGAAAAGAAGUUACAAUAAAAUAGGCAGCGUAUUAUCACAAUUGCAAAAUGUGCAUUUCUGCAAGGCUUACAAAGAUCCACAUAGCACAAGAAUCAUAUUAAAGAAUGCUCUAAGCAACUGACAAGUAUCAUUACACUUGCAAAGAGUACGUUUCAGCAAGGCUUACAAAAAGCAAAUUAUUAUUAUCGUAUUGAAGGGUGCUCUAAGCAGCUCACAAUAGGCUUCCGGAUAAGGUCAUGGAUUGCCAAAUCUUCUUCAGAUGGUAACACCUCAAAAGGAUUUCAAGGCCCUGAUUGCAGUUUUCCAAAUGGAUAACACCACUGCAAAGGUCCAAAAUCAUAGGCAGGAAUAAAUCCACAAUAAAGCAAGUUAAAAAUUGUGUCUCAGUGAGAAGUGAAAAAUGGCCACAACUAUGCGUGUGCAACUGUCUGGUGAAGAAUAUUGAAGGACAGCAGGGAUUAAGAACCAUAUGAUGAUUCUGUAGGACCGGGAUCCCCAAACUGUGGUCCAUCGACCUCCAGGGCUAGGCAAGCUUUAUUCAAGUGGAUUUGCAGCACUGCCCACAUUAGGCACCCAUAUUGAUCUUUUUCAAUUGUAUUUUAUUGCCGAUUUUAUUUCUUGUGUUUUACUGCGUUGCAAGUUGAGUUCUAUGGAAUGUGAGUUGUAAUGCAAUGCAAUGCAAUGCAGUAUGAGGAAUAAAAGAAGCAAUAAAAAUACAAUUAAAAAUCAUACAGCAUCUAGCACAGCAAGGUGUGAUGGCUACGACAGGCAGAAAAAUCGUUAAGUGGCCUGCUAAGACCACCAAAAAUUCUGAAGUGGUCUUGUGGGUGGGAGUUUGGGAAGCAUUGGUUUAGGGAAAGGGUGGAGACUCUGUUUUGGAUCAAGGGCCACAUUCCCAUCUGUGAGCCAGUUCCCAACAGCAAAAGGCUCCCCCCUUAUAAAUUAUAAUGCUGAGAUGAAGAUAGCUGCUGUUGCUGGUGGUGGUGAUGGCGGAGGAACAGGAGUAGACUCUGCCUAUAGUUCUGCAAAGAGGUAUUGACUAUUAAACCUGAAAUAUACUUGGAGUCUUGCUCUUUAUUCAGCUCAUAGUGAUGAGGAGGAAUGGGAGUUCCCCCAGAAUGUCUGCUUUAUAUAUACAUUAUUUACACAAUGGGCCCCACGUGAUUGGCUAAUUCUGGGAUUCUCCUGUAGGCCAAUCAGGUUGCGGAUUCACUUCCACCUGGAGCUGGAUUGGGGGGCUCCUGUGGACCAAUCAGACUGUUGCAUUCUGAAUCCUAUUGUUCUAGGACCAAUCAGUCUGCUGCAUUCUGAAUCCUAUUGUUCUAGGACCAAUCAGACUGCUGCAUUUUGAAUCCUAUUCAACUCAGUACAUAACAAAACCACUCUGAGAAUUGUAACUUUGUAAAAGGAACAGGGGCUUCUUAACAACUCCCAGCACUCUAAACAAACUACAGCUCCCAGGAUUUUUUUGGGGAAGCCAUGACUGUUUGUAGUGGUCUAAUGCUGCUUUAUAUACAUGGUGUGAAUGUGGCCAGUGUUUGAGUGCUUCUCCUUGAUUAGCUGAGAGUGCUUCUCCAAGCCUCCUUUGUUAUUAUGAUUAAUGAAAAGUGGUCCUGGAAAUCUUCCUUAUAGUCAUUUGUAAUAAUACAAAAUUUGUUUUAUUCAAUAUAGCUUUCUUUGAAAAUUUCAAAAGAAGCUCUUUCUCGACCCCCACCCCCAAAUGCAGAAUAAAUUUCCAGCAGCGUACAAUUUGGGAUUGUUAAGAUUGCUGGGUGAGGAUAAUGGGACUCAUUUUCUUGGGGGGACUGUAACUUUGGGUUGCAUGCAGUGUUAGCCCUACUCAGAAGAGACCCACUGAAAUGAAUAGACACGACUAUCUUACGUCCAUUGAUUUAAAUGGGUUUACUCUGAGGAGAAUUUGGCAGGCCACGGCCCUUAGUCUUGGGACAUUUCCCCUGCUCCUUUUAAAACUGUUGCAGGUGUUCUAUUGUGUUUGGCAACUUUUUAUCCUGCAUUUUAAAUCAAUCUGUUGUCAAUGACAGACCACAUUGGGACUUAUAAAUGUGCACAGGGUGGUACUUCAAGGCUACAGCCCUCUUGUUAAUUUCUCUUUAUGGUUCACAACACAGCAACUGGGCAGAUGGAGGUUCCGCUGUGGGACUGGAGGAGAAGGAGGCCUUCCACGCCUCUUUCUGUGUUUGUCUGUAAUCAUGUCCUGUCCUGUCCAUUGAUCUGUUAAAUUGGGAUAGCAGAGCAUCUUUUUUAAACCGAGUAAAUGAUAUGUGUGUGGAGCACGGGAUGGCAUUUUCUGGAAUGCAGAACCAGAGCUAUCUGGAGUUAUGCACAUGAAUCAAACUGGCAGAGACUUGCUGGGAGCAAAUGUACUGUGGAAGUCACACGAGCAUACACACAGUAUUAGUUUCAGCUUAGUUUAUUGGUCAACCAAGAAAGCUUGACUCCUUCCUUCAGCUACAAGCAUGGGAAAAACAAUACCAGGAUACAAAAUACAAUAUAAAGCAACAGUAAAUCCAGAGACCGAUCAUUAUCAGCCUGUCUGUUGAAGGCUUGAAUCUCUAUGAAAGAUCCCUCUUGGAAGUUUCUGGGCCUGGACAACAUAUCACCAUGGGAUCACCCAGACUGGUUUCCAUUGAUUCCACAGAGUCAAAGAAGGGACUUGAACCAAGGGUCAACACUGAUGCAGCUGAGCUUGCUUCAAGGGUGCUUUGGACAUUAUGAAGCGUGCUUCAUAAUGCUCUCCGCAAUGCACAAUCAGUAUCAUGACCUCCAAAUGUUUGCCCCUUCCUUAGAUUGCAAUUCCCUUUCAUCCUGACUCUGGACCACCUGCUCCUGAGCUUCAGGCCCCUUUGUAUCACUAGUCCAAAGAACGGAGGAAUGUUUCUUUCAUCCGCUCCUCACUCUCAUCUCUGAUGCUUGGCAUGCUGCCAUGGGUACGUGUCGGGUGCAAGGAUCGGGGCCUUGCCAGGCACAUAAAGUAGGGGAGGCAUAGAGCACUCAAACAAAUUUGAAUAUACUAAUUCAGGCUGCUUUGGGGGGGGGCACGACAAAUUCCAGCUACCAGGAUUUACUCCACCCCACCCACAAUCUAUUGGUAAGAACUGUUGGUUAUGUGCAUAUUAAAACUCAAACAGGUGCUUCUGGGCACUUUAAGAUGGUGGGUGGUUAGUUUUUCACCAGCACUGUGCCAAUGGCCCAUCAAGUCCAGCAUGCUGUUCUCACAGUGGCUGGAUUCAAGCACAAGGGUGAUCUUCACGUCCUGUGGUUUCCAGAAAUGGGAACAUAUUUCUUCUUCUUAUUGCUGCUCCUCCUUCUUACUAAUAACAUAAGGGGAAGGGACAAAACACUGCACUCCAACCCCCAUGGCUAUCCCUGAACAAUGGCCCUAGCCAGGAGCCAGGUGCACCAUGUGGUGGGGACCGAGGGGUCUUCAGCCUCCCCUAAUUUUUCAAGGAGGGGGCUGGGUUCCCCACAAAUCAUGUGGCCCUGCCCAAUGUUGUGCAGGGAGGAGGCCAAGUGCUGGCAUUGCGGCAGCGGCAUACCUGCGUGUCCUGGCCCAGUGCUAGGUGGGGACGACGACUUGUCACAUGACAUGUAACAUGAUGUGUCAUGUGAUGUGCCCCCACAAUGUGAGGGGCAAGUCAGCGCCCUUGCCCGGAGCCCUGGGAACUGUAACCUUCCCAGUGCUACUGUCGUGUGUUAAUAGCAAUGAGAAAGCCACAACACUUAGUGUUCCUUGGACACAGCGUGCCAGCAGAACAAAAGUAGCAAGAGAGGCAUGCGUGGCUCUUUGGGAGGAGGCAGGUGAGUGGGUGAAAGUGAGGGCUGUUGGAACUUUCAAAGACAGGUUGCAGGAGGGACUGGACGACACCAUGCUCUCAAGGAAAUCUUUGGGGGAACACCAGUAUCUAAAACAGCUUUGAAUUGGCUUUCGGGUUGUCGGGGAGAAUGAGCUACUUUCUGAUUUCAGGGUGAAUAUUCUUGUGCUCCUCUCCCCUCAAGCCUGACUAGGGGAAGGUCACCCAUCACUGAAGUUAAAGCCUUAGCAAUGGAGGAGGGUAAGCAGGAGUGGCAGGGUUUUAAUGAAGAGCUGAAAACUGCCAAGGUCCACAGAUGCAACAGCACAGACAGAUCACAAGGGAAUGGAAUGAGCACUGUCAGAACCAAAAGCAUGUUCUGCAGUGCUUUUUGCAUGCCAUUAUUGCUCGACUUUUAAAAAUGCAGGGGAACUUCAAGCCAUGGGGCCUAACACAGCUCUCUGGGCCUGUCUAUCCAGCUGUUGGGCCUUCUUCUCUGGAGACUUCACCUCUCACCAGCCUUGUUCUGCAUAAGGAAUGCCAGGAGGCAGCGAAUUUUGUUCUGUCAACGCUGUUUCCAUUCAGCUGCAGUUCAGUUUCUUUCCACUGAAACUUACAUAACUCAUUGUGCUACCUGCUAUGGUUGAAACAAACACAAAUUAAUUAUGUAAUUAGUUACAAUGCAUUUCAAUGGGGAGGAAAUGUCAAAAGACAAUUCAGAAAACAACGUAAUUCUUUAUGUGAAGUUUGUGGAUUAAAAUAACAACAAUCGUGAAUGCUGCUCAUAUUUGCUUGUGUGAUUUGCAUUCUGGACUUUGGACAAACAUGCAAAUUGCAGCAAUUUCUGUUCCCAUUUCCAUGUCUGAUGGAAUUCUCUGACAUCCCUACUCUGCUCUUUCCUCAAGUGCUUUUGCCUGGCUGGAAUAGGCCACCUGGCUUGCCUGGUUGGUGAGAUUUGUGUGUGUGUAGAAAGCUCCUGCAUAGCUGAAAUGUAGACUUUUGUGCAAAACUAAGAAUCACAUCUGUGACCCCACCCACUUUAUUCCUCUGUCCCCAGCCUCUACUGGCAUGUGGCCCCCAGAAGUUUACACAUAAAGGAAUGUGGCCCUCGGGCUGAAAAAAGCCCCUCCCCCGUUUUAAAACAACUUUUGUUUGCUUCAUUUGAUGUCUCACCCAUGUGAAUAUGCUUUGGGGCAGCUAGAUUCCAAUUGAUCAUGAAAGGAUCUCAAAAAAAUUGUGUAACAGAGCUAACAGGGAAAAUUUGUCCCAACUACAGCUUGGUCCAUUAUUUGGGUAGGUGGGAUUGAUUGAUUGAUUGAUUGAUUGAUUGAUUGAUUGAUGGGGGAAGGGAGUACAUGGCAUGUCUUGUAUAUGUUUGAUUGGAUUAUUUUUCUUUAAAUCAAGUAACUAAGCAAAAUCAUUUUGGUGUUUGUUUUAAAACACACACACGGAACAAAACAUCAUGUGGGAUUAGAUUGGAUUGUUUGCUAGAACAUUAAACAGGCAUUGUGCAUGCUUCGCUGAAGAUGUGCCUUGAGCGGCCAUGAAACUCUGCCCAGCCUUUUCCGGACAGAGCCAUAGGAAGGACACCCACGCCUCUUUGUGGCUUGGUCUCGGUCAUGUUCCACUCAGCUGGGUAACCAGCAUACUGCAGGGCGUGGCUGGACUCACAUGUGCCCAGGGAGGCGGGAUAGUUCUCGCUUUUAAUUGUAGAGGCCACAAAGACAGACGGGACUCUCAGCUUUCCACGAGGGCAGCUCAAGGUGCCAAGGAUCUGUUCCCAGCUAUUGAGCCGUGAUCUCAGCCUCUUUGUUAUAAAGCAGCUUUCAGGUGUUCUCAAGGAGAUCAUUGCUUAUCAAUGCAUUUACCGAUUCUUAUCAGGGCAAUACUUAUUUACUUAUUUUAUUCACCAAUUUUCUCUCCUGCCCAAAGGGGCACAGGAUGACAAACAGCCAAAACCAAAGACAUAAUAUUUGCAGCUUUUUGUAGUCUUGGGACUGGAGGGACAUUUUAAAACUGCAUGCCUUUAUAAUUCCCUGUUCCAUGUAAUACCAAAUAUUUAUACUACAGUAUAUAAGAAUCGGGACGCGGGUGGCGCUGUGGGUAAAACCUCAGUGCCUAGGACUUGUCGAUCGUAUGGUCGGUGGUUCGAAUCCCCGCGGCGGGGUGAGCUCCCGUCUUUCAGUCCCAGCUCCUGCCCACCUAGCAGUUCAAAAGCACCCCUAAGUGCAAGUAGAUAAAUAGGUACCACUUUAUAGCGGGAAGGUAAACAGCGUUUCUGUUUGCUGCGCUGAUGCUGGCUCGCCAGAGCAGCUUUGUCACGCUGGCCACAUGACCCGGAAGUGUCUCCGGACAGCGCUGGCCCCCGGCCUCUUAAAUGAGAUGGGCGCACAACCCUAGAGUCGGACACGACUGGCCCGUACGGGCAGGGGUACCUUUACCUAUAUAAGAAUACUAAAUAACUGACUGGACAGAAUAUUUAGCAGCCCUUUCCAAAUACUGAAACAUACACAUAACCACUUUCCAUUUGAAAUCUUCAAAUUCUAUAAAUAUAUGCAGCCUAUUCCUUGACCUGAGCUUUUUUGUUCCUUCUUCACAAACUCUGUCUGUCAAUCUCUUCCCUGGCCCGUUCUUUCUUCUUAAAUAAAGCUGUUCUUUUGACAGUAUUGAGUUGCUCUCAUAAUUUCCUUAAAAAUCCAUUCUCUUUGGCCUUUGGGUUUUUUUCCCAAGCUCUCAUGUACAUUAUCCUGGAGAUUCUUAUAAUAUAGAAAACUUGAGUUUGAUUCCUUGGUUUUAUAUGACCUUUUAUAUAUCUCAAUAAAAAGAACAAAAGAUCCAGUGGAAACUGAUACGCAGAAAUAUCUUUCAGUAGGGUUACCACCAUCCAUCAUGAGUUUUAAUUAUUGCAGGAGUUUAUUGUGUAUUUUGAGAUUGUGACUGCAUUGUAUUUUGCCUUGUGAGUUUUCUUGGGAGGGCAUAAAAUGCUGAAAAAGAAUUUUGAAUAAAUAAAUAAACCCGUCUCAGAUGCUGUCCUGGGCCAUCCACUAGCAGACCCUCCAAGUGUCCCUAUUUUACAGGGAUGUCUCUGAUUUAGAUAUGCCGUCCCGGUUUCCGAUUUGAUCCUAGAAUGCCCCUCUUUUCCUUAGGAUGUCCCUAUUUUCAUUGGAGAAAUAUUGGAUGGUAUGGGGUUUAUUAUUAUUAUUAUUUCUUUGGGAGCUGCCCAGAGUGGCUGGGGAAACCCAGCCAGAUGGGUGGGGUAUAUAUAAUGAAUUAUUAUUAUUAUUAUUAUUAUUAUUAUUAUUAUUAUUAUUAUUGUUUUUUAUGUGUUAGAAGCUACCUAGAGUGUCUGGGGCAACCCAGUAAGAUGUGUGAGGUAUAAACAGUAAAAUUAUCAUUACGGAAUGGGAUUUCCCUAUUUUCAUUGGAGAAAUGUUAGAGGGUAUGAACUAGUGCCAUGAAUUCUAUAAAUAAAUUGCAUGUAGCAUGGAACAUUUCCCUUUUGUCAGUCUCCAAUCUAGUCAGCUUCUUUGGGUGACGAGCUCCUGGUUUUAGUGCUGUGGCAGGAGUGGAGAACCUUUGACCUUCCAGGUGAUGUUAAACUACAACUCCCAUCAGCCCUUGCAAGUAUGGUCAGUGAUCAUGAAUGAAUGAGAGCCAAAGGUUCCCCAUACCUGUUUUCUAGGAAGAGAAGCAUGUUUGGAAUUCUCUUUUGGAAUUCAAUGCCAUUUUGUUCAGCCACUUUUAAAAAGAUUUUGUGGGAAGGGGUUGAGCAGAAACCUCAACAGCUAAAGAAUGGAGCUUCCACACAUAUUUCAUAUGCAGGAGAAAGGAGAUGGUUCUACAUAUACCACUACAACAGGCCAGAGCUAUUUUCUUUUUAUCCCCUGCAGCUGCCUGCAAAGAGAGCAAGCGUCCCCUGGAAGUGUCCCAGCACUCGGAGGAAAUGGGCCUCAUCCUGGGCAUUUGCGCUGGAGGACUGGUGGUGCUGAUCAUCCUCCUGGGGGCCAUCAUUGUCGUUAUACGGAAAGGGUAAGGAAAUGUUUUCCCCUUCUGCCUUCGCCAUCGCUGCUUCUCUGGUCGCAAAGCUCAAUUCACCUCAUUUGGAGCCCAGCAGCCUUGCAGAUGAAGAGAAAAGUCUUGGAGGAAGGAGCGGCAGGGAGGGCAUCAGCAGUAGCCAGCCAGAGUCUCAGGCCACUCACCUGUGUCCCUCCCUCCCUUAUCCUAGUGAGACAUUGUUCUAACCUAGAAGAAUCUUCCUCCUUCCUCUAGGCCCCAUAA